AGCCUCGCCUCGGGUGGAGGGAUUGCGAGGAGGGAAAGCAAAACUACACGGCUUCUCACUGUGUAGUUUUGUUUUUUGUUCGGGGUGGGGGGAUAUUUCAAGGCUCGACCGUUCUCAUCUUGGAUUUUUCUGGAAAAACCUUUCUGGAUAAGGAGACUGUUGCUUGUCAGAGUCAGCUGGGCUCCGUCCCAUCAGUCGCAGGCAGCCUUGUGGAAACAAGCUGCCGAGCAUCAUGUCAACACAAGCACCAACGUUCACACAGCCGCUACAGAGCGUCGUGGCACUAGAGGGUAGUGCCGCCACGUUCGAGGCUCAAGUUAGUGGUUCUCCAGUUCCUGAGGUGAGCUGGUUCCGUGAUGGCCAGGUUCUUUCCGCCGCCGCUCUGCCCGGCGUUCAGAUCUCGUUCAGCGACGGCCGCGCUGUUCUGAGGAUCCCCGCUGUGACCGCCGCACACAGCGGAAGAUUUUCUGUCAGAGCCACCAACGGCGCUGGACAAGCCACAAGCACCGCCGAACUCCUUGUUACAGCGGAGACGGCGCCUCCCAGCUUCCUACAGAGACUGCAGAGCUCCACAGUGAGACAGGGCAGCCAGGUGAGGCUGGACGUCCGAGUUACAGGUAUCCCCGCACCUGUGGUCAAGUUCUACAGAGAGGGAGCCGAGAUCCAGAGCUCGGCCGACUUCAGGAUUCUCCAGGACGGAGACCUGUACAGUCUGCUGAUCGCUGAGGCCUUCCCAGAGGAUUCUGGGACUUAUUCUGUGACCGCUACCAACAGCAGUGGACGGGCCACCUCCACCGCAGAACUGCUGGUUCAGGGUGAAGAAGCCGUUCCAGCUAAGAAAACCAAGACAGUGAUUUCAACCUCUCAGAUUUCACAAUCUCGUCAGACCAGAGUGGAAAAGAGGAUGGAGGCCAGUUUCCAGGCCUCCGCCAUGAUGCAGAUGCAGGUGGAGGGCGCCGAGCUGACUCAGCAGCUGGCUCACAAGACUCCGCCCAGAGUUCCUCCAAAACCCACAUCCAAGUCCCCGACCCAGCACUCGCUGGUCGCCAAGGUGACCGGAGGACGGCAACAGUCACCAUCACCCGUCAGACACGUGAAGGCGCCCACGCCCACACCAGUCAGGCCUGCCUCUCCCACUUCAAGACUCUCAGUCUCCCCAAUCAGGCCGGUCAAGUCUCCCAUCACCACUCGCAAACAGGUGGCUGUCGGCGCUGAUGUCCUGCCACCCUGGAAGCAGGGAGACUACAUGGCCGAGGCCAGCUACACCAGCAUGACCAGUAUGACCAGUAUGACCAGUAUGACCAGCAGCACUGUCACCCAGCUGGGCCAGGAGCAGCACUGGGAGCAGCAGGUCACCGGGGUCAAAGAGGCUGGGGGAGGGAACAGAGCCGGGGCGGUGGCCAAAGUGGUUGCCGCCGUUGACCUGGCUCGUGUACGUCAGCCCAUGCAUGUCGAGGGCGGUCGAGCUGAAGAGGAGGAGGCCGUGGAGGCAGAAUUAAGGCAGCAGGGCAUCGCCACCGCCGCCGCUGCCGCCUCCACGGCUGCUGAUGAACAGUAUCAAGCCGGAUGGACAACAACAAGAGUGCAGGCUGGCCAAAUGCUUACUACUGCUCAGGCGUUUGCUCCUGAACCAACCCUGGCACUGCCUCAGAUUCAGAGAGCGACAGAAAUCUCCUCCCACGUGGACACUGGUCUCGCCCCGUCCCCAGUUCCACAUUUCACAGUUUCUAAAGUUUCUGUCCCAAAACCUGAGUCUAGCUCUGAGGUUUCCAUCGCUGGCUCAGCCAUCGCCACUCUGCAGAAAGAGUUAUCUUCAUCCUCCGCCGCGGCUAGAAAGAUCAUCAGGCCUGUCAAGUCUCCCAGUCCAUGUAGAGUGGCAGAGACCAGAGUGACGCCAGAGCCCAUCCCUCCACCGUUCAAAGACUUCUCUGAAAAAUAUCAGAGUCGUCUUGGCACUGAGUUACAGAGGGGGGUGGUGAGCUCGGGGGGCAUGGAGAGAGUAUAUGAGGACUGGGCAGUCCAGGUGGUGGAAGCAGCAGCUGUACCUUCUGCAGGUGAUGGCGUGGUCCCACCCACACUGAUGUCUGGCUUGAAAAACACAAAUGUGACAGAGGGUGAGUCAGUGACACUGGAGUGCCAGAUCAGCGGUCACCCCGCCCCCGUCAUCAUGUGGUUCAGAGAGGACUAUAAGAUCGAGACAUCCAUUGAUUUCCAGAUCAGCUACGAGAGUGGAUUUGCCCGGCUGGUGAUCCGUGAAGCGUUCGCUGAAGACAGCGGACGCUUUACCUGCACCGCCACUAAUGAGGCGGGAACAGUCAGCACCUCCUGCUACCUGCUCGUCCAGGUGUCUGAGGACAUCGAGAGCAGAGAGGAGAUCACUAUCGUCACCGAACAUGUUGAAACUGCUCAAGAGAAACUAGUAACCGAAGAAGCCAAACAAGAAACCAUUUCUCAGGUGAGCGUGGCCGAGUCAGAUGCUGCUGCCGCUGCUCCAUUUUUCAUUAAGAAACCUACUGUUCAGAAGCUGGUGGAGGGAGGAAGUGUUAUAUUUGAAUGCCAGGUCGGCGGAAGCCCAAAACCACACAUCAUCUGGAAGAAGAGUGGCGUACCACUCACUACCGGAUACAGAUACAAAGUUGCCUACAAGAAGGAGACUGGAGAGUGCAGGUUAGAGAUCUCCAUGACCUUCGCUGAUGACGCCGGAGAAUACUCUGUGUUUGCCAAGAACCAGCUUGGAGAAGUCUCAGCCUCCAUCAAUCUGCUGGAGGAAGAGGAAUAUGAAGCCUACAUGAAGAAAGAGGAAGCAUCCUUUAAGACUGAAGUGACAGCCAUGGUGCAGGAGCCCAAAGUGGGAGAUGUUCCCCCAGUUGUUGUUACAACCACGGAGCAGAUGACCACUACCAUUAUCUCAGGACAGGAAUUCCAUCUUUCUGCUAUCGAGCAGAGGAUAAUCCAAGAGAUUGAGCUCCGCAUCAUGAAGAUUACCUACAGAGAGAUCGUGACAGAGGAUGGAGAGUUGAUGGUGACUGCUGCCCCCACAGAGGCCGUGCAGCCCGCCUUCGACACUCCUGUCAAAAACUACAGGAUCAUGGAAGGAAUGGGCGUCACUUUCCACUGCAAGAUGGCUGGAAUGCCGCUGCCCAAGAUUGCUUGGUACAAAGACGGCCAGCGCAUCAGAGCUGGCGACCAUUACCAGAUGGAAGUUCUUCAGGAUGGACGAGCCAGCCUUCGCUUGCCCGUCGUUUUGCCUGAGGAUGAGGGCGUGUACACCGCCUUUGCUACCAACUUGAAAGGAAAUGCCGUCAGCUCUGGAAAGCUCUACGUGGAGGCAUCUGGAGCUGCACCACCUCAAAGAUACACACCACAGCCAGCAGUGCAGAGGAUAAGGUCCACAUCUCCUCGUUCUCUGAGCCGCUCUCCUGGUCGCUCCUCCAGCCGUUCACCUGGACGUUCUCCCGCCCGCCGGCUUGAUGAGACAGAUGAGGCUCAGUUGGAAAGACUCUACAAACCUGUGUUUGUCAUGAAGCCCUCCUCAUACAAAUGCUCUGAGGGGCAAACGGCCAGGUUCGACCUGAAGGUGGUCGGCAGACCCAUGCCCGACACAUACUGGUUCCACAACGGACAACAAGUGGUUAGCGACUACACGCACAAGAUAGUGGUCAAAGAGGACGGUACUCAGUCAUUGAUCAUUGUCCCAGCCAUGCCGCAAGACUCUGGAGAGUGGACGGUUGUGGCUCAGAACAGAGCUGGACGCUCAUCCCUCUCUGUCACUCUCACAGUUGAUGCUAAAGAAACUUUGGUGCGACCCCAGUUCACUGACAAGCUGAGGAACAUCAGUGUAAAGCAGGGAACUCUGGUUGAAUUGGCUGUUAAAGCCAUUGGAAACCCCCUGCCUGAUAUUGUCUGGCUGAAAAAUAGUGACAUUAUCACACCACACAAGCACCCGAACAUCAGAAUUGAAGGAACCAGAGGAGAGGCCAAAUUCCAGAUUCCCUCAGCAGCUGGCCCAGACAGUGCCUGGUACACAGCUACAGCCAUUAACAAGGCUGGUAGAGACACGACUCGCUGCAGAGUCAACGUUGAGGUGGACUAUGCUGAACCCGAACCAGAGAGGAAGCUCAUUAUUCCCAAAGGAACCUACAAAGCCAAAGAAAUCACUCCUCCAGAGGUAGAGCCUCUUCAUCUACGAUAUGGUCAAGAGCAGUGGGAGGAGGGCGACCUUUACGACAAAGAAAAGCAGCAGAAACCGCUGUUCAAGAAGAAGCUGACCUCUGUUCGCAUGAAGCGUUUCGGUCCAGCUCAUUUUGAGUGCAGACUGACCCCUAUUGGUGACCCCACCAUGGUGGUGGAGUGGCUGCAUGAUGGCAAACCCCUGGCAGCCGCUAACAGGUUGCGCAUGGUCAAUGAAUUUGGCUACUGCAGCCUUGACUAUGAAGUUGCUUACGCUAGAGACAGUGGCGUUAUCACCUGCAGAGCCUCAAACAAGUUUGGAGUUGACCAGACCUCAGCCACCCUGAUCGUCAAGGAUGAGAAGGGUCUUGUUGAAGAAUCACAGCUUCCUGAAGGCAGGAAGGGAGCGCAUAGAAUUGAUGAGAUUGAGCGCAUGGCUCAUGAGGGAGGACCCUAUGGAGUCACUGCUGAAGAAGAAACUGAGAAACUGAAACCUGAGAUUGUACUUCUUCCUGAACCAGUCAGUGUUAUGGAGGGUGACAUUGCACGAUUCCGCUGCAGAGUGACCGGUUAUCCAGCACCCAAGGUUAACUGGUACCUUAACGGACAACUUAUCCGCAAAAGCAAGAGAUACAGACUUCGUUAUGACGGUAUUUACUAUAUGGAAAUCACUGAAAUCAAAUCCUAUGAUUCAGGAGAGGUCAAAGUCAUGGCAGACAACAACCUGGGCUCAGCGGAGCACACUGUGAAGCUGGAGAUUAAGGAGAAAGAGGACUUCAGAACUCAUCUGCGCCGUGCUCCUGAGGCUAAGGCAGCUGAGGCUGCACCUGAGCUUGGAAAAACACCAUUCGAGGUGGUGAAGGCUGAGAAACAUGCAGAGGAUUCUCACCUGAAAGAGGUGGUCAAGCUCAAGAAAGCCCAUAGAAUCGUCCAUGAGAAAGCCACAGAGGAGACUGAGGAGCUGAGGAGCAAGUUCAAGCGCAGGACUGAGGAGGGCUAUUACGAGUCCAUCACCGCGGUGGAGCUUAAGUCACGUAAGAGGGAUGAGUCCUAUGAGGAUCUGCUGAAGAAAACAAAGGAGGAGCUGCUCCAUCGUGCCAAGGAAAAGGAGGAGGCUGAGAAGAAGAAGGAGGAGGAGCGCCUCAAACUUACAGCUAAACCUCUAAAACCAGAGAGGGUCAAACUCUCAGCCAGUAUGGAAGCUCCAAAGAUCCUCGAACGUAUUACAAGCCAGACAGUUGCACAGGGUGACGAAGUCAAGUUCAGAGUCAGAGUCAUUGGCAGACCAGAACCUGAGUGUCAGUGGUUCAAGAAUGGUGUUCAGUUGGAGAAGUCUGAUCGUAUUUACUGGUACUGGCCUGAGGAUCACGUGUGUGAACUGGUGAUCAGGAAUGUCAGAGCGGAGGAUUCUGCUAGCGUCAUGGUCAAAGCUUCAAACACUGCUGGAGAGACUUCAAGCCAUGCUUUCCUGCUAGUUCAAGCAAAACAAGUCAUCACCUUCACACAGAAGUUGGAUGACAUCAACGCCAAGGAGAAGGACACUAUGGCUACCUUUGAGUGUGAGACCAACGAGCCUUUUGUCAAGGUCAAAUGGCUGAAGAACAAUGAGGAGAUCUUCUCCGGAGACAAAUACAGGAUGCACUCUGACAGAAAGGUUCAUUUUCUGUCUGUUCUGAUGAUUAACAUGAGGGACGAUGCAGAAUAUACCUGUGUGGUCAUAGAUGAUGACGUCAGGACAACUGCUAAGCUUAAUGUUGAAGGAGCUCCCCUGGAGAUACUUAAGCAGCUGGAGAGCACAGAGGUGCCAGAGACAUACUCCGGAGAAUUUGAGUGUCUUGUGUCUCGUGAGGAUGCAGAAGGCAGCUGGUUCUUUGGAGAAAAGCUGAUAUCUCCCAGCAGUAAAUACGUCAUGUCCUCCCGUCGUGGAAGACACACCCUGUCUGUCAAAGACGUCAAGAAGGAGGACCAGGGAAAAUAUACCUUCAAAGUGGGCGAGUUCAAGACAAGUGCCUCACUCAAGAUGAAAUUGCGUCCAGUAACCCUGAUGCAGCCUUUGACAGACCUGACGGUCUGUGAGGGCGAUAUUGCUCAGUUGGAGGUGAAGUUCUCCCAGGAGAAUGUUGAAGGAACCUGGAUGAAGAAUGGGCAGCCUGUCACAGCCUCCAACCGUGUCCACAUUGUUAUCGACAGACAAAUCCACAAGCUCCUGAUUGAAGACACCCACAAGGACGACUUUGGAAUGUACUCAUUUGUCGUUCCUGCUCAGGAGAUCUCAACCUCCGGAAAGCUGGUCAUUCAAACUAUCGGUGUACUGAUCCCACUGAAGGACACUCAAGCCAUUGAGGGCACCAAGGUUGUCUUGGAGACCAAGAUCUCUGCUCAGGACAUCAGCUCGGUCAAAUGGUACCACAAUGACCAACUGGUGACACCCAGUGACCGAAUCCAGAUGGUGGCAAAGGGAGCCAAGCAGCGUCUGGUCUUCAACAGGACCUAUGCCUCAGAUGAAGGACACUACAAACUGGUUGUUGGCCGAGCCGACACCAGCUGCAAAUUUACUGUUGAGACUGUCCAGAUCGUGACCCCAAUGAAGGACAAGGAGUGCUCUGAGUCUGAGAAUGUCACCUUUGAAGUCGAGGUUUCUCACCCGGGCAUUGAUGCCUUCUGGACCUUCAAAAGGCAACCGCUCAAAGCUGGCUCCAAGCAUAAGAUGGAGUCCAAGAACAAACGCCACAUCCUGACAGUCAUGAAUGCAAUGAAGGAUGAGGAGGGCGAGUACAUGUUCGCAGCUGGUGAGAAGAUGUGCAGUGCUUCUCUCACUGUAACAGGUGGUGCUAUCAGGAAGCCUCUCCGAGAUUUGGUGGUGGCUGACUCCCAGACUGCCGUGCUGGAGUGUGAAGUAGCCAACCCGUCUGCAGAGGGCAAGUGGCUGAAAGAUGGCCAGUCCGUUGAUUUCAACGAGAACGUGGUGAGCGAGGUGAAAGGCGCUGUCAGGCGCCUCGUCAUCAUCAUCACAAAAGCCACUGACAUCGGAGAGUACACCUAUCAGGUUGCCACCUCCAAGACCUCAGCCAACCUGAAAGUUGAGGCUGUGAAGGUCAAGAAGACCCUUAAGAACCUUAAUGUGGUCCAGACUCAGGAGGCUGUGUUCAGCCUGGAGCUGACCCAUGAAAAUGUGAGGGGAGCACAGUGGAUCAAGAAUGGUGUUGAGAUUCAGCCCAGUGAUAAAUACGAGAUCAAGACUGAAGGCACAGCCCACACCCUAAAGAUCAAGAACUGUACCGCACAGGACGAGUCUGUUUACUCUUUCAAACUGGGAAAACUGUCUGCAAGUGCCAGGCUGAAUGUUGAAACUAUCAAGAUCCUGAAGAAGCCAAAGGAUGUGACGUCACUGUUGGGCGCAACAGCUUCAUUCGAGGUUGGCAUCUCUGAGGACGACAUCCCUGUGAAAUGGAUGUUUAACAACGUGGAACUGAGGCCAAACGAGCACUACAGCAUACUCUCUGAGAAAAAGACCCACAAACUGGUUGUCCAGAAUGUGGACAACAGCAAAGAGGGAGUGUAUACCGCUGUGGUGGGCCACCUGCAGUGCAACGCUCGCCUCACCGUUGAGUCUCUGCGAGUCACCAAACCCAUGAAGAGCGUGGAGGUCCCAGAGACUCAGGUGGCCACGUUUGAGUGUGAAGUUUCUCACUUCAACGUGCCGUCCACCUGGCUGAAGGAUGGCGUGGAGAUCGAAAUGAGCGAGAAGUUCAGGAUCGUGGUUCAAGGAAAACUCCACCAGCUGAAGAUCAUGAACACCAGCAGGGACGACUCUGCAGAGUACACCUUCAUCUGCGGGAACGACAAAGUCUCCGCGAAGCUCACCGUUAAUCCCAUUCUAAUCACGACGAUGCUGCAGAACCUGAACGCUCAGGAGAAAGACACGGUCACAUUUGAAGUGAACAUUAACUACGAGGGAAUCACCUACAAAUGGCUGAAGAACGGCGUGGAGAUCCGAUCCACGGACAGAUGCCAGGCUCGCUGCAAACAGCUCACACACACUCUGAGCAUCAGGAACGUUCACUUUGGAGACAGUGCUGAGUACACCUUCAUGGCCGGCUCUGCAGUUACUACAGCCAAACUUUACGUUGAGGCCCGUGUGGUUGAGUUCACCAAACACCUGAGGGACCUGAAGAUCACAGAGAAGAAGAGGGCAACUUUUGAGUGUGAAGUUUCUGAACCAAACGUGCAGGUGAUGUGGAUGAAGGAUGGGCAGGAGCUGGAGAUAUCUGACAGAUAUAAAAUGACCUCGGAUGAAUUUGUGCACCGCCUGGUCCUGCCAUCUGUUCGCCUCUCUGACGCCGGAGACUACACCGCUGUGGCUGGAUCCAGCAUGUCCAAGGGCCACCUGGCAGUCGAGGGACGGGACAUCAAAAUUUCAGAGCCCGCUAGCAGGAACAUCACUGUCGUUGAGAAAGAGAGAGCGACCUUCGAGUUUGAGGUGGAUGAGGAAGAUGUGGAUGGUCGGUGGAUGAGGAACGGCGUGGAGAUCCAGUUCUCAGUAGAGGAAAGGUUCAACUAUGCCACCAUCAGGAAGCUCCACCGCCUCACCAUCUCUGAGACGUACAGGAGCGACGCCGGGGAGUACACCUUCUUAGCCGGCAGAAACAGGAGCACCAUGAACCUUCAUGUCAGAUUGCCAGAGCCUCCUCAGAUCGUCCGCCCCAUGCAGCCUCAGACGGCGAUGUCAGGUCGGUCAGUUCGCUUCUCGGUGCAGGCGUGCGGCCUCCCUCAGCCUCAGGUCACCUGGUACAAGGAUUCCCAGGCUCUGUCCACCAGCUACAAGUGCAAGUUCCUCCACGACGGAGACGAGCACACGCUGCUGCUGCUGGAGGUCUUCCCUGAAGACGCCACUGUCUACAGCUGCACGGCCAAGAACGACUACGGAGAGGCGACAAGCUCCGCCUCUCUCAAUGUGGAAGUUCCUGAGGUGGUCGAAGCUGCAGCUCGGGUCCCUCCUCCGGUCCUCAUCAUUCCUGUACAUGACAUCCUGGUCGCUGAGGGACACCGUGCCCAGUUCCAGUGCAACGUCUCUGGGGAAGAUCUGCAGGUUUCGUGGUUCUGUAAUGACAGAGAGAUCAGAGAGUCAGACAUCUUCAGGAUGUCUCAUUAUGGUGACACCUGCCAGUUGGAGAUCUCCAGAGUUCUCCAUGAGCACGAAGGAGAGUUCUCAUGUGUUGCUGCAAACUCAGCAGGAAUGGUCACAUGUGCCGCGACCUUGAAUAUUGAUGUAACUGCAGUGGAGAAGGAAUCAAUGAUUCAGGAGGAAGUGAAAGCCUUCUCUAGCUCAACCAUCACAGUGGAAGAGGAAACACAGGAGUCGUUCUACACUGGCUUAAAGUUACCAGACAAAACCAGAACACUUGAACUCAAGCCAGAGUCUAAACGCUACUCCAGCACUGUGGAGAAGAAAAAAGAAAAACCAGUUUUCCUCAGCGAACUUUCUCCUAAAGCAGCGACUGUGGGGGAAACUACUACGUUAACUGUCAAAGUGUCCGGUUUCCCUAAGCCCACUGUUCAGUGGUCCCACAACGGGCAGACCAUAACGAGUUCGUCCGUCUAUACAUUCAUUCACGAGCAAGAUGAGUAUAGCUUGGUGAUUAAUAAAGUUCAAAGGGAGUUUGAAGGAGAGUACUCCUGUACAGUCAGUAAUAGAUACGGCCAGUCGACUUGCACUUCAUAUCUGCAUGUUGAGCUGAAGGAGCCAGAAAGGGAGGAAAGAGAUGAUGAGACAUUUGAACCAACUGGGAAACCCCCAGAAUUCACUAAAACAAUAGAGUCUGUUCAGUUGUCCGAGGGAGGUCAAGCCUUCUUCAGGUACAUUGUGACCGGAGAUCCUCUCCCUGAGGUUCAGUGGCUCAAAGGCAGCUUCCACAUUCAGCCUAGUGGGUUCUGUAUCAUUGUGAGCAACCCAGAUGGAUCAGGUUUUAUUAAUAUUAAGAGUGUCAAACAAGAGCACAGUGGCAUCUACACCUGCAAGGCCUCCAACCAAUAUGGGGAGGCGUCUUGUACUGCUGAGUUGCUGGUGGUCGUGGAAACAGUUCAGGAAGAGCACACAUUGGUUAAGAAAACUAAAGGUUUGAAGAUUUCCAUGACUGAACAGUCAACAGAAUCUAGGUUACAUGAGGGAAGAACCCGAUCUGAUCAGAUGAUUUAUACUAUUAGCACCGAAGACCGGCAGAUUAUUCCAAGUGAGGAGGUGGGAACUCUCAGAGAGCUCGAUAUCUCUGCUGCCACCCUUCAUCGAGAGCAGCUUACCCACCAGGCAGCAGUGCUGCAGUCUCAUGAAAUACAGGAGAGGGUUACUUUGGCUCCCACCCACCCACCUCAGGCUUCAGCUGUUCCUAUGAAACAACUUCACAUGGCGACUUUCUUGUCUUCCGUCCACGAGAGACGAAAGAUCACUGAGCAGCACUCUGAACGAAUUCUCAGCCCUGAGGUAGUCGAACUCCAGUUAGCCAAAGAGCAGCCGUCCAAGCUGAUGUCGGCCACAUCUGAAGAGGUCCUGCCACUCACCACAGUGAGAGCUGAGGCCUUGACGGACCAGAAACCAGAGCACAUGAAGACCUUGACUGAGCCCAGGCAACUUGUUAGCAGUUACCAAAUAGAGUCUCCUCUACCUGUCCUUGAUGAAACUUCAAGCGUCCUGCACAGAUCAGAGGAAGAGAGGAGUUUCAGAAUCACAGAGGGGGUUAAGCUUUUAUACUCGGCUCAGUCUACAGCGCAGCUGCCCAUCACAGAAAGGCACUCUGAGCCUAUGCCAGCUUUAGAUGCAGCUACCAAACCCCUCACCGAGAAAGAGCAGUCUAAACCAGUGGUAGCACCAGUGAGCGAAACUAGAGUGACGUUAUCAAAAGAGCAGAAAUUUGAAAUUCACAGACUGGAGCAGGAGAGCAUCAGUCCAUGCAAAGACAUCAUAUAUAAAUCAGCUAUUGCUGCUGAAGAGAAAUAUGAAUUCCAGGCUGAACAGGCAAGGCAGGUGCCAGGUAUAGCAUCUUCUGUGAAUCUGCAGCCUCAGCGAGAGGGAGAAAGACUCCUGAACCUGCAGGUAAUCAGUGAUCAGGAUGUUUUACAGUCUGAGGGAAGGUUCAGUUGUGAAAAACCCUGUAGAGAGCAGGCAGAGGCAAGGAAAAGUCCAACUGUGUUGCAUUCAGUGACUCAAGAAGAGCAGAGAACUGUGAUUUGUGAGGCAACUUCAGAGUUUGCAGCAAAGACUGACGCCAUAUCAGCUCAGGCAAAGAAAGAGGCACCACCGACAAAAUACCUUCAGUCAGUUCAUUCUUUAUCAGUUCUACCAAAGGAAGGCUUACUUACCAUCAUUACACCCAACAAGCAGGUGGCGAUGCAGAAACAGGAGAAGGCUAGAAGACAUGCAGCUACCUCAGAAGAGAGAAGAGAGAUCACAGCAGAUUAUCACAAAGAUCUUGAUUUGACGGUGACUGGGGUUCAGUCGCAGCUUCAAACAGAGCCCAGACUAGCAAACAUCCUCAUGGUCUCCUCCCAGCCCAUGCAGAUUCCAAAGGAGACUCCUUUUACUGCUGACAUGAAGCAGCAGCGAGCACUAGUCCAAAAAGAGGAUAAUUGGAAUAUCAUGCACUCUUUGAACGUCAUAGACACUCAGCCUCUUGAGGAAGGUCACACCAUUAGUCUUGAAACUGAUGAGAAAUUCAGGCCCGAGAUGAAAGUUGAGCCCAAGAUCCCCAAAAGGCCCGUGUUCAUAGAGGAGAAGGCUGUUGCUACUGAAAGCUGUACUAUCUUAGAAGCAGCUGAGCAGGACUUUGCGGUCCAGAUCCAAGAGGGCCAGUCACUCCGACAGUCAGUGCUGCUCGAGGAGAAGCAAGUCAUUAUUGAAGAACAUUCUAGUGAGAUACAUAAAUCUACGGGCUCCUCUGUCAGCGUUGUGAUGCAGCCCAAAGGAGUUCUGUUUGUCCAUGAGUCUCAGGACACUGAAAGUCUACCUAAGGAACUCAACUUUAUCAUUCAGAUUCCCAAAUCCUCUAGUCUGAAUAUACGGCGCCAGCUCAGAGAUGCUCUUCAGUCUGCUGUGGCCAGCGACCAGUCAGUGCUGCUGGCUGAUGUUGUAGGAAGGUUAGAGGCUGUGGAGGUACAGGAAGUGAAGGUUCAGAGAGAGCCCAAACAGGUCACGAAUACUUAUCUUAUCACAGCACCAGGUGCUCCCAUAGAGAUCACACUGUCUUUUGAGGGUGAAUACCCUCAGACUGCUGACCUCAGGUCUGAACUCCAGGUAGCCCUGCAUGCUAUGGUUUUCCAGGAGCAGCAAAGUCUUACAUCAGAGCAAUCAGGCACCAUGCAGAUUGAAAAGCCUCAGAGAGCGCUAGUCAGGUCAGCACCCUCUAAAGAGGUGUUGUCAUCUGUGGUGGACACUGUGAUUGUGGCAGAGAGUGCAGUUGGUUUUCCUCCUGCCAUGUCUCAGUCUGCAGCCAUCAAAACUGAGGACAGGGCGUCCUUCGAAAGUGCAACAGUUCAGAGUCAGUCUGAGAUCCGACAGUCUGAGCAGGUAAGCAGGAAGAAAGUAAAGGUACAGAGGGAUGUCUCCGCUGCUGAAGCAACUGCCACUGUCCCUGUGGGCCAGGUUCCUGUUGAACAAUGCAUGGACAUUUUUGUCCAAAGAGAAACAAGAGAGGAGUAUCUCUCAGAGGCAAUCAUGAUCAGUGAGUCCUCAGACAGUCUGGUAGAUUAUCCUGUCGUCGUUAACUCUCUGGAAGAAGUUUACACUGAGGAAAACAGCAAGGCCAUUUUUACUGCCACCAUCAAGUAUGUCACCAAAGUAAACUGGUUUUUCAAUGGGCAAUUGGUGAAAUCUGGCAAAGAGUUCAAGUGUUCUAAAGACCACAACACAUACACACUAGUUGUCAACAAAGUUGUCAAGGAGAGGCAUCAAGGAGAAUAUGUCUGUGAGGCUGAGAAUGAAGUCGGCAAGACGACAACAUCUUCAAGACUCACUGUGGUCUCAAGAGUGAAACCUGUGUUCAGGCACAGAAUUGUCCCUAUGGAGAUCAACAUUGGCAACAGUGCCAAGUUUGAAUGUGAAACCGAGGACGCUCCGAAUGUGAGCUUCAAGUGGUACAAAGAUGGGCAGUCCAUCAAAGAGGGUGAUAAGUACAGGAUUAUCAGUCGCUUCAGAACUUCCUCUCUGGAGCUUCUGGCCCCCACCAAGGAGGACAGUGGUGAAUACACCUGCAAGGCGUCCAAUCAACAUGGCAGUGAUGAAUGCUCCGCCUCUCUCAGUGUGACAGAGCAAUAUCCUCCUGCCUUUGUAACUAAACCUGACCCUCAGACUGUGUAUGUUGGUAAGAGGGCAAUGAUACAGUGUGUAAUAACAGGAUCUGCUCCUCUGAAUGUUGUCUGGCUCAAAGACAAUCAGGACUUACCCAAAGUGCCUGCACAAUACCAAACCUUUUGUGAAAAGAACAAACACAAUCUUGAGAUAACCACACUUGAGGCAGCUGACAGGGGGCUUUAUGUUUGCAAAGUGUCUAAUAAUGUUGGGACGGCUGAGUGCAGCAUGGAGCUGCGUGUCAUUGAUAAGCCCAACUUUGUAAAGCCUCUGGGUCCUGUCGCUGCUGUGGUUGGAGCUCCUCUGCAUCUGGAGUGUCAGGUGGAUGAGGACACUGGAGUAAAUGUCACCUGGACCAGAGAUGGUAGAAAAGUCCACCAAUCUCCAGACUGUAAACUGUCUUUUGAGGAUAAGACAGUGACCCUUGAUAUCAUAAAGACAACACUGAAAGAUUGUGGAAAUUUUGUGUGUACGGUGGCAAAUGAAGCCGGGAGCGCAACAUGCUCCACUUCGGUGAAGGUACAAGAGCCACCAGUCUUUGUAAAGAGGCUGGAAGCCGCCACAGUCUGGAAGCAAGGCAGCACUUCACGACUGCAGUGCACCAUCAAAGGAUCCCCUGAACUUCACACCACCUGGUUCUUUAAUAACAGUGAGCUGUCUGCUGGAGGCAGAUACAGCAUCAGUCUGAAGAAUGGUGUGGCCACUCUUGAGAUACAAGAAGUCAUGUUGAGUGACAGUGGAAACUACACCUGCGAGGUUCUCAAUGAGUCUGGCUGUGAAAGUUGUAGCACUAAAGUAACAGUGAAAGAGCCACCAUCUUUCAAAAAAGAGCCGCUCUCCAUAGAGGCGGUCAGAGGAUCUGUGGCUGUGUUGGCGUGUGAACUAUCAGGUUCUUCACCAUUCGAGGUGUCUUGGAAAAAGAAUAAGAAACGCCUGAACACAGAUAAGAAGUACAGGAUAAUGUCACAGGGAGCCGUCACCUCUCUGGAGAUCCACUCAUUCGAGAGUGCUGACACAGGGGAAUACGAAUGUGUCGUAUCAAAUGAGGUCGGGUCAGUGACCUCAAAGUCUGUGGCUAAACAGAAAGAACCACCUAUGUUCUCAAAGAGGAUUGAGAGUGCUACAGCAGUGUUGGGAAAUACAGUGAAGCUACAGGGAACCCUAAAAGGCUCAGCUCCCAUAACAGUCAAAUGGAUGAAAGACUCUGAGCUGCUAAGAGAUGACGAUCCAAACGUCAAAAUGAAAUAUGAGAACAACAUCACAAGCAUUUCCUUCUCCUCUGUUGAGAUAAAACACAGUGGCAAGUACACUUGCGUCGCUGAAAAUGAGGCAGGACAGCAGAAGUGUGAAGCAGUCUUAACGGUUCAAGAACCUGCUAGGAUCUUAGAGAAAGCAGCGUCCAUCAGUGUGACGACAGGGGAUUCGGCCACAUUGGAGUGCACCAUCUCUGGAAGCCCAGAGCUCAAAGUAAAAUGGUUUAAAGAUGGUAAAGAGAUGAUCAGUGGCCGUAAAUAUAAGAUGAUGGUGAAGGAGAACACUGCCACCUUAAAGAUCCUCACAGCAGAGAAAGGAGACACUGCAGAGUACAAGAUGGAGGUGUCCAAUAAAGUUGGAAAAGAUCAGAGCACAUGCUCAGUCACUGUGAUAGGUCGUGCAGUUCCACCAUCCUUCACUAAAGCUCUUAAGAAAGUGGAUGGGAGGAUCGGUAGUAACAUUACCUUGGAAUGCAGAGUUUCUGGAUCUCAGCCAAUGGUUGUUUCUUGGUACAAAGACAAUCAAGAAAUCCACAGUGAUGACAAAUAUAAGCUUGAUUUCAGUGGGAGUACAGCUUCUGUACUGAUAACAGGCCUGGAUCAAAGUGAUGGUGGAGUUUACACCUGCCAGGCCUCUAAUGAUGCUGGGGAAAAAGAAACCAGUGGCACUUUGUCCAUCAAAGAACCUCCAGUCUUCACCGUGAAACCUGAAUCCCAGGACGCUUCACCAGGAUCAAACGUUGUCAUGAAAUCAACCUUUACAGGAUCAGCUCCUCUGGCUGUUAAAUGGUUCAGAGAGGAGAAAGAGGUUUUCACUGGGGGAAAAUGUUUCAUAAAGAAAGAUUCCUCUUCAAGCUCCUUGGAGCUUCACUCUGUGAAACCUAGCGACUCUGCUAAGUACACUUGCCAAGUGUCCAAUGAUGCUGGGAGGGUGGACUGCACUGCAUUACUCUUUGUAAAAGAAGCCCCAACAUUUACAAUGAAGCUGGAGCCUUCACAGCUGCUAAGAACUGGACAGCCCCUGAAUUUGUCCUGCAAAGUGCAGGGUACCCCUGUCAUUAGCAUCAUGUGGUUUAAAAAUGGCUCAGAAAUCAUUUCAGACCACAGACACACUAUGUCCUUCGACAGCUCAAUAGCAACUCUGGAUGUAGAGAACUGCUCUGUAGAGGACGGUGGUGAUUAUGUCUGUGCGGCGUCCAGCGAGGCCGGCAGAGACCAAUGCAGCAGCUCAGUAACAGUGAAAGAGCCUCCAGUGUUUGUGAGGUCGUUUGAAUCAACUGAGCAUGUGAAAGGAUCCGAUAUUAUCUUGGAAGGAACCGUGUCAGGUUCUGCUCCAUUUGAAAUAAGUUGUUUCCUCAAUGAUAAGCCAAUCAGAAACGACUCAAGGCAUCAAAUCAGUGUGGAAAAUGACACAGUCACUGUUCAGAUUUCAAACUGUGCAACCGGAGACGCUGGGAUGUAUCAGUGCACUGUUGCAAAUGAUGUUGGGGAGACAUCUUGCUCUUGCCAGAUAUCAUUGAAAGAACCACCAUCAUUUGUUCAGAGACUAGAGGAUAUGUCCUGCAUGGUGGGCUCUGAAAUCUCUCUGAAGUGCAUGUUGUCUGGAUCACUUCCCAUGACUUUCUCCUGGAUCAAGGAUGAUCAUGAGCUCACAGAAGACGAGCAUGUUAAGAUGUCCCAUGAAACUAAAAGUGCCAUUUUGAAUUUGAAAAAUGCUCAGUUAUCACACGGCGGGAAAUAUGUGUGUCAGGCACAGAACAAAGCUGGGACUCAGAGAUCUGCUGCCGUGCUCAUUGUGACAGAGCCAGCAAAUAUUUCAGAACAUGCAAAGUCCAUCAGUGUAACCCAGGGUGACCCAGCCAGGCUUGAAUGCAGAUUCUCAGGCACCAAACCUCUCAAGUCCAGAUGGAUGAAGGCAGGGAAGGAGCUGACUUCAGACCACAGAUACAGAAUACAGAGCACAGACUCCAGCUCUGUGCUCAAUAUUAUCAGAACAGAGGAAGGGGAUAGUGGUGAAUAUACCUGUGAGGUUUCUAAUGUUGCUGGCUUCAGUUCUUGUGAAGCAUCAGUUACUGUCUUAGAACCACCACGCAUUCUUGAAAAGCCUGAAUCCAUGAAUGUUUUGCCUGGGUCAAAGGUUCUGUUUAAUGUUCGUGUUUCUGGCACACCACCGCUGACCAUCAAAUGGUUUACAAAUAAGAAAGAAAUUUUAUCAGACUCUGACUGCUUGGUGACCAAAGACAACAUCUCAAGCUCACUGGAGCUCUUCUUUGCCAAAACCUCUGACUCUGGAGACUUUAUGUGUGAAAUACAGAAUGAUGUCGGUUCCACUUCAUGUCAGGCAUCACUCUUUGUGAAAGAACCCCCCUCUUUCAUUGAGAAACCUGAGGGCGUGUCAGUAGUAAGAGUAGGAGUAAGGAAGGUGUUUGAGUGCAAGGUUGCUGGUACUCCAGAGAUCUCUGUGCACUGGUUCAGAGAUGGAGUUGAGAUUCUCCAAAGUGACAAAUACAAGAUGUUGUUUGUCAACUCUGUAGCCUCCUUAGAAAUUUGUCAAGUUAGUGAACAUGACAGCGGGAAAUAUUUCUGCGAGACUUGCAAUGAAGCUGGUACAGAGAGUUGCCCUGUUGAGCUUGAAGUGAAAGAGCUUCCUAUGUUUGUUGAGGAGUUGACGUCUCUUGAAGUUGUUAAAGGGUCCACAGCAGUGUUUGCUUGCACAGUGGAAGGAAGUUCUCCAUUUAAGGUCACAUGGUUCAAAGAUAAAAAGCCAAUCAAAUCCAGCCAAAGGUAUAUUAUCAUUGACGGUGAAAAAGUGGGCUUGAAAAUCCAGGACUGUAGAGAGGAAGAUGUUGGCACUUAUCAAUGCAUGGUAGCCAAUGAGGUUGGAAGUUGCACUGGCUUUGCAGCUUUAUCUCUGAAAGUGCCUCCAGCAUUUGUAAAGAAGAUAGAGAAUGUCUCCACCAUUCUGGGUGAUGUCGCGGUCUUUCGCUGUGUGGUGAAAGGUUCUCUGCCUCUCUCUAUACAAUGGCAAAAAGAUGAGAAGUGGAUCCCAGAGGAUCCAAAGACUGAGAGAGGGUUUGAGAACAAAGAGGCCACUCUCAGGAUUCCUGCCUGUGAGCCAACUCAUGGCGGGAAAUAUACCUGCCAGGUGGUAAAUGAAGCCGGGCAGGACAAAUGCUUUGCCACUCUUGUAGUGCAAGAACCACCUACGAUCCAAGAGAAGCCAGAGGUAGUCAAAGUAACGUGUGGGGAUCUGGUUAGUCUUGAGUGCAGGGUAGCUGGGACUCCUCAGAUCCAUGUAAGAUGGACCAAAGAUGGUAUAGAGCUCCACUCAAGCAGAAAACAUCAUCUGUGCUAUGAGAACAACCUGAGCAGUCUUCAUAUACAGUCCUCUCAGCUGGAGGACAGCGGCGAGUACCUGUUUGAAGCUACAAACUCUGUUGGGUCUUGUAGCUGUAAAGUCAUGCUGGUUGUUUUAGAUGAGGUCAGUCCUCCAACGUUCAUUAGGAAAUUAACAAACGUUCAAGCAGUUAUGGGCUCAGUGGUUAUGAUGGAGUGCAAAGUGGCUGGUUCUCUUCCAUUAUCAGUUGAAUGGAGCAAAGGGAAACAAAAGAUCACCAAGAGCUCCAAAUAUAAACUUCUGCACAUUGACAAUACAAUCUCACUGGAGUUAAAGCUGACAGAGAGCACUGAUACAGGAGAGUACUCCUGUAGAGUUACCAACAAAGCAGGCAACUGUGUGUGCAGUGGAGUUCUCACAGCUAAAGUGCCACCAAGCUUUGUAGCUGAGCCUGAGUCUCAGGCUGUCACUCCAAAGUCUACUGUACUCUUCAGAAGUGUCUUUGAAGGGACACCUCCGUUUGCAAUCAAAUGGUUCAAGGGUGACAUGGAACUCAUCACAGGGCCGUCAUGUACAAUUAGACUGGAGAAAUAUUCUUCCUCUGUAGAGCUCUACUCAGUCGGGACUCUGCAAUGUGGGAUUUAUUCUUGCCACAUUAGCAACGACGCAGGAGCAGUGAAAAGUGCAGCAGAGUUGUUGGUGAAAGAACCUCCUCAGUUUGUUGUGAAACUGCCUCCCACUACCUUUGUGAAGCAGUGCGAGGGACACCGUUUUGAAUGCAAGGCCACCAGCUCACACUGCCUGAAUAUGUGUUGGUACAAAAACAACCAAAAGAUAACCGACGGAGGCAACUAUAAAAUAAUGUGUGUUGACUCGACUGCGUACCUCCAGCUGCAGAGUGCAAGAUUUGAGGAUAAUGGAGCCUACAUCUGUGAGGCUCAUAACGAUGCGGGCAGUGCAAGCUGCAGCACCAUUCUCACGGUUCAAGAGUCCCCAUCCUUUAUUAAAACCCCAAGCCCAGUGGAGGGCAUUAAUGGGAAAGAUGCCAGCCUGCACUGUGAGAUGUAUGGCACUCCACCUUUCCAGUUUAACUGGUACAAAGACAAAAGGCCACUAAAGGAGAGUAGGAAGUAUAAGAUGGUCAGUGAGGGCAGCUCUGCAACACUUCACAUUAUUAAACUGGAGCAGGAUGACGCUGGUCUUUAUGAGUGCAGGGUGUCAAACAAUGUAGGAAGUGAAUCCUGCCACACUACCAUUACCCUGAAAGAACAACCAGCGUUUGUCAAGAAACUGGUCGACCAGUCUGUGAGAGUCGGUGAGCAGCUGAUACUGACAGCUACAAUAAAAGGCUCUGAACCUCUGACUGUGUCCUGGGUUCAGGACAAAGAUCACAUCCUCAGAGACGGUGACAACAGGAGGAUCACCUUUGAGAACAAUGUGGUUACUCUUGUAGUGCCCAAGGCUGAGUCAACCACAGCUGGUAAAUACACCUGCCAGCUGAGGAAUGACUCUGGGGUUGUAGAGUCCGUCUCCCAAGUGACUGUUCUAGAACCUGCUGCUAUUGUGGAUAGCCCAGAGUCUUUGAAUGUGAAGUCAGGAGAAAAUGCAGCUCUUGAGGUCACAGUGUCUGGCUCACCAGAACUGAGAGUUAAGUGGUUUAAAGAUAACAAAGACCUCUCUGCUGGUGCCAAGUAUCAGAUGUCCUUCACAAAGAAGGUUGCCACCCUGAGGAUUCGAUCUGCUGACAAAGCAGAUGCUGGAGAAUACAAAUUAGAGGUUACAAACCAUGUCGGUCAAGCCUCUUGCAAAACUAAGCUAUCUAUCUCAGAUAAAUUGAUUCCACCAAGUUUCAUAAGGAAGCUGAGAGACACCCACCUUGUUGUGGGUAAGCCUGGUGAAAUGGAGUGUAAGGUUACCGGCUCUUCUCCUUUAACAACUUCCUGGUUCCACAACGGCCAGGAGAUCAAAACUGGACCAAACUAUGACAUUAGCUGCACUGAUAAUAACUGCAAACUGAGAGUUCCAACUAUCAGGAUAUCGGAUUCUGGCAAAUACACAUGUAAAGCUGUAAAUUCUGCAGGAACCAGCGAGACAAGUGCUUCGAUGAAUGUGACAGAACCUCCAUCUUUUGUGGAAACGCCUGAGGCGAAGGAAACAUUGCCUGGCGAAAAAGUGUCUUUCUCAGCUAAAGUGAAAGGCAGUGCCCCCCUGAAAGUGAAAUGGUUCAGGGGAGCCAAGGAAAUGCAGCACGGAAGAGGCUGCGAGAUCGCCCUGAAGGACGAUGUCGCCACUUUAGUGCUUAACAGAGUUGAACAGUCCCACGCUGGCGAGUACACCUGCCAGAUCAUUAAUGAUGCAGGGAAGGAAAGCUGCCCAGUUCAGCUGUUUGUAAAAGAACCAGUCCACUUUGUGAAGAAGCUGAGGGACAUUUCCUCUGAAAAGGGCAAGCCUCUAAGGCUUGAGGUCACAUUUGCUGGAACUCCCAGGGUAAAUGUGUCCUGGAAGAAGGACAGAAAACUCCUCUGGCCUUCAUAUCAGUACAAUGUGAUCACCACUGACACCUCCUGCAUCCUGGAGGUUCUUAACUCUGACAGGAUGGAGGCAGCCGGAAGAUACUCUUGCGAAGUAGACAACGGAGUUGGAAGUGACAGAUGCGAAGCACAAGUGUCAAUUCUAGAACGACCAUACUUUGUUGAAACGAUGGAGCCAGUGGAGGUAACUGUUGGUGAGCCAGUUACCCUGAAAUGCCGUAUUGCGGGAACUCCUGACAUCUCUGUAGCUUGGUUCAAAGCUGAUGGAAAGGUGCGCAAGUCCAACACUUGCUCAAUGGACUUUACAAACGGUGUUGCCACUUUACAGCUGAUCAAAACAACCAAGUUUGAUCACGGAGAAUAUAUCUGCAGGGCUGAGAACCGGAUUGGUUCAGCAUCCACCAGCUGUAAUGUGACAGUGAAAGAACCUGUGCGUUUUAUCAAGAAGCUGGAGGAAGAUACUUUCAUAGUUGGUCAGCCACUGAAAUUAGUCUGCACGUACGCCGGAAGCCAGAGGGUCUAUGUCACCUGGAAGAAGGACGACAAGCUGAUUUGGGCCUCUUAUCAGUACAAUGUUAGAACUACUGAUUCAACCUGCAUUCUGGAGGUCCUCAACAGCGACAAGCUUGAGGCAGCUGGAAAAUACACUUGCGAAAUUUCCAACGGAGUUGGAACUGACGUCUGCCAUGCUUGUAUUAGCCUAGAACCUGUUCACUUUGUGAGAAAACUGAGAAACACCUUCUAUAAAAUUGGCUACCCAUUUACGCUGGAGUGCACAUUCACUGGCAGCCAGAGGAUUUAUGUCAGCUGGAUGAAGGAUGGAAAACCCAUCUGGGCGUCUUACAAAUACAAUGUCAAAACCGCCAACUUCUCCACCACCCUGGAAGUUCUCAACAGCGACAAACCUGUAAGCUUCCUAAAAAAGCUGGAAGACACCACUUUCAGACUCGGCCAGCCCCUGUCGCUAUACUGUGCUUACAGUGCCAGCCCUAGGGUCUAUGUGAGCUGGAGAAAGGAUGGCAAACCAAUCUGGGCCUCCUACAAGUACAACGUAAAGACCACAGAUAACUCCUGUGUUUUGGAGCUCCUCAACAGUGACGGGCUAGAUGCAGCAGGGAGAUACUCCUGUGAAAUUUCUAACUCUGAGAACACUGCUGUCUGCCAUGCACAGGUCAAACUAGAGUCCGCUCGCCUCAGGAAGCUGGAAAACACCACAUUCAGAGUCGGUCAACCACUGACGCUUAGAGUUGCAUUCAGGGGUAGCCAAAGAGUGAAUGUGAACUGGAAAAAAGACGGCAAACUGAUCUGGGCCUCUUAUCAGUACAAUGUGAAGACCACAGACUGCAGCUGCAUUCUGGAUGUCCUCAACAAUGACAGAGAAGAGGCUCGUGGAAGAUACACUUGUGAAAUUUCCAAUGCCGAGGGCUCCGAUAACUGCCAUGCUUAUGUCAAACUAGAACCUGUACAAUUUGUCAAGAAACUAGAGGACAUCUGCCAUGAGCUGGGUAAACCUUUGAGACUGGAGUGCACUUACACUGGCAGCCAGAGGGUCUACGUGACCUGGAAAAAAGACGGCAAACUCGUCUGGGCUUCUCACCAGUACAAUGUCAAAACCACUGACUCUUCGUGCAUUCUGGAUAUCCUCAACAGCGACAGAGCUGCAGCCGCGGGGCAGUACACUUGCGAAAUUUCCAAUGCAGAAGGAACUGACACCUGUCAUGCUCAUGUAAAAAUAGAGCGCAAAAUCCCUCCAAACAUCAUCAAGAAGCCCUCCGAGUCCAUGGUGGAUUCAGUGGGUAAAACUGUGACAAUGGAGGCUCGGGUGUCUGGAUCCCAGCCCUUGAACAUCAUGUGGUACAAGGACAACAAUGAAAUCUCUGCUUCCAACAAAUAUGACAUCAGCUUCAAGAACAACAUUGCUGUGCUGUGUGUCGGAGACUCCACCACCUCUGACAGCGGGGUGUACACCUGUGAGGUCUCCAACGAAGCUGGAAGAGCUUCUUGUCCAGUUUCUCUCACUAUUUCAGAAACUGGGCAGGCACCAAAGUUUGACGUCCGUCUGGAGCCGGCAUCGGUCAACGAGGGGGAGAAGCUGAGCCUUAAAUGCCACGUCAGCGGCUCUGCUCCUCUGAGCAUCCAGUGGAUGAAGGACAGACGGGAGCUUAAGUCCAGUGGAAAUACCAAAAUCACCUUUGUUGGUGGGAUGGCUUGCCUGGAGAUCAGCUCAGUCUCAAAGACAGACGCAGGGGAUUACCUCUGCAAGGCCAGCAACGCUAUUGGCAGUGACUUCUGCAAGUCCAGGGUCACUGUGAGAGACAAAGGAACCAAGGUUGCACCUGCUGAGGCCCCCACCCCAGCUGCAGCUGCUCCGGUCAAAAGGCUUGACAACCUGUUCUUCAUUGAGGAGCCCAAGAAUGUUUCUGUCACAGAGAAGGGCACCGCUACCUUCAUUGCGAAGAUCGGUGGCGACCCAAUCCCCAGCGUAAAGUGGAUGAAGGGCAAAUGGAGGCAGAUCACUCCAGGUGGUCGUAUCUCUAUUGAGCAGAAGGGCCAGAACGCCAAACUGGAGAUCAGAGAGGUGACCAAGUCUGACUCUGGUAACUACAGAUGUGUCGCCACCAACAAGCAUGGAGAGAUUGAGUGUAGCGCUGAUAUGGAGGUCACCAAGAAGGAAGAAGUGGAGGGUAUCGGAGACAUGAGGACCAGACUGAAGAAGACUCCCUCCAAGCAGAAGAGCCCCAAGAAAGAUGAAGAGGUCGAUAUUGUGUCGUUGCUGAGAGGUCAUGACCCCAAAGACUAUGAGAGGAUACUGCGAGAACAUGGAAUCCACGACUACCGGGCCAUCCUGCAGGCCGUUGAGUUCCUGAAGAGGGAGAAGGAGAUGGAGACUGGAAAAGUGGAGGUGGAGCAUGGUGGUCGGGUUGAAGAGGAGGUCAUGGCCCAACUCAUCCAGCAGCUGGAGGGACGUGUCAGCACUGAGCCAGUCUCUGUACUGGAGGACAUCACCGACCAGAUGAUCACUGAGAACCAGAGCGCUACCUUUGAGUGCCAGAUCAGGAUCAACUACCCAGAGAUCACUCUGACCUGGUACAAGGGCACCCAGAAACUGGACAACAGCGACAAGUACGACAUCAGCAGCGUGGGCGACCGCCACUCUCUGAAGAUCAAGAACUGCCAGGUCAAAGAUCAGGGCAACUACCGAGUGGUGUGUGGUCCUCACAUCUCCAACGCCAAACUGACUGUCACAGAAGAGAAAAAACCCGUAGAAGAAAUUGUUGAGAGGACUCAUGUCGGGCAGAGAGAAGAAAUCCCUAAAGUCCCUGAGGUUUACGGGAGACCAGAGGAGAAACCCUCUGAGCCUGCAGCUCCACCUUCAGCUCCAGUCAAAGUACCUGAAGUAAAGAAGCCACAGCCUGAGGCUCCUGCCACUGCUCCACCUCGUAGGGAGGAACCUGCAGCCCCAAAAGGUAAAGUUUAUGGCAGAUCUGUUAACCUUGAAGAACCCUCAGUAUACACCAAACCUGAACCUGAACCAGAGAUAGUUCCCAGAGAGGUCACUCCUGAACCUUAUCAACCCAAGCCAAAGACGGCAGAGCCAAAAAUGGUUCCUCCUGAGCCUAAAGUGACACCUCAUAAACUGGCAGCACCUGAGCCCAAAGUGACACCUCAUAAACCGGCAGUACCUGAGCCCAAAGUGACACCUCAGAAACCAGCGGAACCUGAGCCCAAAGUGACACCUCAGAAACCUGCAGAACCUGAGCCCAAAGCGGCCAAAAUUAAGCCUGAACCUGAAGCACCAAAGGUUGAAACUGUCAAGAAAGCACCAGAAGUUCCUAAACCGAGAGUAUCUCCCCUAGAGGAGAAGAAGCCAUCUGCACCAGUACCAAAGCCUGUACCUGCUCGUCCUGCUCCUGCAGAGAAAGUAGCACCUGCAGUGUCUCCUCCAGUGGAGAAGAAGCCAUCUACACCAGCACCAAAGCCCUCAGCUCCUGCUCCUACUGCAGCCAAAGUUGCUCCUCCUGCAGUGUCUCCUCCAGAGGAAAAGAAACCAUCUCCUUCGACACCAAAGCCUCCAGCAGAAAAAGUUGUUCCUCCUGCAGCUCCAGUUGCAGCAGUGGAGAAGAAACCCUCUCCACCAGCCGUAAAAGCUGAACCCUCUCCUGUAUCGGAGGAAAUCUCUCCACCUGAAGACAAGGGACCAGUUUCAGCACCUGGACCAACUAAAGAUGGAAAACCAUCAGAGGAGGCACCAAAAGGCAGAGGCCGAGGAUUUGGGGCAAGACAAACCCCAUCACCUGGCGAUGGUGGCAGGGGCCGGGGCCUGAGGCCUGGUGGAAAGGGCCCAUCGCCUCCAGAGGAUCCCUUCGGAGGAUUCAAGCUAAAAGCCGUCCCUCUGAAGUUCAUCAAGAAGCUUCAGGACAUCGUGCUGAAGGAAGCCGAGUCUAUUGGCUCGGCUGCUGUGUUUGAUUGUCAGGUCUCACCUUCUACCGCCAUCACUUCAUGGAUGAAAGAUGGCAGCAACCUGCGUGAGGGCCCCAAGCACAAGUUCACUUCUGAUGGCAAGGAUCGCAAGUUGAACAUUAUUGAUGUCCAGCUGUCCGACACUGGUGAAUACACCUGUGUGGCCAAGAACGCUGGCAAGGAAGUAACAUGCACAGCCAAGCUCAUUGUUGAAGAACUGCCUGUGAAAUGGCUGAAGGAGCUGGAACCAGAGACAUCAUGUAUGAAGGGUCAGCCUAUGUACCUGACCUGUGAGCUGAACAAGGAGAGAGAUGUGAUCUGGAAGCGUAACGGCGCAAUCCUGAAGAAACAGGCUGGAAAAGUGGCCAUUAAUGUCAUUGGUAUGCAGCACGCUGUGACCAUUCAGAACUCCACUGAUGAAGAUUCGGGCGACUACACGUGUGAGGUAGACGGACAGGAGGAAGUCAAGACUACAACCAACGUCAAAGUGAUUGAAAUCAUCAAAGACUGGCUGGUGAAGCCCCUGAGAGACCAGCAUGUGAAACCAAAGGCCAAGGCCACAUUCAAAUGUGAGCUCUUCAAGGACACUCCCAACUGGAAGUGGUUCAAAGGAGACAACGAGCUCACUCCUUCAGACAAGGUGGAGAUCAACAAAGAUGGAAAGGACAUGACACUGACCAUUAAGAACUGUCAGCCCGAAGACGUGGCAGAGUACACCAUCGAGGUGGAGGAUCGCAGAUACUCAGCGAAACUGACACUUGGAGAGCGUGAGGCCGAGAUCCUGAAGCCUCUCGCCAGCGUGGAGGUGGUUGAGAAGGAAGAAGCCAACUUUGACACUGAAAUAUCUGAGGAUGAUGUGGCUGGUGAAUGGAAGCUGAGAGGCCAGGUGUUGACCAGAUCUCCGACCUGCGACAUUAAAGCUGAGGGAAAGAAACGUUUCCUCACGUUGAAAAACGUGCAGCUGGAUCAGGCUGGUGAAGUGUCGUACCAGGCCCUGAACGCCAACACCAGCGCCAUGCUCACCGUCAAAGAGAUCGAAAUGGGCUUUGUUGACCUGUUGAAGGACAUUUCUGUGCCUGAAAAGAAACAGGCUAAGUUUGAAUGCACCAUCACCAAGGAUGUGGCAAAGGUCAUGUGGUUCAGGGGGGCGGAGAUCGUCACCCCGAGCCCUAAAUAUGAAAUUAUUGACGAUGGAAAGAAACACAUGCUGAUCAUAAACAGCUGUGAGUUUGACGAUGAGGCUCAGUACACCAUCGAAGUGUUGGGCCAGAAAUCGGCCGCUCAGCUGGUGGUGGAAGGCAUGAGGCUGAAAUUUGUCCAGCAGCUUCAGGACCAAACAGUCAAAGAAGGUAAAACGGCUCGGUUUGAGCUGGAGCUGACUCACGAGAACGUGCCGGUGGUUUGGUACCGAAACGAAGUCAAACUCCACGUGAGCCGCACAGUGCUCACGCACGUGGAAGGAAAGAGACACACUCUAGAAAUGAGGACGUUGUCUCUAGAUGAUACCUGCCAGAUUAAGGCAGAGGCCAAAGGAAUUUACUCGAUGGCCAAACUGACUGUGAUAGAGGGCGACCCCAUCUUCGUGGUGAAGCUGCAGGACUACACCGCCACAGAGAAGGACGAGGUGACCCUGGACUGUGAACUGAGCAAAGAUGUCCCCGUCGUCUGGUACCACGAAGAGACGGAGAUCAUCGCCUCCAAGAUGGUGGUCAUGAGGUGCGAGGGCACACGCAGGUCUUUGGUCCUGAAGAAGGUGGAGCAGAGCGAUAAAGGGAAAUACGUAUGUGACUGUGGAACAGACAAGACCUCAGCCAACAUCAAUAUUGAAGCUCGUGACAUCAAGGUGGUUCGGCCGAUUUACGGCGUGGAGCUGUUUGAUGGAGAGACGGCUCGUUUCGAGGUGGAGAUCUCGGAGGACGACGUCCGCGGCCAGUGGAAGCUGAACGGAGAAACUCUCAGUCCUUCCUCUGAUGUUGACAUCAUUGAGGAGGGAGCGAAGCACACACUGAUCCUGUACAACUGCAAAGUGUCCAUGACCGGUGAGGUGGCAUUCGCCGCCGCUAACGCCAAAUGUUCUGCUAACCUGAAGGUCAAAGAGCUUCCUCUGAACUUCCUCACUCCGCUGAGCGACGUUCAGGUGUACGAGAAGGACGAAGCAAGGUUCGAGCUGGAGGUGUCCAGAGCUCCGAAGACGUUCCGCUGGCUGAAGGGUUCGCAGGAGCUGCAGAGCGACGACAAGUACGAGAUGAUCCAGGAAGGAAACAUGUACGUUCUGAUGAUCCGCUCGGCCGCCUACGACGACGAGGCCAAGUACAUGUUUGAGGCAGAGGACAAGAGGACGACUGGCAAACUGGUCAUUCAGGGUAUUCGUUUGGAGUUUGUCAAACCAAUUAAGGACGUGACGGUGAAGGAGCGGGAAACAGCCGAAUUCAGUGUUGAACUCUCCCACGACAAGAUCCCGGUGGUCUGGUACAAAAACGACGUCCGUCUGCACCCGAGCAAGGUGAUGCACAUGUCGGAUCAUGGAAAGAUCCACACGCUGGCCUUCAAGGAGGUCACCAUCGACGACACCUCCAUGAUCAGAGUGGAGGCCAUGGACAAGACUGUGACCGCCAUGCUCAACGUCAUCGAGGGCGACCUGUAUUUCACCACCAAGCUGCACAACUACACGGCCGUGGAGAAAGACGAGGUGAAGCUGGUCUGUGAGCUGAGCAAGGCCGUCGCCGACGUCAAGUGGUUCAAGGACGGGAAGGAGAUCACUCCCUCCAAGAACAUCGCCAUCAGCACCGACGGCAAGAAGCGCAUCCUGAUGGUCAGGAAGGCGGAGAAGGCCAACAUCGGCGCAUACACCUGCGACUGUGGCUCAGAUAAAACCACAGCCAACCUCAACAUUGAAGAGCGCGACAUCAAGGUGGUCCGUCCCCUGUACAGUGUGGAGGUCACAGAGACAGAGACAGCCAAGUUUGAGACAGAGAUUUCAGAGGAGGACGUCCAUGGAAACUGGAAACUGAAGGGAGAAGCCCUGCACCAGUCUGCUGACGUUGAGAUUAAGGAGGAAGGAACCAAACACAUGCUGAUCCUCUAUAACGUCCGGAUGGACAUGGCAGGAGGCGUCGACUUCUCAGCCGCCAACGCCAAGUCCAAUGCUCAGCUCAGAGUGAAAGCUCGGUCCAUCGGCCUGAUGCGUCCUCUGAAGGACGUGACGGUGACGGCUGGAGAGACAGCGACCUUCGAGUGCGAGCUGUCGUACGAAGGCAUCGCGGUGGAGUGGUUCCUGGGAGGACAGAAGAUGGAGGCCAGUGACCGGGUAAAGACUCGUGUGGCGGGUCGGGUUCACGCUCUGACCGUCAGAGAUGUGAAACUGUCGGAGGCUGGUGAGGUCAAACUGACCGCUAAAGACUUCCAGACUCAGGCUCAGCUCAUUGUCAGAGAGCCGCCGGUGGAGUUCACAAAGCCGCUGGAGGACCAGACGGUGGAGGAGGAGGCCACCGCCACGCUGGAGUGUGAAGUUUCCAGAGAGAACGCAGAGGUACGAUGGUUCAGAGAAGGACAGGAGAUCAGAAAGACCAAGAAGUACGACUUGAUUGUCGACGGACGCAAGAGAGCGCUGGUCAUCCACGGCUGCUCUCCGGAAGACGCCAAGAUGUACACAUGCGACGCCAAAGAGUUCAAGACGUCCUGUUUCCUGGAGGUUACACCUCCUCAUGUGGAGAUUACAAAGCCUUUGCAGGAUGUGGAGGUCAGAGAGAAGGAAUCUGCCAAGUUUGAAUGUGAAGUGUCCCGCGAGUCCGCCAAGGUGCGUUGGUUCAAGGAUGGAAGCGAGAUCAGGAGAGGAAAGAAGUACGAGAUCACGGCUAAGGGAGUCCAGAGGAUCCUCAUCGUCCACAAGUCAGUGUUUGACGAUGAGGCAGAGUACGAAUGUGACGCCAGAACCUCCAAGACAUCCGGCAUGCUCACGGUCAUCGAGGAGGCAGCCAGGUUCACCAAGAACCUGUCCAACGUGGAGGGAACGGAGACGGACAGCGUGAAGAUGAUCUGCGAGGUGUCGAAGGCAAACGCUGAUGUCAUCUGGUACAAAGGAGAUGAGGAGCUGCCGGAGGGCGGCCGCUACGACCAGAUCAUGGACGGACGCAAGAGGAUCCUGAUCAUCCAGGACCUGAGGAUGGAGGACGCCGGAGAGUACAACUGCAGGCUGAGUCCCACCGUCAAGACGUCUGCCACGCUGAAACUCAACGAACUGGCGGCUGAGUUCAUCGCCCGUCCUCAGAACCAGGAGGUGGUGGAGGGCGAGAAAGCUGAGUUCGCCUGCUCCGUCUCCAAGGAAACCUAUGAGGUGAAAUGGUUCAGAGGUGACAAGGAAGUCGAAGCCGGGGACAAGUACACAAUCAUCAUUGAAGGAAAGAGAAGGGCUCUUAUUGUGAAAAACUGUGAGCUGAAGGAUGAAGGAGGCUACGUUGCUCACAUCGGCAGCGUUAAAGCCUCAGCUGAUCUGUGUGUGAUUGAAAAACUGAGGAUCAUCACGCCGAUCAAAGAUACGGAGGUGAAGGAGGGAAGCGAGAUCGUGUUCAAUUGCGAGACGAACACAGAGGGAGCAAAGGCCAAGUGGCUGAAGAACGAGGAGACCAUAUUCGAGAGCAGCAAGUACAUGAUGGCUCAGAGGGACAACGUCUUCUCCCUGAGGAUCAGAGACGCCCAGAAGGCAGACGAAGCUAGCUACACCAUCAACCUGACCAAUCACAGAGGAGAGCAUGCAAAGAGCGCUGCCAGCGCUAAAGUCGCAGAGGAGAAGCUGAAGUUCCUGGAGCCCAUCGAGGACAUUGAGACUCAGGAGAAGAAGACCAUCAGUUUCAUCUGCAAGGUGAACAGGCCCGAGGUAACAGUGAGGUGGAUGAAGGCCGGCCAGGAGGUGACGCUCAAUAAACGCAUCGUCUACAGAGCUGACGGACUCAAACACACCCUGACCAUCAAGGACUGCGUCAUGGAUGACGAGGGCGAGUACACCGCUGUGGUCGGUGAUGACAAGUGUGCGGCCGAGCUGAUCAUCAGCGAGGCGCCAACUGACUUCGCCACACAGCUCAAAGACCAGACCAUCACCGAGUUCGAGGACGCCGAGUUCACCUGCAAGCUGAGCAAGGAGAAGGCUGUCGUCAAGUGGUACAGGAAUGGACGCGAGAUCAGAGAAGGACCCAGAUAUCACAUGGAAAAAGAAGGCAAGAUAUGCAGACUGAUCAUCAAGGUGUGCAGACCUGAUGAUGAAAGUGAAUACGCCUGUGGUGUAGAUGAGAGGAGGACAAGAGCAAGGCUCUUUGUUGAAGAGACCCCCGUGGAGAUCGUAAGACCUCCUCAGGACGCAUUUGAACCUCCAGGCUCGGACAUCGUGUUUGAGGUGGAGCUCAACAAGGACAGAGUGGAGGUGAAGUGGAUGAGGAACAACAUGAUCAUUGUCCAGGGAGACAAAUACCAGAUGAUUAGUGAGGGUAAAGUCCACAGACUGCAGGUCUGUGAGAUCAGACCCCGAGACCAGGGAGAGUACAGGAUUGUGGCUAAAGACAAGGACGCCCGUGCCAAGCUGGAACUGGCAGCUGUUCCCAAGAUCAAAACCACCGACCAGAAUCUAAUGACAGAUGCCGGUAAACCUUUCGUCAUGACUGUGCCCUAUGAUGCUUACCCUCGUGCCGAUGCCGGGUGGUUCUUCGAGGGCACCAGUCUGCCCGUCCAGAACAUCGACACCUCUGCUGACAAGACCGAGUACCGCCUUAAAAGCCCCAGCAAGGAGGACCAGGGCCGGUACAAAGUGGUCAUCAAGAACAAGCAUGGCGAAGGAGAAGCAUUCAUCAACCUGGACGUGAUUGAUGUCCCUGGACCCGUCAAGAACCUGAGAGUGGUCGACACAGCUGAUGGUGAGGUCAGUUUGGCCUGGGAGGAGCCAGAGAGUGAUGGUGGAAGCAAGAUUAUUGCCUACGUUGUGGAAAGACGUGACGUGAAGCGUAAGACCUGGACUCUGGCAACAGACCGUGCUGAUGUCCCAGAGUACUGCGUCAGCGGCCUGCACAAGGACUCCAUGUACCUGUUCAGAGUCUGUGCCCGAAACAGGGUUGGCAGCGGACCCACUGUUGCCACGGAGGACGCAGUCCAGGCCAAGAACAAGUUUGAUGUUCCUGAUGCUCCAGAAAAUGUUGCAGUAGCCAAUGUCAACAAGUUUGGUGCCACUGUCACCUGGGAGCCUCCCAAGUUCGAUGGUGGCUCGGAGAUCACCGCCUAUGUGAUCGAACUCCGCGACAGGACCUCUGUGAAGUGGGAGGCGGCUCUGGUCUGUGGCGCCAAUGACCGCUCGGCCGCGCUUAAUGACGUGGUGGAGAACAAGGAAUACAUCUUCAGAGUCAGAGCUGAGAACAAGGCUGGCAUCGGCAGGCCCAGCGCCGCCACAAACCCUGUCAAGAUCAUGGAUCCCAUCGAGAGGCCAAGCCCGCCACUGAACCUGAACUUCAGUGACCAAAUCAAGUCGGCAGUCACACUGACCUGGGAGACGCCCACCAGCAAUGGUGGCAGCAUGAUCACCGGCUACAUCAUUGAGAAAUGUGACGAAGGCAGUGACAAGUGGCUCCGCUGCAACGCCAGACUGUGCCAAGACCUCUCCUACCGGGUGUCUGGUUUGAAACCUGGUCAGAAGUACCUCUACAGAGUUUGUGCAGAGAACGCUGCUGGCGUGUCUGAUCCAGCUGAGCAACUCGGACCGCUGGUCGCCGACGACCCUCAUGUCGGCCCGACCUUUGACCUGAGUGCCUUUAGGAAUGGUCUGGAGGUGAUCGUCCCUCAUCCUCUCACCAUCAGAGUCCCGAUCACUGGAUACCCGACCCCCGUUGCCAAGUGGACCUUUGGAGAGAAGGAGCUGACCACUGCGGACGAGCGUGUCUCCAUGGUGACGAAGCCCACGUACACAGAGCUGACGGUCACACCGAGCGUCCGUCCUGACAAAGGCACCUACUCCCUUCAGCUGGAGAACGACGUCUCUUCUGUCUCUGGAGAGAUUGAGGUCAACGUCAUCGCAUGCCCCAGUGCUCCCAAGGACUUUAAGGUGGCUGAGGUGACCCGGCACCAUGUCCACAUGAUGUGGGAGGCUCCGGAGCACGAUGGAGGAAGUCCAGUCACCCACUACCAGAUCGAGAAGAGAGAAGUGUCUCGCAAGACCUGGGCCAAGGUUGCUACUGGCAUCCUGGACCUGGAGCACACUGUGACAGAUGUCAUUGAAGGAAAGGAAUAUCUGUUCAGUGUCACCGCCUGCAACAAAUGUGGACCUGGAGAGCCGGCAUACAUCGACGAGCCUGUUAAUGUCUCCUCUCCUGCCACUGUACCUGAUCCUCCCGAGAACCUGAAGUGGCGCGAUAAGAGUGCCAAGACCAUCUUCCUGUCCUGGGAACCUCCAAAGUAUGACGGAGGUGCCCCGAUCAAAGGCUACGUGGUGGACAAAUGUCAGCGUGGUACUGACAAGUGGGAACCCUGCAGCGACCCCAUCCCUGAACUGAAGUUCCAGGUCACUGGCCUGAUUGAGGGUCAGUGGUACGCCUACAGAGUCAGAGCUGUCAACAAGCUGGGAGCCAGCCGACCCUGCAGGGCCACCGACGAGAUCCAGGCUGUGGAUGCUAAAGAGCCUCCAGAGAUCCAGCUGGAUGUGAAGUUGCUGGCCGGUCUGACUGCCAGGGCCGGUACCAAGAUCGAGCUUCCGGCCGAUGUCAAAGGAAAGCCCGAUCCCCGGGUGAAGUGGACCAAGGCGGACCUGGUCCUGCGGGCUGACAACCGCAUCACUAUCGACACAGAGCCAGGACAUUCCAAGCUUUCCAUCGCUGACACCACCAGAGGGGACACUGCCACCUACAUCAUUGAGGCCGUUAACACUUGUGGACGCGCCACUGCCACUAUCGAUGUCAACAUCCUUGAUAAACCUGGUCCUCCAGCUGCCUUCGAUAUCUCUGAGAUCACCAAUGAGUCAUGUGUCAUGGCCUGGAACCCUCCCAGGGACGACGGCGGCUCACCCAUCACUAACUAUAUUGUGGAGUGCCGUCAGUUGGACAAAGAGGAGUGGGUGAAGCUGUCUGCCACGGUGAAACACACCACCUUCAAAGCGUGCAAGCUCACAGCCAUGAAGGAGUACGUCUUCAGGAUCAGCGCUGAGAACCAGUACGGCAUCGGUGCACCUGCAGAGCAUGUGCCGAUCAUUGCAAAGUAUUCCUUUGAUCCUCCUGGACCUCCAACCAGAGUUACUCCCUCUGACAUCGCCAAGGAUGCCGUGACUCUGACCUGGUUCGAGCCAGACGAGGACGGCGGCAGUCCCAUCACUGGAUACUGGGUUGAGAAGUUUGAUCCAGAGAGCGACAAGUGGAUCAGAUGCAAUAAACUGCCCAUCAAGGACACAACCUUCAGGGUGAAGGGACUCCCCACCAAGAAGAAGUACCGCUUCCGUGUUCUGGCUGAGAAUCUGGCUGGUCCUGGAAAACCAAGCGUAGAGACUGAUCCAGUCCUCAUCAAAGAUCCCAUUGAUCCUCCAUGGGCUCCUGGUAAACCUGUCAUAAGGGACAUUGGCAAGACCACAGCCCUGGUGGCAUGGACCCGGCCAGAGCACGACGGUGGAGCUAAGAUUGAAGGCUACAUCAUUGAGUUCCAAAAGACUGGAAGCGAGGAAUGGAUCCGGAUUGCUGAGGACAUUCCUCUGACCGAGCACCAGCUGCAUGGUCUGAUGGAGAAGCAGGAGUACUCAUUCAGGGUCAAGGCCGUCAACAAAGCCGGAGAGAGCGAACCAAGUGAGCCCAGCGACCCUGUGGUCUGCAAGGAGAGACUUUACCCUCCCUCCCCUCCUCAGUGGCUGGACGUAACCAACAUCACCAAGAUCAACGCUGACCUGAAGUGGCAGGCUCCCAGCAGUGAUGGAGGCUCACCCAUCACCAACUAUGUGGUGGAGAAGAGGGACGUGAGGCGAAAGGCCUGGCAGGCAGUUGACACCACCGUCAAGGACCUCAAGUACACCGUUAGUCCUCUCAACGAAGGGUCGCUGUACGUGUUCCGUGUUGCCGCUGAGAACGCCGUUGGGACGAGUGAAUUCUGUGAAUUGGAGGAUGCUGUGCUCGCCAAGGACACUUUCACAACUCCUGGACCUCCUUAUGCCCUGACGGUGGUGGAGGUCACCAAGAGACACGUAGAGCUGAAAUGGGAAGCUCCCAAGAGCAAUGGUGGAAGACCGAUAACCAAGUACGUGAUUGAGAAGAAAGAGAAGCUGGGAACACGUUGGCUGAAGUGCUGCAAGACUCCAGACAAACAGACUCAGUUUAAGGUGACAGAUGUGGAUGAAGGGUCAGAGGUUCAGUUCCAGGUCAGAGCUGAGAACGAGGCUGGAGUCGGUGAUCCAAGUGAACCAACUGAGAUCCUCACCAUCGAGGAUGCAACCAGUGCUCCCUCUCCUCCUCUUGAAGUGGCCAUCCCUGACGCCAGCCGAGAGCACAUCAACGUCACCUGGAAGCCUCCAGCCAAGGACGGUGGCUGCCCGAUUACCGGCUACCAUGUUGAGGUGGCAGAGGCCCGCCCAGAGCUGAAGUGGCUCAGGGUAAACAACAGACCCAUCAAGGAACUCAAGUUCAGGAUUGAUGACGGAAUCAAACCAGAGAAGAAGUACGUCAUCAGAGUUCGUGCCAUCAACUCUGUUGGUGUCAGCGAUCCCUCCGAGAUCUCUGACAAGGUCUUCACCAAGGAUCCCGACUGUGCUCCAACUAUGGAUUUGGAGGCACAAGACGUGGUUGUGGUUGAGGGCGAGAAGCUGCACCUGAACAUCCCAUAUAGGGCGAUCCCGACGCCCAAGAUGGUGUGGCAGAAGGACACAGUGGAGUGUAAGGCCGAUGACCGGCUCUCCAUGACAGUGGAGAUGAACAGCGCGCACCUGGAGCUGCUCAAGUGCACACGUGCUGAUGCCGGUGCCUAUGCCAUCACCCUGGAGAACAGUCUGGGAACUGCCACUGGAACUGUCAAUGUCAAAGUCAUCGGACUCCCCGGUCAGUGUAAAGACAUCACCUCCAGCGACGUCACCAAGAACUCUUGCAAGAUCAGCUGGGAAGCCCCAGAGGAUGACGGCGGCACCUCCAUUGUCAGCUACACUCUGGAGCGUCGUGAGGCAUCCAAGAAGACCUACAUGCCUGUCAUGUCCGGAGAGAACGUCCUGACUUACACUGUCAAAGAACUGUUCAUCAAUUGUGAGUACUACUUCAGAGUGAAGGCUGUCAACAAGGUUGGAGCUGGAGAAUAUCUGGAGCUACGCAACCCUGUCAUCACAGAGGAAAUCAAACAGAAACCAGACCCACCUAUCCAGGUGGAGGCUCACGACCCGACGUCCAAGUCCAUCACAGUCACAUGGAAGGCUCCGGACUAUGAUGGCGGCUGUCCCAUCCAGGGCUAUAUUGUGGAGAAGAUUGAAAAGGACGGUGACCGCUAUGAGAGGGUUACCCCAAGCCUGGUUCCUGGUUUCUCCUACGUGGUAACAGGCCUGAAGGAGGACAUGGAGUACCAGUUCAGGGUCCGCGCUGAGAAUGCCGCUGGAGUCAGUGAGCCGUCACGUAGCACACCACUUACCAAGGCUGCAGACCCCGUCGAAAAACCAAAGGUCACCCUUCAUGCCCGUGUGCAGUCUGGUGUCUGCAUUAAGAAGGGCGAGGAGAUCCGCAUCGAUGCCUUCAUCUCUGGGUCUCCGUACCCCAAAGUCACCUGGCUGAAGAACGAUGAGGAUGUCACCAAAGAGCCGACCAAAAAGAUUGUUCCUUUGGUCAAGAAGAAGAAGUCCAAGGCCAAGGUUCCAGAACCAGAGGAGGAGUUUGUGACUCCACUGCGUGAGCGUCUGGGUCUGGAUCAGACUCAGAAGGGCCGAUCUGCACUGAUGAUACGCGACGCAGUCAGACCAGACCAUGGAAACUUCAUCAUCAUGGUGGAGAACACUCACGGUGUUGCCACCGCCUCCUGCAAUGUCAACGUCCUUGACAAACCCGGUGCUCCAAUCAACUUCACCUUCGAUGAGAUCAGGAACACAUCAGUUAUCUGUAACUGGGAACCUCCUGAGGAUGAUGGUGGCAGCGAGAUCCUGAACUACAUCCUGGAGAAGAAGGACAACAGAAACGAUGAGAUCGGCUGGAUCACCAUCACCUCCACCCUGAAGGGAACCAGCUGCCCCGUCACCAAACUCAUCGAGGGGAAGGAGUACAUCUUCAGAGUCACCGCUGAGAACAAGUUUGGCUGCGGGCCACCAUGUAUCUCCGAGCCCCUGGUUGCCAAGAACCAGUUCAAUCCUCCUGAUGCUCCCAACACUCCCAGAGUCCACGAGGUGACGGCGAGCACCGUCCACAUCUCCUGGCACGAGCCGAAGGACAAUGGCAGCCCGAUCCUGGGCUACUGGAUCGAGAGGAAGGAGGUGAACAGCAAACACUGGACCCGAGUGAACCGGGCCCUCCUCAACUCUCUGGAUGUGAAGGUCACCGGCUUGAUGGAGGGACUCACCUACAUCUUCAGAGUGUGUGCCGAGAACCUGGCCGGGCCCGGGCCCUUCAGUGAGCCUACCGAGCGCAUUAUCACCAUGGACGCCAUACUGCCUCCUGGCCCCCCCACUCCAUGGAUCGUGGAUACUGGGAAGGACUCAGUCAUUGUGGCCUGGAAGCCACCACUGUACAACGGUGGAGGAGACAUCUUGGGAUACCACGUUGAGAAGGUUUUGGCUGGAGAGAAGGACUGGACUCGGAGCACAGAGUUCAGGUGCAAAGAGCUGACAUACACUGUGACAGGCCUGGCCGAGGGAGCAGAUUAUUAUAUCCGUGUCAUUGCCGUCAACGAUGCCGGACCCGGAGCUCCUGGAGUUACUGAACCCGUCACUGUUAAAGAGCCUCAAGAACCUCCUGCUGUGGACUUUGACGACUCUGUGAAGAAGGGUGUCAUGAUCAAGGCGGGCGAGUCUUUGAGACUUCCCGCUGUGGUGACUGGCCGACCCCAGCCGGAGGUCAAGUGGGCCAAAGAUGAGGCCGAUAUCGACAAAGAGAGGAUGAUCGUUGAGACAGUGGGCAAGAACAGCACACUGUUCAUCAAGAAGGCCGUAAGGGCAGAUCACGGAAAGUACAAGAUCUCUGGCACCAACAGCAGUGGGACCAAGACCGCUGAGACCAAAGUGGACGUUAUGGACGUACCUGGACCAGUGGUUGACCUGAAGACAGUCGUGGUGACAAAGAAGAACAUCACUCUCACCUGGUCCGACCCCUUGGACAACGGCGGCAGCGACAUUAUUGGCUACGAGGUGCUGAGGAAGGAUGCCAAGAUGAAACUCUUCCGCCAGCCCAUUGAGACGGCGUCCUGUAAGUGUGACGUCCAGGGUCUGCUGGCUGGUGAGGAAUACGACUUUAGGGUCAUUGCAAGGAACAAAUACGGUGAUGGAGCUCCAGCUGACCUGGGUCCCAUCUUGGCAGAGGAUCCCAAAGGUACUCCAUCUGCCCCUGAGAAGUUGCACUACACUGAUAGAAGUAAGACCACUAUCACUCUGGCCUGGCAGCCACCUCGCACUGAUGGCGGCAGCCCCAUCAGAGGGUACUACGUGGAGAAGAUGAGGUCUGAUAGCACUGAGUUUGACGUGGCCAACCGCAAGAUCUUCACUGAGUGCUGUGGAACGAUUGAGAACCUGUCAGAGAACCAGGAGUACCAGUUCCGUGUCAAAGCUGUGAACGAGGUCGGGGACGGAGAUCCAUCCAAGCCAAUCACAGCCAAGAUCCAGGAUGAUGAAAUUGCUCCUGUUAUCACGAUCCUGAAGUUCUUCAAGACGAAUGCCAUCAUCGUGAGGAAAGGGUCAGCCAUCGACAUCCCAGCGGAGGUGAAAGGACUUCCUCUGCCAACGAUCCAAUGGAUGAAGGACGACGUGGUCAUUGAGAAGCCUGAUGAGGAGAAGAUGACCAUGGAGACUGAGGAGGUUAACCGGACAACUCUGAAGACAAAGAUCGCCAUCCCAGAAACCAUCAGGCAGGACAAGGGCAACUACAAGCUGGUGGCUGAAAACUGCUAUGGCAAAGCUCAGCAUGUCAUCACAGUUGAGAUCCUUGACCGUCCUCUUCCUCCGAGGAACAUCGUGGUCUCGGACAUUAAGGCAGACUCAUGCUACCUGACCUGGGACGCCCCAGAGGACAACGGAGGCAGCGAGAUCACCAACUACAUCGUGGAGCGCAGAGAUGCCAGCAAGAAGAAGUCCGACUUUGAUGCUCUCACUAUUAAUCUCAUCGACAGGAGAUAUGGAGUCUACAAACUGGACUUGAACGGUUCCUACCAGUUCAGGAUCAAAGCUGAGAACAAGUACGGCGUCAGCGACGGCUGUGAUUCAGAGAAAGUCCAGCUGAGGGAUCCAUUCGGCCUCCCUGGACCACCACGUAACCCCAAAAUCAUUGGCGCCACAGCGACCACCAUGACUCUGACCUGGGAACCUCCUCUGGAAAAUGGUGGUUCCACCAUCCAGGGAUACUGGCUGGAGAAGAGGGAGCGCGGCGCCGUGUACUGGGGUCGUGUCAACCGAGCUCCAGUCACCAAACCAGCAGUGAAGGGCCUGCAGUACACUGUGCUCAGACUCAUUGAAGGAACAGAGUACCAGUUCAGGAUUGCAGCCUGCAAUGCCGCAGGGGUUGGACCACCCAGCGAGGCCACUGAAUGCCGUUUCACUGUGGAUCCAUGCAACCCUCCCAGCUCACCUGGAUCCCCCGAGGUUAAAGACAAGACCAAGAGCAGCAUCACUCUCAGCUGGAGUCCCCCCGACAGAGAUGGUGGCAGCCCCAUCAAGGGUUACAUUAUUGAGGUCCACGAGGAGGGCUCUCCUGACUGGAGGAGGGUUAAUCCCACUGACAAGCUCCACCCAUCCACCGAAAUCACCGUCCCUGACCUGAAGGAGGGCAAAAAGUGCAAGUUCAGGAUCUACGCUGUGAACGCCGCUGGCAACUCAGAGCCCGCCAGGACGUCGGACAUCCUGGUUCAGGACAUCCUCAUCGAGCCAGCUGUUACCCUGGACAUAAGCGCUCACGACCUGCUGAACUGCAGAGCGGGAACACCCAUCAGGAUUCCCGCCACCAUCACCGGACGACCCGUUCCGAAAGUCACCUGGACCUUUGACGGAACUGCAGAGACCGAGAAGAAGAACGAGCUUCACACACUGCCUGUCGACUCAGAGAUCCACUCCACAGACACAACCUCGGUGGUUGUGAUUCCAGAGAGCAAAAUGAACCACAGCGGCCGGUACGUCAUCAACGCAGAGAGCCCCGCGGGACACAAGGUGGUCAAAGUCAGAGUCAACGUGCUUGACCUGCCUGGACCUCCUAGAGACGUGAAGGUGAGUGAUGUGACCAGGGGAACCUGCAGACUCACCUGGAAAGCCCCAGAGUCUGACGGCGGUGACAGGGUGAAGAGCUACUUCAUCGAGAAGAAGACGGUGGGGGGCAAAGCCUGGACCAAGGUGAACACAGCCUGUGCUUCUCAGUCUCUGGUGGUUCCAGAUCUGAUCGGCGGUCAGGAGUACCUGUUCCGUAUCCGCGCUGAGAACCGCUUCGGGUUUGGCCCCUUUGUUGAGACCACAGAGAGCGCCAGAGCCAGAGAUCCCAUCCAUCCCCCCGAUCCUCCCACGAGGCUGAAGAUCCAGAACGUGAGGAAGGGCACCGUGACUCUGACGUGGAAGGCUCCAAAGAACGAUGGUGGUUCACCUGUCACCCACUACAGUGUUGAUCUGCUCUGCUGGGCUGCCAGCGGCGAGAAGGAGUCCUGGAGGAGGUGCAACAGGAGAGAUGUGGACACCACUACUUUCAAAGUGGAGGAUCUGACGGAGGGAGACGAGUAUGAAUUCAGAGUAGUGGCGUGGAAUGAGGCUGGACACAGCCGACCUUCAUCCACCGCCGGACCCAUCCUCAUCCAGGACCAGACCUGUGCUCCAUCUAUUGAGCUGAAGGAGUUCAUGGAGGUCGAGCAGGGCAGUGACAUCAGCAUCGUGGCCAAGAUCCGUGGCUGUCCGUUCCCCACGCUCACCUGGUACAAAGCCCCGCCCCACAAGUCUGACAACAAAGUGGAGGUUCAGUAUGACGAGCACAUCAACAAGAUCGUAUCGGACGACAGCUGCACGCUGCUCAUCCAGCAGGGCAAACGUCCCGACACUGGCCUGUACACGCUGGUGGCCUCCAACAGCAUUGGCAAGGCCUCCAAGGAGAUGAGGCUCAAUGUGCUGGGCCGGCCCGGUCCUCCGUCUGCUCCCAUUAAGUUUGAGGAGAUCGGGGCCGAGAAGAUCACGCUCUCCUGGCUGCCACCGAAGGACGACGGGGGCUCCAAAGUCACAAACUACGUCAUCUGGAGGCGGGUGGCCAACAGGAAGACAUGGGUGCCUGUCACCAAUGAGCCCAAAGAGCGGAUCUGGACAGUGGAGAACCUGAUGGAGGGACACGAGUACGUGUUCCGCAUAAUGGCCCAGAACAAGUACGGAGUUGGAGAGCCGCUGGACAGCGAACCCGAGGUCGCCCGAAACCGCUACACUGUCCCCGGUCAGUGCGAGAAGCCGACAGUCACCAAUGUCACCAUGGACUCCAUGACAGUUAACUGGGAGGAGCCCGAGGACGACGGUGGCACGCCGAUCACCGGCUACUGGCUGGAGCGUAAGGAGACAACGGGCAAACGCUGGACCCGUGUCUCCCGCGACCCCAUCCGUCCCAUGGGCAUGGGCGAGUCGUUUGUGGUGAGCGGACUCAUUGAAGGCUCCCAGUACCUGUUCAGAGUCUCCGCCAUCAACGCAGCGGGACCUGGACUUCCCAGCCCCCCCACGGACCCUAUCUUUGCAAGAGACCCCAUCUCUCCGCCCUCUCCUCCAACACCCAAGGUUUCUGAUUGGACAAGGUCCACAGUGGACCUGGAGUGGAUCCCUCCUCUGAAGGAUGGAGGCUCCAAGAUCAUGGGCUACUGGGUGGAAUACAAGGAGGAAGGAACAGAAGCCUGGGUCAAGGCUAAGGAGACUGAAAUCCGUGGCACCCGGUUCGUGAUCACUGGUCUGAAGACCGGCGGUCAGUACAGGUUCAGGGUAAUCGCCUUCAAUGCUGCCGGUAACAGCGAGCCAGGCGAAGUCCCAGAGGUGCUCGAGGUCAACGACAGAACCAUUGCUCCUGAGGUCGACCUGGAUGCCUCAGUGAAGGAGAGGAUGGUGGUCCAUGCCGGUGGUGUGAUCCGCAUCAUUGCCUAUGUGUCAGGCCAGCCGUCCCCAGAGGUUACCUGGAGCAGAGAUGGAGCUGCACUGCCUCCUGAGGCUCAGGUGGAGACGACAGCCAUCAGCUCAUCUCUGGUUAUCAAACCCUGUGCCAGGAAACACCUUGGCGUCUACACACUGACUGCCAAAAACGCUGGAGGGGAGAAGAAGAAGAACAUCACAGUGGAAGUUCUGGACGUCCCUGGACCUGUUGGUAUCCCCGUCACCGCAGAGAACCUGAGCACUGAUUCCUGCAAGCUCAACUGGUUCUUCCCAGAGAAUGACGGUGGCUCUCCCAUCAGUAACUACAUCGUUGAGAAGCGAGAGGCCGAGCGUAAGGCCUGGACUUCAGUCUCCUUCACCGCCAGCAGACAGAACGCUAUAGUUCACGGCCUCACCACCGGAAAGUCCUACUUCUUCAGAGUGGCUGCUGAGAACGCAAUCGGCCUUGGACCCUUCAUGGAAACCGCCUGCGAACUUUUGGUCAAAGAGCCCAUCAGUGUGCCAGACCGCCCUGAGGAGCUGGAGGUCACCAAGGUCACCAAGGAUUUGAUCAGCGUCACCUGGAAGGCACCCAAGUAUGACGGCGGCUCAGAGAUCACCAUGUAUAUCCUGGAGGCACGUAUGAUUGGCAAAGACAAGUUCACCAGACUGACAAAGGAGAAGCUGAUGGACAGGAAGUACACCUAUGACGGUCUGAGGGAGGGCGACACCUACGAGUUCAGGGUCAUCGCCGUCAAUGAGGUCGGACCCAGUAAACCAUCAUUUUGCACCAAACCAAUCACCUGCAAGGACGAACUGGAGCCACCAACCAUUGAACUGGACUUCCGGGAUAAGAUCAUCAUCCGUGUGAGUGAGAGCUGCCUCCUGCAGGGCCGCUACACCGGCAAACCUUCUCCGUCCAUCGUGUGGUACAGAGACGACAACGAGCUGAAGGCUGACAAACACAUUAUGUUCAAGAACACGCUGACCACCAUGUCACUGGGCCUGAUGAAGGCAGAGCGCAAACACAGCGGCAGAUACAUGGUGGUGGUGGAGAACAGCACUGGAUCCAGGAAGGGACUCUGCAACGUCACUGUUGUCGACCGUCCAACUCCCCCUGUUGGCCCAGUCGUAUUUGAAGAGGUGCACAGGGAGUACAUGGUCAUCUCCUGGAAGCCUCCUCUGGACAGUGGCGGCGUGGACGUCUCCAACUAUAUCAUUGAGAAGAGAGACACCAACAGAGACAUCUGGACCACAGUGACAUCUGCCACAACCAAGACCACAUGCAAGAUCCCCAAGCUGACAGAGGGCAGGGAGUACAUCCUGAGGAUCUCCGCUGAGAACAUGUAUGGCAUCAGCGACCCACUGGAAUCUGAGGAGAUGAGAGCCAAAGAUCUGUUCAGAGUCCCUGAGGCCCCUGAUAUGCCGACGGUCAGGGAAGUUUAUGCCACCAACGCUCUGGUGCUAUGGAACCGCCCUCGCGAUGGUGGGAAGCCGAUUACCAACUACAUCCUUGAGAAGAAGGAGCCCACAGCCAAGAGGUGGUCCAGAGCCACAAGAGACCCACUGUACCCGGCCACUCAAUACCGAGUCCAGGACCUUGUGGAGGGCUGCGAGUACGAGUUCAGGGUGAUGGCUGAGAAUGAGCUGGGUACUGGAGACCCCAGCGUCCCCUCCAAACCCAUUCUUGCAAAAGAUCCUAUUGUGUGCCCCAGCCCUCCAGUCACCCCUGAGGCCUACGAUAAGACCAAGGACACUGUCAGCCUGAAGUGGCAGAUGCCCCGCCAUGAUGGCAAGGGCCGGAUCUUUGGUUACAUCGUUGAGUACCAGAAGCCUGGUGCCGUGGAGUGGGUUCAGGCCAACGAGACUCCAGAGCAGUGCCCUGAUCUCCACUAUGUGGUGACGGGCCUGACCGAUGGACAGGAGUAUACAUUCAGGAUCUUCACUGUCAACGCUGCCGGCAGAUCUGACCCUGCCUAUGUCAAACAGUCCAUCAAAGUCCACGACAGACUGGAGGAACCAGAGUUGCUGCUGGACGCUAACAUGGCACGUGACCACCUGGCAAUGGUGGGAGCUGACAUCACCCUGAGUGCCACGAUUAAGGGUGUUCCGACACCCACAGUUAGCUGGAAAAAGAAUGAUGGAGACGUUCCAUCUCACAUCACUGUUGCCGUCACUGGCACCGGCAGCAAAGUCUUCAUUCCCAAGUGUGUUCGCACGGACUCCGGCAACUUCACAAUCACUGCGGAGAAUGCUGCUGGAAAGAAAUCUGCAACUGUUGCUGUGCUUGUGCUGAAUAAGCCUUCUCCUCCCAGAGACCUGGUGGUCUCCGAAGUGACCAGCGAGUCUGCCUACCUGACAUGGAAAGCUCCCGAGGACAAUGGUGGUGCUGUCAUCUCCCACUAUGUUGUACAUAAGAAGGACGUGGCUGCAGAGCAGUGGGUUCCUGUCGCUCCUGCAAACAAGAAGCUGAGUCUGAUGGCCAUGUACCUGAUGGAAGGAAUCCAGUACCUGUUCAGGGUGGCUGCUGAGAACCAGUUUGGCAGAAGUGACUUUGUGAUGACCAAGACACCCAUCAAGGCAAUUGAUCCUCUCUAUCCUCCUGGCCCACCAAAGAACCUGCACCACACUGAUGCAGACAAGACAGAGGUGUGGUUGGCAUGGCAGUGGCCUGACCGCACUGGUGGAAGUGAAAUCACUGGCUUCAUUGUGGAGCACCAGGAAGAAGGCCAGACUGACUGGGUCACCUUCAAGACCGUGAGUAAUAACCACGCCCAUGUCACCGGUCUGGAGGAGGGCAAGACUUACCGCUUCAGGGUGAAGGCUCAGAACGCCAUUGGUGUGAGCCGUCCAGACACUAGUGUCCCCAUCACCUGCCAGGAGAAGACAUUGCCACCAACUAUUGAAGUUGAUGUGAAGCUUAUAGAGGGUCUUGUUGUCAAAGCUGGCAGCAAUAUUGUCCUUCCUGCAAAGAUGACAGGCAUACCCAUUCCCACUGCUAAGUGGAUGACAGAUGGCAACGAGAUUGCAUCAGAAGGCCACUAUCACAUUGAGUCUGCUGGAUCCUCAACUAUUCUCAGUAUCCCUGAGUGCAAGAGAGGAGACACUGGAGAGUACAUCCUCACUGUGUCUAAUCCUGCAGGUAGCAAGACUGUCGCCCUGCAUGUCACCGUUCUGGAUCUUCCAGGUCCACCCAUCGGACCCAUCAAUAUCUUGGAGGUCACUCCAGAUUACAUGAUGAUCCAAUGGAGGGCACCCAAAGAUGAUGGUGGCACGCCCAUCACCAACUAUGUGGUGGAAAAGAAGGAUGUGAAGAAGCCAUGGGAGCCCUGGUCUGUUGUUAGCUCCAGUGGCACCAGCACCAAGGCUAAGGUGUCCAGGCUGGAGAAGGGCCGUGAGUAUAUUGUCCGUGUCCGAGCAGAGAACAAGAUUGGCAUUGGCGCUGGGCUUGAGAGUCCUCCCACUGUUGCCAAGCACAUGUUCAACCCUCCUGGUCCACCAGGCCUGCCAGAGUGCUCUGAUAUCACAGAAAAUGCUGUGACAGUACAAUGGAGCCUGCCUGAAUACGAUGGAGGAAGCCCCAUCAGCGGCUAUGUGAUUGAACGCAGAGAAAUGACAGGGAAGUGGAUCCGUGUCAACAAAACUCCUGUGCUGGACCUCAGAUACAGAGUCUCAGGCCUAUUUGAAGGCAACACCUAUGAGUUCAGAGUAUUUGCUGAGAACAUUGCUGGUAUCAGUGAGCCUUCUCCCACCUCCGACCCCAUCAAGGCCACUCGCGCUAUCACUAAACCUGGACCCCCUGGUAAUCCUAAACUGAGGGACUGGAGCAAAUCCUAUGCUGACAUCUGCUGGACAAAGCCUACAAGAGAUGGUGGCAGUCCCAUUCUUGGCUAUGUGGUUGAGGCUCAGAAGACAGGAACUGCCCAAUGGGACAGAAUCAACAAGGACCUCAUCAAGAUGUGUGCCUACAGAGUGCCAGGCCUCAUUGAAGGAAUGGAGUACAAAAUUCGUAUUAGGGCCACCAACAAGGUUGGAGACAGUGAACCCAGAGAACUGCCACAGACCAUCUUGGCAAAGGACAUCCUGGUGCCUCCUGAAGUUGUUGUUGACGUGGCAUGCCGCGACUCUCUAACAGUCAGGGCAGGUCAGAUCAUCAGUUUGAUCACUAGGGUGAAAGGCAGACCAGAUCCAGAGAUAACAUGGACCAAGGAUGCCAGAGCUUUGUCCAGGGAUAAACGCACUGAAAUUAAUAACAACUACCCUCUCUGUGAAUUGGUAAUCAAUGAGGCAGUCAGGUCAGACUAUGGUAAAUAUGCAAUUAUUGCCAAGAACAGUAGUGGACAGGCACAGGCCACAAUUAUUGUCAAUGUCUUGGACACACCAGGAGCUUGUCAGAACAUAAAAGUGGCCUAUGUGACUAAGAACUCCUGCAUGGUGUCCUGGGAAAACCCUGAGGACAAUGGAGGCACUGAGAUUACUCAGUACAUUAUUGAGUCCCGUCAGCCCAGCCAGAGAGGUUGGACAGUCGUCUCCAAUGACUGCACCAAGCGCCUGAUUAAGGCUCCUCUUACUGAGGGUUGUGAGUACUUCUUCCGUGUCAGUGCAGAGAAUAAGAUUGGUGCUGGUCCACCUACUGAGACCAAGACACCUGUGCUGGCAGUUGAUCCCAUUGAGAAGCCUGGUGAACCCAUUGACUUCCAUAUUUCUGAGAUUGGCAAGACCUUCUGCUUCCUCAAGUGGAGGAAGCCAGACUAUGAUGGUGGUAGCCGUAACCUGGGUUAUCAUGUUGAGAAGAAACCAAAGGAGGCUGAGGAGUGGGAGAGGCUCCAUAAGGGUGCCAUUAAAGAGACUUACUUCAUGGCUGACAGGUGCAUCGAAAACCAAAUCUACCAGUUCAGAGUUCAGACUAAGAAUGAGGGAGGCGAGAGCAACUGGGUGACAACAGCUGAGGUCCUGGUUAAGGAACUGCUUGUCGAGCCUGAGAUCAAGAUUAAACUGGAUGGAACCCUUGUGGUCAAGGCAGGAGACUCCAUUCCUAUUGAAGCAACAGUGAAGGGCAAACCCCAGCCUGAUGUCAAAUGGACCAAGGAUGAGAGCACAGAGGAGAUUAGGAAAGGCCCCAGGCUUCAGAUUGAAACUGGUGCUGACUUCUCAAAACUGCUGCUUACCGGCGCCAGGCGCACUGACAGUGGCAAAUAUGUUAUCACUGCCAUCAAUAGUGCAGGAACCGGCACUGCUCAUGCCAAGGUUAAUGUACUGGAUAGACCCGGUCCCAUCAGGGAUCUCAAGGUGUCUGGUAUCACCACCGACAGGUGCCAUCUAGCCUGGGAAAUCCCAGAGGAUGAUGGCGGCUGCGAUAUCUACAACUACAUUAUUGAGAAAUGCGAAACCAAGAGAGGAGUCUGGUCAGUCCACUCCAAUGCUGUCAUCACCAACAAAGCUAAAGUUACUCGCCUUAUUGAGGGUAAUGAGUAUAUUUUCAGAGUUCGUGCUGAGAAUAAGAUGGGUCCUGGUCCUGCAGUGCAGAGUGGAUCCAUUGUUGCAGGCACCCAGUUCAGUGUACCUGAUGCUCCUGAAGCACCAGAAGUCACCAAGAUUGCCAAGGAGGAGAUGACCGUGCAGUGGUCAGAGCCAGAGAAAAAUGGAGGCAAGCCAAUCACAGGUUAUCUUUUGGAGAAGAGAGAGGAGCAUGCCGUUAGAUGGUCUCCUGUCAACAAAGAUCCAGUCCCUGGAACGCGUUUCACAGUUACAGGACUCUUGCCCCUCCAUGACUACCAGUACAGAGUCAAGGCUGUCAAUGAAAUCGGCAUUGGUAACCCAAGCAAGCCAUCACGUGCCAUUACUGCCAAGGAUGCAGUUGAGCCUCCUGCACCUCCUACCAACUUGAAGGUCAUGGACAGCACCAAAUCAAGUGUAACCCUGGGCUGGACCAAGCCUGUAUCUGAUGGUGGAGCUCCGCUCAUUGGCUAUGUUGUAGAGAUGAGAGCACAGGGCUCUGCCAAGAAAGGAGAUGAUGGUUGGAAGAGGUGCAACGUAGCAGCUCAGCUGGUCGUGUGCGAGUUCACAGUCACAAGUCUCGAUGAGAAGCUUGCGUAUGAAUUCAGAGUGUCGGCUCAAAACCAGGUGGGCAUGAGCCUGCCCUGUGACCUGGAGGGUGCUGUGAUCCCCAAGGAGAUUCUAGAGGCACCAGAGAUUGACUUGGAUGCUAGCCUGAAGCAGGGACUGACAGUGAGAGCUGGCUGUCCCAUCAGGCUUUGUGCCACCAUCAGAGGCAGACCACCUCCCAAGGUAACUUGGAGGAGGAUGGGAAUCGACAACGUGGUCAGGAAGGGAAAGGUCGACAUCAUUGACACCAUGACCUUCCUGGUUAUCCCCGACAGCACACGUGACGACUCUGGCAAAUAUUGCCUGACUGUCCAGAGCCGUGCUGGAGAGAAGGCUGUGUUUGUCAAUGUUCAGGUUCUUGACACUCCUGGACCUGUAAUGAAUCUGGAAGCUACCGACAUCAAACAGACAUCUGCUAUGCUGUCCUGGAGUCCUCCAGAUAACAAUGGUGGCAAAGAAGUCACUCAUUACAUUAUUGAGAAGCGCGAGAUUGACCGCAAGACAUGGGCAACCGUCAAGGCCGAAGUGGAGAAGGAUAAGGUUCCCUUCAAAAUCAGCGGUCUGAUGCCAGGGACUGAAUACUACUUCAGGGUCACAGCUGUCAAUGAGUAUGGUUCUGGAGUACACAGAGUGACACCCACUUCCUAUAUGGCCUCUGAUCCUGUCAGCAAGCCAGAUCCCUGUGAAAAGAUUGAGGUUCUGGAGAUCACUAAGAACAGUGCAACGGUCGGCUGGGUGAAGCCUUUAAGGGAUGGUGGUGCCAAGAUCGACGGUUAUGUGAUUGAAUACAUAGAGGUCAAACCUCCUCCAGAGCCCCCAGCACCUGUGGAGGUUCCAGAAGGAGAGGAGGCUCCACUGCCACCACCUCCACCUCCAGUGGUAGUGGAGGAAGAGGAGGAGCCUGAAAAGGAAGUGUGGAAUGCUUACACCACAGUGAAAGGUUUGACAAUCAGCAUCAGCGGCCUGAAGGAGGGCAAGAGGUACAAGUUCAGAGUGGCUGCCAAGAACAUCAUGGGCAUGAGCUCAUUCACUGAGACGAGGGAGCCAAUCGAGAUCAAGGAACAAAUGUUGGAACCAAAGAUUGUUAUGCCAGAGACAGUGAGCGCCAGAGCCGGAGCCAAGCUCAGAGUGGAGGCACUGGUUUCUGGAAAACCUGCUCCAACCUGCAAGUGGAUGCGUGGUGAGAAUACAGUAGUCCCAUCCAGUCGUCUGGCUGUGCACCAGUCCGGCAACCUGUGUGUCCUGAUCAUCAAAGAUGUGUCAAGGACUGACAGCGGAGAGUACAGCCUGGUGGCUGAGAAUAGCUCUGCGAAGGUGGUUCAAGCCCUGAAGAUCAUCAUCAGAGACAUCCCUGGUCCUCCUGAAGGCCCUGUGGAGAUCAGCGACAUCGACUCUGAUGCCUGCUCCCUGUCCUGGAACAAACCACUGGAGGAUGGAGGCAGCAAUAUCACCAAUUACGUAGUGGAGAAAUGCGAUGUGACUAGAGGUGACUGGGUGACGGCCGUCUCUUCCUGCUCAAAGACCAAUUGCAGGCUUGGAAAGCUUAUUCCUGGGAAGGAGUAUGUAUUCCGCAUCCGUGCUGAGAACCGCUUUGGUGUAUCAGAUCCCAUUCAGUCUGACAGGAUGGUUGCCAAGUUCCCCUUCGAUGUUCCUAGCGAGCCCCUCAACUGCCACAUCAACAAAACCAACAAGGACUGUAUGUUUGUGGCCUGGGAUAAGCCCGAGACUGAUGGCGGCAGUCCCAUCACAGGUUACUAUAUUGAGCGUAAGGAGAGGAACAGCCUGCUCUGGGUGAAGGCCAAUGACACAGUUGUCCGCACUACUGAGUACCCAUGCGCUGGCCUCAUCGAGGGCCUGGAAUACACCUUUAGAGUGUCCGCCAUCAACCGUGCUGGCCAGGGCAAACCAAGCAAGAAGACUGACUUUGUUACUGCCAGAACACCUGUUGACACUCCAGGUAAACCUGAGAUCCUGGAUGUAACCAAGAACACUGUCACUUUGGUUUGGACCCGUCCCAAGAAUGACGGUGGAAGCAAGAUCAUUGGCUACUACGUUGAGGCCAUGCGAGUGCCAGGAGAUCAUUGGAUACGCUGCAACACCAGUAGCCAGAAUGUUCCAAGGGAGGAGUAUACAGUUACUGGCCUGGAGAGAGACCUGCAGUACCAGUUCAGAGUCAUCGCCAAAACUGCUGUCAACAUAAGCAAACCCUCUGAGCCCACGGACCCUAUCUUGGUCUGUGCUGAGAAUGUUCCUCCAAGAGUGGAGCUCAAUGCCAAGAUGCAGAAGGGUAUAAAGGUGAAGGCUGGAGCCACAGUACUGCUGGAAGCUGAGGUAUUCGGUAAGCCCAUGCCCAGAGUGACCUGGAAGAGAGGCGACGAUAGCCUGAAGUCAGGUGAAGGCCAGGUCAUCACCCAUCAGAGGCAUCACUUCCAGCUGGAAAUGACAGGAGUCACCAAGGAGCACACAGGAACCUACACCAUCCUGGCGGAGAAUGCCAGUGGCUCCAAGACUGCUGAGAUCCAGGUCAACAUUCUGGAUGUGCCUGGUCCUCCUGCAAGUGCCAAAUUCCUUGAGGUGUCAGCCACCAGUAUCAAGCUGUCCUGGGAGCCUCCUCUGAAGGAUGGUGGUGCCCCCAUCACCAGUUAUAUUGUGGACAAGCGUGAGACCAGCAGAGCUAACUGGGCCCUGGUCUGCGCCAAGCUCAAGGGUGACAUCCUUGAGUACAAUGUGGAGAGGCUGAUCGAGGGUCGCGAGUACCAGUUCCGAAUCCGUGCUGAAAACAUGUGGGGAGUUGGAGACCACCUCAUCACUAACCCUGUCAUCGCCAAAAACCCGUUCACUGUCCCUGGCCCUUGUGAGGCCCCGGUGAUCACCAAUGUGACCAAAGACCAUAUGACUGUGAGCUGGAAGGAGCCUGCUGAUGAUGGAAAGUCCACAAUCCUUGGUUACAUGCUGGAAAAGAAAGAGGCCAAGGACUUGAACUGGACUAAGCUGAACCGGAAACCUCUGACAGAAAGGACACUUGAUGUUACAGGCCUCACAGAGGGAACUGAGUACGAGUUCAGAGUCAUUGCAGUCAAUGUUGCAGGGCUUGGCAAACCGAGCGAACCCUCUGCAGGCACCUACGCACAAAAUCCCAUCACUCCUCCUGGCCCAGUUGUGAAUCCAAGUGUGACAGACACCACCAACAGCACCAUCAGUCUCACCUGGACUGCCCCCGCCAACAAUGGUGGAAGCCCCGUUAUUGGAUACUUGGUGGAGUGCAAGAGGACUGACACCGCAGACUGGAUCCGCUGCAACGUCCCCAGGAACCUGCAGGAGACCAACUAUGUCAUCCAGAACCUCAUUCACAAGGCUGAGUACCAGUGUCGCAUCACUGCUGUCAACAAGGUUGGCUUCAGCGAGCCAGUUGAAGUACCUGGAAAACAUAUUGCCAAGGACAUCAUUGUUCCUCCAGAGGCAGAGCUGAGCGCAGAGCUAAAGGAGGGCCUGGAGCUGCGUGCUGGCAGCACCAUGAGGCUGCAUGCCACCAUCAAGGGCCGUCCCAAUCCCAAGAUCACCUGGGCAAAGAUGAACACCAAUAUCAAGGACCGCCAAGGCAUCAUCAUCAAAUCAACCAACGCUGACACCACUGUGAUGGUGGAAAAUGUCAACAGAUAUGAUGCUGGCAAAUACAUUCUGAACCUGGAGAGCCUGGCUGGCAUGAAGAUGUACACCAUCGUUGUCAAGGUUCUUGACACUCCUGGACCACCAGUCAACCUGGUCGUGAAGGAGACAUCCAAAGACAGUGCCUCCAUCUACUGGGAUACUCCUCUGAUUGAUGGUGGCUAUGAAGUCACCCACUACAUUGUGGAGAAGCGUGAUACUGAGAGGAAAGCCUGGUCCAUCGUCUCCAACAACUGUGCCAAGACAGCAUUCAAGGUCCCAGACCUGGAUGCUGGAAGGUCCUACUGCUUCAGAGUGUCGGCAGUUAACAAGCUUGGUGCUGGAGAGUGCUGCGAGACAGCCGAUUCAGUCAGAGCAUCAGAGGAGCCUGGGCCAGUCAUGGACUUCAAGACCCUGUUGGUUACCAAGGACUCUUGCACUCUAAGCUGGAAGAAACCACUCACCGACGGUGGCAGCCGCAUCAUCUGCUACGUGCUGGAGGUUCUCAAUGGUGAGGACAAGUACAAGGAGCUAAUGAGGUCCAAGAACAUGCAAUACAGCGCCAAGGACCUGGUGGAGGGCAAAGAGUACAACUAUAGAGUCAAGGCUGUGAAUGACACAGGAGAGAGCGCUGCAAGGGAACUGAUAGUGGUUGCCAAGGACCAGAUCAUUCAUCCAACCUGUGACUUGAGGGAUCUGCCUGACAUGUGCUACAUUGCCAAGGAGGGCAGCACCGUCCGUCUGAAGAUCCCAAUCAUUGGCAAACCUACGCCCAAGGUCUCCUGGAAGAAGGGAGACGAUGAAGACCUGACAGAUACUGGCCGAGUGUGCGCAGAGUCCUCUGCAGUCAACACCACCCUCCUGAUCAGAGACUGCCAGAGGAGUGAUGCUUCUAAGUACACCAUCACCUUGAGGAACAGCGCUGGAAGCAAAGAGUCCACCAUCUUCAUCAGGGUUGUAGGUAAACCUGGCAUCCCCAUUGGACCUGUUAAGUUCAAAGAUGUCACUGCUGAUGGUGCUACGCUGAAGUGGGGUGCUCCCAAGGAUGAUGGGGGCUCAGAGAUCACCAACUACAUCUUGGAAAAGAGGGACUCCAUCACCAACAUGUGGGUGACUGUGUCCUCGACUGUGGAGACAAACACCAUGAGGGUAACCGGUCUCCAUGAGGGCACAGAAUACAUCUUCAGAGUCUGUGCGGAGAACAAGUACGGCGUUGGAGAAGGACUCAAAUCUGAACCCAUCGUCGCUAAACAUCCAUUCAAUGUUCCCGACGCUCCUCCUCCUCCUCAGAUCGUGAGCAUGCGUCAUGACUCGGCAUACCUGGCCUGGUCUGAUCCCAGGAAAACUGGAGGAUCUCCCAUCACAGGCUACCAUGUUGAGUUCAAGGAGAGGAACAGUAUGUUGUGGAAGAGGGCAAGCCCAGCUGCCUUGAGGAUGAAGGAACACAAGGUGACUGGGCUGACUGAAGGUCUGGAGUACGAGUUCAGAGUCAUGGCAAUCAACCUGGCUGGCAUCGGCAGACCGAGCGCUCCCACUGAUCCACAGGUGGCCCUGGAUCCCAUUGAUGCCCCUGGUAAACCUGAUGUGGUCAGCAUCACGAGGAGCACAGUGACUCUCCAAUGGACUGAACCACAAUUCGACGGUGGCCACAGGCUGACUGGCUAUAUUGUUGAGAGGCGCGACCUUCCAUCUAAGAUCUGGGUUAAGGCUAACAAUGUGAAUGUUGUGGAGCCUGCGUUCACUGUCACCGAUCUGCAGGAGGGUUGCAAAUAUGAGUUCAGGAUCAGGGCGAAGAAUGCUGCUGGUGCUCUCAGCCCACCCUCCGAGCAGACAGACACCAUCAUCUGCAGAGAUGAAUAUGCUGCACCAACCAUUAUUAUUGAUGCUCAGGUGAUGGAGGGUCUGACUGUCCGAGCCGGUGAUACCAUUGUUAUUACUGCCACAAGCAUUUUAGGCAAACCUGCACCAACUUCAUGCUGGUCAAAGGGAGGAAAGUACUUUAAACCCUCUGACAUUGUUCAAAUUGAGACCACCGCAACUUCCUCUACUCUAUCCAUUAAAUAUGCCGGUAGGAAGGACUCUGGAGACUAUACCAUAACUGCCAGCAACCCCUUCGGUGUAAAGGAGGAAACUGUUAAGGUCAAAGUUCUGGAUGUUCCCGGAGCUCCUGGGCCCGUUGAAUGCAGUGGUAUCUCAUCUGAAAAAGUGACUCUUACGUGGACAGCACCUACUGAGGAUGGAGGCUCGCCUAUCAAAUAUUACACCAUCGAGAAGAGAGAGACCAGCCGCCUGCUCUGGACUGUCCUGGAAGAGAACGUCAUCAACUGUCACUAUGUGGCCAACAAGCUCAUCCAGGGGAAUGAGUACUUCUUCAGAGUCUCUGCUGUUAACCAGUAUGGUGCCAGUGAGCCUUCUCACUCGGAGGCAGUCAAGAUGGUUGAUAGAUUUGGUCCUCCUGGUCCACCAUCCAAACCAGAGGUUGAUAAAGUGGAUGGACAUUCAGUCACUGUGAAGUGGAGGAGACCAGCUGAGGAUGGAGGAAGUGAUAUCAUUGGUUACUGUGUUGAGAAGAAGGAGAAAAAGGCUAUGGGAUGGGUCAGGGCAUCCAAGAAAUCCAUUGCUGAGCUCAGCUACGAAGUCACCGGUCUCACUGAGGGUGUGGAGUAUGAGUUCCGUGUUCUUGCUGAGAACAAAGCUGGCUUUGGAGAGCCGAGUGAACCAUCUAUGCCUGUCAGAACAAUAGUCGUUGCCUAUGUGCCUGGACCUCCAGUGAAUCCAAGAGUCACAGACACAACCAAGACCACUGCCACACUGAACUGGGGAAAACCUCUUGAUAAUGGUGGACUUCAAGUAACUGGGUAUGUGAUUGAACACAAGAAAGAAGGAACAGAAGAAUGGAUUAAGGAUACUCCUUCAUCUCUACUUAGGAUCACAGAAUUUGUUGUUCCUGGGCUGGAGACUGGUGCAAAAUACCACUUCAGAAUUAGUGCUGUGAAUGCUAAGGGGGCAGGUGAACCUGCUGAAACUCAAGAGCUGGUUGAGAUCGUGGAGCGUGCAGCUGAGCCAGAUUUGGAGCUGGAUGUUGAGCUGAGAAGAACCCUUGUGGUCAGGGCGGGCUGCUCCAUACGACUCUUUGUGCCAAUCAAGGGACGUCCUACACCUACAGUCACCUGGACUAAGGAGGGUGGUCCUGUCCCACGGGCAGUCAUUGACACCACCGAGUCAUUUACAAUGCUGCUUAUUCCUGAGAGUUCAAGGAUUGAUGCAGGCAAAUAUGAGCUUACCCUCGAAAAUUCAGCUGGAAAGAAAAGUGCUGAUAUACAUGUGAGAGUUCUGGAUUCACCUGGACCUCCACUUAACCUGAAACCCAUCAAGAUUGACAAGGAAAGUAUUACUCUUCAGUGGGAGAUGCCUCUUAUCGAUGGUGGAGCCAAGAUCACAAACUAUGUCAUUGAGAAGAGGGAAUCAACACGCAAGGCUUUCGCUACUGCCGUUACAAAUUGUCCACAUACUUCAAUCAGGAUUGGUGAUUUGGGUGAGGGUUGUGAGUACUAUUUCAGAGUGUCUGCCGAGAAUGAGUAUGGCAUUGGCGAGGCUGUUGAAACUACAGAUCCAAUUCGUGCAUCCCAGGCACCAACUCCUCCAGAGAGUAUUAUUCCUACUGAUGUCACCAAGAGCUCUGUGAGCCUGGCUUGGACCAAACCCAAGCACGAUGGUGGAAGCAGAAUAACAGGAUACGUCCUGGAAGCCCAGAAGAAGGGAACUGAUCAGUGGGCCCACGUAACAACAGUCAAGGCCAUGGAUUUCACUGUGAAAAAUCUCAAUGAGAAUGAGGAGUACAUUUUCCGUGUAAUGGCUGUCAACCAUUCAGGCAGAAGCGCUCCACGUGAGAGCAAACCCAUUGCUGUUAAGGAUUCUACUUCACUGCCUGAGUUUGACCUGCGUGGCGUAUGUCAGAAGAUUGUUAUUGCCAAGGCAGGCGAUGACAUCAAGGUUGAGAUCCCAGUUAUGGGACGUCCUAGACCAACUAUCUCCUGGCAGAAGGAUGGCGCAGCCCUGAAGCUCACGCAGAGAACCAAUGUGGAGACUACCGCUGCUACUGUUGUCCUCAGCAUCAAUGAAUGCAACCGAGCCGACAGUGGCGUCUACACCAUGACAGGAAAGAACAUUGUUGGUUCUGUGAUAGAUAACAUCACCGUCAAAGUACAUGAUGUACCAGGGCCACCUAAGGGACCCAUUAAGAUUGUGGAGAUAUCUCGUACCUAUUGUGUCUUUGCAUGGGACACUCCUGAGAAUGAUGGAGGUGUUCCAAUCAAUAAUUACGUUGUUGAGAUCAGAGACACCACUUCCCAAACAUGGACAGAGCUGUCCUCCACUGUCAUCCGUACCAUGUUCAAAGCCAUCCGAUUAAACACUGGAUCAGAGUACCAAUUCAGAGUAAAGGCUAAGAACAGAUAUGGUGUUGGACCUCCCAUCACCUCAGCAGCAGUGGUGGCUGCCUAUCCAUUUAAAGUCCCUGGACCUCCUGGCACUCCUAGUGUUGUUGCAUUUACCAAGGACUCUAUAACGAUUGGCUGGAAUGAGCCUGUGUCUGAUGGUGGAAAUGAAGUCAUUGGUUAUCAUGUGGAAAGGAAAGAAAGAAGCAGUAUUAUAUGGCACAAGAUCAGUAAGGGUAUUGUGAAAGGAAACAUCUUUAAAACCACUGGGCUUGAAGAUGGUGUUGCCUAUGAGUUCCGUGUCAUGGCUGAAAACAUGGCUGGAAUUGGUAAGCCCAGCAAGGCCUCAGAAGCAAUACUGGCCUUGGACCCUGUAGACCCACCAGGCCAGCCUGUGCCAAUAUUUGUCAACAAGAAUGUCAUCACUAUUCAGUGGACAAAGCCUGAGUAUGAUGGUGGCUUCAAAAUCACUGGCUACACAGUUGAGAAGAAAGAACUUCCAGCUGGUCGCUGGAUCAGAGCCAACUUCACCAACAUCAUUGAGACAACUUUCACUGUCAGUGGGCUGACACAAGAUGCCUCCUAUGAGUUCCGUGUCAUAGCCAGAAACUCAGCAGGUGCAGUAAGUGUGCCCUCUGACCCCUCAGACCCAAUUAUCUGCAAAGAUGACAUUAUCGAGCCACGCAUUAUGGUCGAUGCCAUCUUUAAGGAUGUUGUUCUACUGAAGGCAGGAGAAUCUUUCAAGCUUGAUGCUGACAUUGCUGGUCAACCAACACCAUCUAUGGUUUGGACCAAGAAUGGAAAGGAGAUUGAGAACACAAUGAAACUGGAUGUUAAGUUCACUGAACUGACAACCACUCUCACCAACAAGGACUCUGUCAGAUCCGAUGGAGGAGAAUUUGUUUUGACUGCCACUAAUGUUGGUGGAUUUGCUAAGCACAUCUUUAAUGUUAAAGUGCUCGACAGACCUGGACCACCAGUUGGACCUCUUAAGGUGUCUGAUGUCACAGCUGAUAACUGUGUACUGACCUGGGCUCCACCUGCAGAUGAUGGCGGUGCCAAGAUUGAAGGAUAUGUGGUUGAGAAGCGUGAGUCAAGCAGACUGGUUUGGACCAAUGUGGUUUCAGACCUACAGACUACACAAUAUAAGGUGGCUAAGCUGCUUAAAGGAAAUGAAUACAUCUUCAGAGUUAUGGCAGUAAACAAAUAUGGACUUGGCGAGUCUCUUGAAUCAGAACCAACUAUUGCAGAUAACCCAUAUGUUGUUCCAGAUCCUCCAGAGAAUCCUGAGGUGACAGCUAUCACUAAAGAUUCAAUGGUUCUUAUGUGGCAAGCACCUAAGAGUGAUGGCGGAACUCCCAUCACCAACUACAAUAUUGAAAGGAAAGACAGAAUAGGCCUGCGCUGGGUCAAAUGCAACAAGAGAAAGGUCAAAGAUCUUCAGUUCAAGGCAGCAGGCCUUGUUAAUGGACAUGAAUAUGAAUUUAGAGUAAUAGCUGAGAAUGCUGCUGGAGUGAGUGCACCAAGUGUCUCCAGUCCAUUCUACAAGGCAACUGAUGGACUGUACAAGCCAGGGACUCCAUGCAACCCCAGAAUCUUGGACACAACCAAGUCCUCAAUUACUGUUGCCUGGAACAAACCUGUGUAUGAUGGUGGCUCUGACAUCACUGGCUACAUUGUAGAGACAUGCAUCCCAUCUGAAAAGGAAGAAGAGGAGGAAUGGACCAUUGUGACACCCAAAGAAGGUCUCAUUGCCACCUCAUUCACCAUUAUUAACCUGAAGGAGAACCAGGAGUACAAGAUCAACAUCUCAGCUGUCAACAGUGAAGGAAUUGGAGAUGCAGCAUCUGUACCGGACAAUACCAAGGCAGAGGACAGGCUCCUCCCACCUGAGAUGGAUUUGGAUGCUGAGCUCCGCAAGGUUGUGAGUCUUAGAGCUUGCUGCUCACUUAGACUGUUUGUGCCAAUCAGAGGCAGACCAGCUCCUCAGGCCAAAUGGACCAAAGGAGAUGGUGAGCCAAUUGAGAGGGCAACCAUUGACAGCACAACAUCAUACACAUCACUUGUUAUUGAAAAUGUAAACAGAUUUGACAGUGGAAAGUAUAAUCUUACAAUUGAAAACAGCUCUGGCUCCAGGACUGUUACAGUCCAAGUUAGGGUGCUUGAUACACCAAGUGCCCCACAGAAUCUGAAGAUUACUGCUGUAACAAAUGAAGCUGUCACUCUGACUUGGGAUCCACCAGUGAAUGAUGGAGGAGUUAAGAUUAAGAACUAUAUUGUUGAAAAACGUGAGUCGACAAGGAAAGCAUACGCCACGGUCAAUGCUCUAUGUCAUCAUACCACCUUCACAAUUGGCCAGCUCCUGGAAGGAUGCAAUUAUUACUUCAGAGUUUUGGCCGAGAAUGAAUAUGGCAUUGGCUUGCCCAUUGAGACUGGUGAAUCAAUUAAAGUGUCUGAGAAACCACAGCCACCUGGCAAAGUCACUCUUAAGGAUGUUACCAAAAACAGUGUCACCCUCUCCUGGGAGAAGCCAGAGCAUGAUGGUGGCAGCAGAGUAGGCUGUUAUGUUGUUGAGAUCCAGCCUAAAGGUGUUGAUAAGUGGACCCAGGCUGUGAUUGUAAAGGAAACAGAAGCUACAAUUAGUGGACUCAAUGCAGGUGAAGAAUACAUGUUCCGUGUAGCAGCGAGAAAUGAGAAGGGAACAAGUGACCCACGCCAAAUCGGUGUACCUGUGAUUGUAAAAGAUCUUGUGAUUGCACCUGUUGCCAAACUGCUGUUCAACACAUUCAGCGUGUUGGCUGGAGAAGACCUGACAGUGGAGGUUCCAUAUGUUGCACGUCCCAAAGCAGCUGUCUCCUGGGUAAAGGAUGGUCAGCCUCUGAAAAGGACUACCAGAGUUAACUUUGGUGCAACAGACACAAUGCUGAACCUCAAAAUAAAAGAGGCUACUAAAGAUGAUGUUGGACACUAUCUCAUUACUCUCACCAAUACAGCAGGAGAGACAACGGCAAACAUUGGCAUAGUUGUCCUUGACAAACCUGGCCAGCCAAGUGGUCCAAUUAAGGUGGAGGAAGUCACUUCUGACAGUGUAACCAUCUCCUGGAACCCACCUGAGUAUGAUGGUGGUUGCACCAUCAAAAACUACAUUGUGGAAAAGAGAGACACAUCUACAACUAACUGGAUGGUUGUAUCUCCUAACCUUGCAAGGACCAAAAUCAAGGCAGGCAGACUGAAGACUGGCUCCGAAUAUCAGUUUAGAAUCACAGCAGAGAACAGAUAUGGAAAAGGCCCAACUCUUGUAUCAGAAUGUAUUGUGGCUCAAUACCCAUAUAGGCUCCCAGGACCCCCAGGAACACCAUCCAUUGCAGCCUGGACCAAGGACAGCAUGGUAGUGGCCUGGAAUGAACCUGUGAAUGAUGGUGGAAGCGCCAUCUUGGGCUACCAUCUUGAACGUAAGGAGAGAAACAGCAUCCUGUGGAUAAAACUUAACAAGUCCCUUAUUACUGACCAAACCUUCAAGACCACUGGCUUGGAACCAGGAAUGGAGUAUGAAUACAGAGUUUAUGCUGAAAACAUUGUCGGAAUAGGCAAAGUGAGCAAAGUGUCUGAGGGUCAUGUUGCUAGAGAUCCCUGCGAUCCUCCUGGCACCCCAGAGGCAACAAAGAUCACUAAAGACUCUGUGACCAUUGUUUGGACCAAACCUGAGUAUGAUGGUGGUGCAAAGGUUACAGGUUACAUUGUGGAAAAGAAGGAGCUUCCUGAAGGUCGUUGGCAGAAGGCUAACUUUACUAACAUCAUUGAGACAGAAUAUGUGGCAACUGGACUUGUGCAGGACGAUCAGUAUGAGUUCCGUGUCAUUGCCAGAAAUGCUGCUGGUGUUUUCAGUCUGCCCUCUUACAGCACUGGUCCUAUCACUGCCAGGGAUGAGAUUGACCCACCACGCAUCAGUAUUGACCCUGAGUACACACAAACCAUUGUGGUUAAUGCUGGAGACAACUUCAAGAUUGAUGCAGAUGUUCAUGGCAAACCCUUGCCCUCUAUCCACUGGAUGAAAGGAGAGCAAGAACUGGGCAACACCAUUCAUAGAGAAAUUAAGAACACACCCAUCAGAGCUUUUAUAUCUGUCAAGGAAGCUAAACUUUCUGAUGGAGGCCAAUACACUCUGCUGUUGAAAAAUCCAGGGGGUGAAAAGGCUGUACAGGUCAAUGUGGUUGUUCUAGAUAAACCAGGAGAACCACAAGGACCUCUUGUUUUUACAGGAAUAACCAAAGACCAAUGUUGCCUUGCAUGGAAAGCGCCAAUACAAGAUGGUGGCAGUAAGAUCUCUCACUACACUGUGGAGAGGAGAGAGACAAGCAGACUUGUCUGGACUGUUGUUGACCCAAAAGUGGAGAAUAUUUGUCUAAAGGUCACUAAGCUCCUGGAAGGAAAUGAGUACAUCUUUAGAGUCCGUGCUGUCAACCAGUUUGGAGUGGGUGCACCACUGGAGUCUGCUGCUGUCAUAAUCAAAGAUCCAUAUGUGCCCCCUGGGUCACCAAAGAGUUUAGAAGUUUCACAUGUUAAAAAAGAUUCAAUGGUGCUCACCUGGGAGGCUCCUCCUGAAGAUGGAGGCAGUCCUAUCACUGGAUACAUCAUUGAGAAACAUGACAAAGAGGGUGUAAGAUGGACCAGAUGUAACAGACAAACUGUCACUGACUUAACUUUAAAGGUCACUGGACUCCUGGAGAGCCACCUUUAUGAAUUCAGAGUUGCUGCUGAGAAUGCUGUUGGGGUCGGUGAGCCAACCUCCCCAACUGUAUUCUACAAAGCUCUUGAUCCCAUCUUCAAGCCUGGCCCACCACACAAUCCAAAGGUCACUGACACAACUAAAACCUCUGUAUUCCUAUCAUGGAGUAAGCCUGUGUGUGAUGGGGGCUGUGAAAUUCAGGGCUACAUUGUUGAGUGUUGCACUACCACAAUGUCAGCAGAGCCAGCUGAGGCUCCUGCUGAAGCCCAAGCUGAAGAGGCAGCUGCCACAGAUGCACCUGCUGAGGAGUGGAUAAUGUGCACACCACCAACAGGUGUGAAAAAGACCAAGUUUGAAGUUGUAAAACUGAAGGAAAACCAGGCCUACAGGUUUAGAGUAUGUGCUAUUAACAAAGUUGGAGUUGGCGAGCAUGCCGAUGUCUCUGGAGCUGUUGUUGCCCAGGACAGGACAGAAGAGCCAGAUCUUGACAUUGACCCAGAACUGAGAAAGAUUGUGACCAUUAAGGCUGGAGCUUCCCUUAGGCUGUUUAUCCCCAUCAAAGGAAGACCCACUCCUACCAUCAAGUGGGACAAGGAUGAAGCUGCCCUUAAAGAAACUGCUCAAGUUGAAGUGACCAGCAGUUACACAUCCCUUGUAAUUGACAAGAUGAGCAGAAAUGACAGUGGAAAAUAUACGGUCACUGCAGAGAACUCAAGUGGAACAAAAUCUGCAUUUGUUGUUGUCCGUGUUCUUGACACACCUAGUGCUCCUGUUAACCUCAAAGUGAAAGAAAUUACAAACCAGUCAGUGACAUUGGCAUGGGAACCACCACUGUUGGAUGGUGGAUCCAAGAUCAAGAAUUACAUUGUUGAAAAGAGAGAAAGCACACGUAAAACAUAUGCAGCUGCUGUAACAAAUUGUCAUGCUCUUUCGUGGAAGAUUGAGCCACUCCAGGAGGGUUGUAGUUACUACUUCCGAGUGCUUGCUGAGAAUGCACAUGGUGUUGGCCUGCCUGCAGCAACUGUUGACCCUCUUAAGGUCUCAGAGGUGCCCCAGUCUCCAAAGAACUUGAUUGUUACAGACCAAACCAAAACAAGCAUCUCUUUGGCCUGGGAGAAGCCUGAGUAUGAUGGUGGUAGCAGAGUCAUGCAGUACCUGCUUGAGGUGCAGCUUAAAGGCCAGGAGAAGUGGUCUGGUGUUAACACAUUUAAAACAAUGGAAGCUACUGUUUCCAAACUGAACCCAGGAGAGGAGUAUCUAUUCAGAGUUACAGCAAUCAAUGAUAAGGGAAAGAGUGAUCCAAAAGUCCUCGCUGGUCCAGUAAUGACCAAGGACUUGGUCUUUGAGCCUGAUGUUCGACCAGCAUUCAGCAGCUACAGUGUCCAUGUGGGCAAAGACAUGAAUAUUGACAUACCCAUCUUUGGACGUCCUAAGCCAGCAGUCUCAUGGACUAAAGAUGGAGCUCCUUUGAAGGUCACAACCAGAGUCAACAUUCUCAAUACACCAACACAUACAACACUCAGCAUUAAGGACGCAGCAGGUGAUGAUGGUGGCAUGUACAGUAUAAAUGUUUCCAACUCUGCUGGAAAGAAGGACACAACAGUUGAAAUCAUUGUACUUGACAAGCCUGGCCCUCCAUCUGGCCCUGUGAGGUUUGAUGAAAUCACAACACAGAGUAUCUCUAUUUCAUGGGAUCCACCAAAACACAAUGGCGGCUGCCAGAUUUCAAACUACAUUGUGCAAAAGAGAGAUACUACUACAACAACAUGGGAAAAUGUCAGCAUCAACUGUGCCAGAACCUCCAUUAAAGUGCCUAGAUUGAAGACCGGUGCUGAGUACCAGUUCAGGAUCAUUGCUCAGAACCGCUAUGGCAAGAGUCAUGGCCUGGAUUCAUCUGCUGUGGUCGCUCAGUACCCAUACAGAGAGCCAGGACCCCCUGGCACUCCUUUCAUCGCCUCUCUCUCUAGGGACCACCAGAUUGUUGAGUGGCAUGAGCCUGUCACAGAUGGAGGAAGCCCUGUUCUCGGCUACCAUCUUGAAAGGAAAGAGAGAAAUAGUAUUCUCUGGGUCAAGAUUAACAAGACACUUAUUCACGAGACUACUUUCAAGAGUCACCCCUUGGAGGAGGGUGUCGAGUAUGAAUACAGGGCAUAUGCUGAAAAUAUUGUGGGCAUUGGCAGGUGCAGUAAGAUCUCAGAGGGCUGCGUUGCCCGUGACCCAUGUGAUCCUCCUGGUACACCAGAAGCCAUCCAUGUGACCAAAGAUACCAUUGUCAUUCAGUGGACUAAACCAGAGUAUGAUGGUGGCAGUAAUAUAACUGGCUAUACUGUGGAGAAGCGUGAUAUGCCAGAGGGCAGGUGGGUAAGAGCGAACUUCACUAAUGUGAUUGAGACCAAGUUUACUGUGACUGGACUGACUGAAAAUGCACAGUAUGACUUCAGAGUCAUUGCUAAAAACGCUGUUGGCACCAUCAGUAAGCCAUCCUUCAACAGUGGACCAACCACUGCAAGUGAUAAGGUGGAGGCACCCAAAUUUUCCAUUGACCCAGCAUUCACCAAGGCCAUUAUCAUCAAUGCCGGAGAGACAUUUAAGCUGGAUGCCGAUGUCCACGGAAAGCCACUUCCUGCAAUCCAGUGGUUCAAGGAUGAAAAACCAAUAGAGAAUACUCUCAGACUAGAGAUCAAAAACACAGAACACCAUGCAAUGAUUGUCAUUAAGGACUCUGUUAGAAUUGAUGGUGGAGUCUACACGCUCCAGCUGACAAAUGAGGCUGGCAGUGAAAUUGUGCCAUUUAAGGUUGUGGUCCUGGACAGGCCUAGCCCAUGUGAAGGACCCCUCCACAUCACUGGAGUAGCUGAAGAUAGAUGUACACUGGUAUGGCGUGCCCCUCUACAUGAUGGAGGUAGUCCUAUUACACAUUAUAUCAUUGAGAGAAGAGAGACCAGCCGUCUAGCUUGGACUGUUGUUUCUAACAGCUGUGAGACAACAUGCUACAAAGUCACCAAACUGUUGGAAGGUAAUGAGUAUAUGUUCCGUGUCAUGGCAGUUAACAGUUAUGGUGUCAAUGAGCCACUCGAGUCUGGUGGAGUGAUUAUGAAGACUCCAUUUGUUCCUCCUGGUCCACCUCAUGUUGAGGAUGUAUCCAACAUUGCCCAUGAUGGCAUGACCAUCACUUGGUCUGCCCCUGAGUCUGAUGGUGGCAGUGAUAUUACCAAUUACAUAAUUGAAAAGAAGGACAGAGCUGGAAUCAAAUGGACCAGAUGCAAUAGGCAGAAGGUCACUGACCUCUCCUUUAGAGUAACAGGCCUAACCACUGGCCAUGAGUAUGAGUUCAGAGUGGUUGCCGAGAAUGUAGUUGGAGUCGGAGAGCCAAGCCUUCCAAGUUCAUACUACAAGGCCUGUGAUCCCAAGUACAAACCUGGUGCCCCAGCAUAUGUGCAUGUGAUUGACUCCACAAAGAGUUCGCUUACAGUGUCAUGGGGUAAGCCUCUGUCUGACGGUGGCAGCACCAUCCAAGGAUACAUUGUUGAAGUUUGCAAGGCUGAAGAGGAGGAAUGGACCAUGGUUACUCCCCCAACUGGCCUGCGUGUCAAUAAAUAUGAAGUUACCAAACUUACUGAGGGUCAGGAAUACAACAUCCGGGUGUGCGCUCUGAACAAACUGGGAGUUGGUGAGCCAGCAGCUCUCUCGGGAACAGCUAAGCCAGAGGAAAGGGUGGACCCACCACAGAUCCACCUUGACUCUGAGCUAAGGAAGGGCAUCACUUUGAAAGCUGGUGGAUCUGUUAGAAUCCAUAUUCCAUUUAAGGGCAGGCCAACACCUGAGAUUAAGUGGACUAAGGAUGAGGGAGACCUGACUGAAAAGGCAGUAGUUGAGAAGGCCCUCAACUUCACACAGCUGUCCAUUGACUCAUGUGACAGGAGUGAUUCUGGAAAAUACACAUUAAGCCUGACCAACAGCAGUGGCUCUGUGUCUGAAUUUGUUGCCGUUAAGGUCCUAGAUACACCUGGAGCCCCACAUAAUCUUGUGGUUAAAGACAUAAAAAAGGACUCGAUCACCCUUGCAUGGGAUGCCCCCUUGGUUGAUGGAGGUUCUAAAAUCAAGAACUAUGUAAUUGACAAACGUGAAUCAACCAGAAAGGCAUAUGCAAAUGUGUCCACUAAGUGCACAAAGACAACAUUCAAAGUUGAGAACCUGAUUGAAGGUGCUAUGUACUACUUCAGAGUCAUGGCUGAGAAUGACUGUGGAGUUGGCCAAGCUGUUGAAACAAAGACGGCUUCCAAGGCAUCUGAGGUACCACUGCCUGUUGGAAAAGUAUUCCUCACUGAUGUCACCAAGGCCACUGUCUCACUGGCCUGGGAGAAACCUGAGCAUGAUGGAGGCAGUAGAAUUGGUGGCUACCUAAUUGAGAUGCUGCCCAAAGGUACAGAUAAGUGGGGAGUUGCAGCAAAUACAAAGACAUGCGAGGGUACUGUCAAAGGACUCACAGCUGGAACAGAAUACUUAUUCCGUAUCAUUGCUCAUAACGAGAAGGGAAAGAGUGAGCCAAAGGCACUUGCUGCACCAGUUAUUGCCAGUGACAUGACUAUGGAGCCAAGCAUUAAGAUGCAAUUCAACACGUACAGUGUAUUAGCUGGAAAAGAUAUUAAGUUGGAGUUCCCUGUGCUUGGCAGGCCCAAACCCAAAGUUACCUGGACCAAGGAUGGUCAAACAUUAAAGGUGACAUCCAGAGUCAAUGUAGCAAACACUCCAGAAACAACUGCAAUUCAAAUUACUGAGGCAUGCAAAGAAGACUUUGGUAAAUACACUAUUACAGCAACCAAUACUGCUGGCACUGUCACUGAGGAUGUGGCUGUCAUUAUCCUUGACAAGCCUGGUCCACCAACAGGUCCAGUCAAGGUUGUUGAAGUGAGCAACAACUUUGUCCAUCUUGCUUGGGAGCCCCCAGAGUACACAGGUGGAUGCCAGGUGAAGAACUAUGUAGUGGAGAAGAGAGAUACCACCACCACAACAUGGCAGUCAGUCACUACACAGCUUGCUAGAACAGCUUUUAAGGUCACCAAGCUGAAGACUGGUGCAGAGUACCAGUUCAGAAUUGUUGCUGAAAACAGAUAUGGAAAGGGUGCACCUCUGGACUCCAAGGCCAUUGUUGUGCAGUAUCCAUAUAAGCCACCAGGACCUCCAGGAACACCACAUGUCAAAUCUGCAACAAAGGAAAUGAUGAUCAUUGAAUGGAAUGAGCCAGUCAAUGAUGGUGGCAGUGCAGUUAUUGGUUACCAUCUGGAAAGCAAGGAGAGAAGCAGCAUUCUGUGGAACAAACUGAACAAGACUAUCAUAACUGAUACCCAGUUCAAGAUCUGCAAUCUUGAGGAGGGUAUUGGAUAUGAAUUCAGAGUUUAUGCUGAAAAUAUUGUUGGUAUUGGUAGAUGCAGUAAAGUGUCUGACUCCUUUGUUGCUCGUGACCCAUGUGAUCCCCCUGGUGCUCCUGAAGCUGUAUCUAUUUCUAAGAAUCUAAUCAAGAUUCAGUGGACCAAGCCUCAGUAUGAUGGUGGCAGCAAAGUGAAUGGAUAUAUUGUGGAAAGGAAAGAUCUAUCCUCCCCUGAUGGGCGCUGGGUAAGAGCUAACUUCACCAAUAUCAUUGAGACAGAGUAUACCAUCACUGGUCUGACCGAGAAUGAGCAGUAUGAAUUUAGGGUUAUUGCAAGAAAUGCAGCAGGAGUCUUCAGUGAGCCAUCUGAUAGCUCUGGACCUAUUACUGCUACUGAUGAAAUUGAAGCACCAAGGGCCUCGAUGGAUCCCAAAUACAAGGAUGUCAUUGUUAUCAAUGCUGGAGAAAACUUGCUUCUUGAUGCAGACAUUCAUGGAAAACCAAUUCCUGAUGUUGCCUGGCUAAAGGAGGGCAAGGAAAUGGACAAAGCCCUGCGUAUUGAAGUGAAGACUACAGAGAAGUGUGCAGCCAUGACCAUUAAGGAUGUAACCAAGCUUGACAGUGGCCACUAUGACCUUGUCCUCAAAAAUCUGGGUGGUAUAAAGACUUUCCCUAUCACUGUCAAAGUUCUUGAUAAACCAGGUCCACCCACUGGACCAUUGAGAGUGACAGGAGUCAUGGCUGAUAGGUGCAUCCUUUCCUGGUCUGAGCCAACUCUGGAUGGUGGGGCUAGAAUUACUCACUAUGUCUUGGAGAAGAGAGAGACUAGCAGGCUGUCCUGGACAGUGGCUGCACCAGAUAUCAAGGGUCUGUUCUAUAAACUAACAAGUUUGCUUCCUGGAAAUGAAUACAUUUUCAGAGUCAGGGCACUGAACAAAUAUGGUGUUGGUGAUUAUCUUGAGAGUGAACCAAUCAUUGCACGUAAUCCAUACAAGCCACCUAGUGCUCCUGGAACCCCAGAAGCCAACCAAAUCACAAAAGACUCUAUGGUUCUGUCAUGGACCGUUCCAGAACAGACUGGUGGAGCUGACAUUGAAGGUUACCACCUUGAAAAACGUGACAAAGACAGUGUAAGAUGGACAAAGUGUAACAGACAAAAGCUGACUGACACCCACUUCAAGGUCACAGGUCUGAUGACAGAUCACUUCUAUGAGUUCCGUGUUGCUGCUGAGAAUGAGGCUGGAAUGGGAGACCUCAGUGAAUUGUCCUUGUUCUACAGAGCAUGUGAUGCUACAACACCACCUGGGCCUCCACACCAUCCUAAGGUGACAGACUACACAAAGUCCUCUGUGUCACUGUCAUGGGGCAAACCUGACUUUGAUGGCGGUGCCUAUGUUAAGGGCUACAUUGUUGAAAUGAGGGAGUAUACACCAGUGCCUGAAUCAACAGAAGAGGCAGAAGAAGCACCAGCAGUAGAGACAAUAGUUGAAAAAGUAUGGACUAUGUGCACUCCUCCCACUGGUAUUCAGGCCACUAAACUCACUAUCACAGACCUGAAGGAGGGUGGAGAGUACCAGUUCCGCAUCUGUGCAAUCAACUCUGAGGGAGUAGGGGAGGCUGCUAACAUCCAUGGCACUGUGGUUACUUCUGACAGAGUAGAAGCACCAGAGAUUGAGCUGGAUGCUGAUCUCAGAAAGGUGGUAUCUGUCCGUGCUGGUGGAACUCUGCGUCUCUUUGUCACUAUCAGAGGAAGGCCUGAACCUGCUGUGAAAUGGGAGAAGGUUGAAGGUACUCUUACUGACCGUGCUGCAGUUGACACCACCAGUUCAUACACUAUGCUUGUCAUUGACAAUGUCAACCGUUUUGACAGUGGAAAAUACUCACUGACACUAGAGAACAGCAGUGGUACAAAAUCUGCUAUUGUUGCAGUGAGAAUUUUGGAUACACCAAGUGCACCGCAAAACUUUGCUGUAAAGGAGCUCAAGAAGGAUUCAGUGACUCUUGCCUGGGAUUCUCCACUCACUGAUGGUGGUUCUAAAAUCACAAACUACAUCGUAGAGAAGAGAGAGUCUGUCAGGAAGGCCUAUACUACUGUCACCAGCAACUGCACUGCUAACUCAUUCAAGAUUGAAGAGCUACCUGAGGGUGGCAUGUUCUACUUCAGAGUCUGUGCUGUUAAUGAAUAUGGUCAAGGACAGAUGGUUGAAACAAAAGAAGUCAAAAUAUCUGAGGUACCUUUGCCACCAAGCAAGGUUACCCUUGUAGAUUUGACAAAGACCAGCGUGUCACUGGCAUGGGAAAAACCUGCUCAUGAUGGUGGAAGCAAAGUAAUAUGCUAUAAUGUUGAAUUUAAGCCUAAGAGUGGAGACAAAUGGGGCACAGCAUGCACUGUCAAGGUGCCUGAAGCAACCAUUCCUAAUCUGACUCCUAAUGAAGCCUAUUUAUUCAGAGUAGUUGCAAUCAAUGAGAAGGGAAAGAGUGAGCCAAAGGAUCUUGGCUUGCCUGUUGUUGCAAAGGAUGUUGCAAUUGAACCAUCCCUCAAUUUACUGUUUACUACAUACAGUGUGAAGGCUGGAGAUGACCUAACUCUUGAGGUUCCAGUAAGAGGCAGGCCAAAGCCUGUUGUAUCCUGGAAGAAGGAUGGCCUUCCUUUGAAACAAACAUCAUCAGUGACCAUCUUAAACACUGCAACCUCAUCCAAAAUACUCAUCAAACAGGCAAGCAGAGAACAUGUUGGCAAGUAUGAGAUCACCCUUGCCAACACAGCAGGAACUGUCACAACAGAUGUUGGAGUUGUUGUCCUUGAUAAACCAGGUCCACCUAAAGGUAUAAAGGUGGAUGCUGUGACCUCAGACAGCAUCACACUGUCCUGGUCACCACCAGAUUAUGAUGGUGGCUGCUCCAUCAGUAACUAUAUUGUGGAGAAGAGAGACACAAACACACAGGAAUGGCAGAUGGCAGCAAGUAAUGUUGCCAGGACAUGUUUCAAGGCUGGCCGCCUGACACACGGAGCAGAGUACCAAUUCCGUAUCUAUGCAGUUAAUCGUUAUGGAAAGAGUACAUAUCUGGAUUCACCAGGAAUUACUGCUCAGUAUAACUUCAAACAACCUGGACCUCCUUCCACACCUAUAGUGAAGUUGGCCACAAAGUCCUACAUGUUGGUGAUUUGGAAUGAGCCAGUCAGUGAUGGUGGUAGUCCUGUUCUGGGCUACCAUGUGGAGAGGAAGGAACGUUCUAGCAUUCUUUGGACAAAGAUGAACAGAGGAAUGAUCAAAGAUACAGAAUACAAAGUCAAUGCAAUUGAAGAGGGCAUGAUGUAUGAAUACCGUAUCUAUGCUGAAAAUAUUGCUGGUAUUGGUAAAUGCAGCAAAGCUUGUGAAGCAGUAGCAGCCAGAGAUCCAUGUGAUCCUCCAGGUACACCUGUGGUCACUGCUGUUACGAGAACAUCUGUCUCUUUAUCUUGGGAUAAACCAGAGUAUGAUGGAGGAGCCAAGGUUUCUGGCUACAUCAUUGAGUGCAGAGACCUUCCUGAAGGACGCUGGACAAGGUGCAACUUUACCAAUGUUCCUGAGACCCGCUAUGAUGUGACAGGCCUUACAGAAAACAGCCAGUAUGACUUCCGUGUCAUUGCUAAGAAUGCAGCUGGUUUGUUCAGUGAACCAUCUGACAACACUGGCCCCAUCACUAUCAAGGAUGAUGUGGAUCCACCACGAAUCAUGAUGGAUGUCAAGUUCAGAGAGACAGUGUUUGUGAAAGCAGGUGAAACUCUGAAGAUUAAUGCUGACCUUGCUGGACGGCCUGCUCCAGUCAUUUCCUGGACCAAGGAUGGCAAAGAGAUUGAGCUGAGAGCCAGAAUCCAGAUUGUUUCUACAGAUACCAGCACUUCUGUCAUUGUCAAGGACUGUAGCAGGAGAGAUUCUGGACAGUAUGUGUUGACUCUACAGAAUAUUGCCGGAACAGUUACCAUGCCAAUAAACUGUGUGAUUCUUGAUAAGCCAGGACCUUCAGCAGGACCUCUGCAGAUCACAGGUCUCACAGCGGAGGAGUGCACUCUGUCAUGGGGUCCUCCUCAGGAGAUAGGUGGUGCCAAUAUCACACAUUAUGUUGUUGAGAAGCGUGAGACCAGCCGCUUGGCAUGGACACUGGUGAAGGGAGAUGUCAUAAAAACUUACUUCAAAGUCACAGGACUGCUUAAAGGCAAUGAAUAUAUCUUCAGGGUUUUGGCUGUCAACAAGCAUGGACUUGGUGAGGCUCUGGAGAGUGAGGCAAUAAAGGUUACAGAUCCAUACACAUUUGCCACUGCCCCAGCUAGUGUUGAUGUCACUACCAUAACUGGAGAUUCAAUGACCCUCACCUGGUGCAAGCCAGCCAGUGAUGGAGGCAGCCCCAUUACUGGAUAUGUAAUUGAGCGUCGUGAGAAGACAGGCAUGCGCUGGGUCCGUGUGAACAGAGAUCCAGUUGUUGAAUGUACCACAGUAGCAACCAAACUGCGCAAGGGUUGUGAGUAUGAUUUCAGAGUUUAUGCUGAAAACUCUGCUGGUUUAAGUCCCCCAAGUGAACCAUCUGCAACCUUCAGAGCAAUGGAUCCUCUGGUUGUUCCUUCUCGCCCAACCAAACCAAAAAUUGUCAGUUCAACCAAGGACAGUGUUUCCAUUGUCUGGAAACCACCAACAAAUGAUGGUGGUGCUCCCAUCCUUGGAUACACUGUAGAAUACAGAGAUUAUGUCCACAAACCAGAGCCAGAGGUUGAGGAAGAAGACGAGGAAUAUGAAGAGGAGGAGGACGAAGAGGAGGUACCUGAAUCACCUGAAGACCUAGCAAGAUGGGUUGAGGCGAUCCCUCUUACCAAGAGCUUGGAAUUCACAAUCAAAGGACUCAAGACAGAUGCAGAAUAUGAAUUUUGUGUCAAGGCAAUAAACAAAGUUGGCAGCAGUGUGCGUAGCCUGUAUUCAGAUGCAGCUGCAGCAAUGGACAGAACUUCAGAGCCAUCAUUUGAUGUUGACAUUGAGAUGCGGAAAGUACAUCUUGUUAAGCAUGGCACAGCAUUUACUUUAAAUGUACCAUUCAAGGGCAAACCUGUCCCAUCAGUGGACUGGACCAAGGAGGGUGUUGAUCUCAAGGUCAGAGGAACCAUUGAAUCAACAGAUUCCAGCACUUCACUGACUAUUGAGAAGGCAACUAGAAAUGACUCUGGGGAGUACAGCGUCACUAUAGAAUCACCACUUGGAAAAGCAACAUUGCCCAUGAUUGUCAAGGUUCUCGACUCUCCAGGACCCCCUGUCAAUGUUAAAGUUUCAGCUGUGACUCGGGAUUCUGCAACGCUCACUUGGGAGGCUCCAGAGAAUGAUGGCGGUGAUGCAGUGAAGGCCUACCAUGUUGAAAAACGCGAGGCAAGUAAGAAGGCCUGGGUUUGUGUCACCAGCAACUGCCACGCACUUACUUACAAGGUUGAAGACUUGCAGGAGGGAGCCAUCUAUUACUUCAGAGUUAUUGGAGAAAAUGAGUAUGGAGUGGGUGUCCCCCAGGAGGCCAAGGCUGGAACCAAGAUUACAGAGGUACCAAGUACACCAAUGAAACUUGGAGUUGCAAAUGUUACCAAGGACAGUGUUACGAUUGCCUGGACAAGACCAGAAUACGAUGGUGGUAGCAGAGUUAAAGGUUACCUUAUUGAUGCCCUGGAGAAGGGACAGACCAAGUGGGUGAAGUGUGCCACUGUGAAGACCAUGACUCACACCAUCAAGAGCCUGAGGGAGGGUGCUGAGUACUUCUUCAGAGUUCGUGCUGAGAACCACGCUGGACUCAGUGAACCCAAGGAGAUGAUUGUACCUGUUAUUGUCAAGGAAAUACAAGAGGCUCCAGAGUUUGACCUGAAGAACUACCCCAAGAAUACAGUUUAUGUGAAAGCAGGAUCCAACCUGACCUUUGAGAUUCCUCUCACUGGCAGGCCAAUGCCUAAGGUGACAAUGUCCAGGAACAAUGUUGUCAUCAAGGGAUCCAAGAGGCUGCUGACAGAAGUGACACCAGACAGCUUAAUCAUCACUCUAAAUGAAAGCAUUUCGAGUGAUGCUGGCAAAUAUGAAGUCACCGCCUCAAAUGCAGGAGGUACCACAAAGAUCUUCAUUAUCUUUGUUGUGCUGGACAGACCUGGACCUCCCGUUGGUCCUGUUGAGAUUGGAGAAGUCGGUGAGACGACAGUGUGUCUGAAAUGGGCUCCCUCAGAGUAUGAUGGUGGCAGUCCUGUUACCAACUAUGUUGUUCUGAAACGUGAAACCAGCACUCCUACGUGGGCAGAGGUGUCAACAAGCAUUGCCAGAAGCGCGAUCAAGGUGACUAAGCUGACCAAGGGAGAGGAGUAUCAGUUCAGAAUCAAGGCUCAGAAUCGCUAUGGUGUCAGCGACUACAUUGACAGCAAAUCAGUCAUGAUAAAGCUUCCAUACACCAUCCCAGGACCUCCAUCCACACCAUGGGUCAGCUAUGUAUCUAGAGAGAGCCUGACAGUCUGCUGGAAUGAGCCAGUUGCUGAUGGUGGAAACCCUGUGAUAGGAUAUCAUCUUCAGAUGAAGGAGAGGAGCAGCAUCCUAUGGCAGAAGGUCAAUAAGACAGCAAUCCCAGGAAACCAGUGGCGAGUUACAAACGUCUGCCCUGGCCUUAUCUAUGAAUUCAAGGUGGCAGCUGAAAAUGCGGCCGGUAUUGGAAAGAUGAGCAAGACCUCUGAGGAGGUGCUUGCUAUUGAUGCCUGUGAGCCCCCAGCAAGCAUCCGUGUCACAGAAGUCACCAAGAACUCCAUCAGUCUGGCCUGGCAGAGGCCUCCAUAUGAUGGUGGCAGCAAGAUUACCGGCUACAGUGUGGAGAGGAGAGAAGCUCCCAAUGGGAGAUGGGUGAAGGCCAACUUUACAAACAUCGUUGAAAUGGGCUUCACUGUAUCCGGACUGACCCAGGAUGAGUCUUAUGAAUUCAGAGUAUAUGCCAAGAAUGCUGUUGGGUCUGUCAGCAAUCCGUCUCUCAUUGUUGGCCCAGUCACUUGUAUCGACGCAUGUGGUGCCCCAGCCAUUGACCUUCCACCAGAGUAUCUGGAUGUGGUUCAGUACAAGGCCGGAGUGUCGGUUAAACUCAGAGUUGGAAUCAUUGCCAAGCCUCUGCCAACCAUUGAGUGGUUCAAGAAUGGAAAGGAGCUGGUGGCAUCUUCUACUGUGUCAGUUGAAAAUUCCACAGACUCUUCUGCUGUUCUGAUCAAGGAUGCAACUCGCCUUGAUACAGGCUCAUAUGAGAUCAAGAUCAAAAAUGUUUUCGGAUCAGCAUCUGCAACCAUCAGGAUUGAAAUCCUGGACAAACCCGGACCCCCAGCUGGCAUCAUUAACUUCAACCUCAUCACAGCAGAUAAGAUGAUCUUCUGCUGGGAGCCUGUGCCUGAGUCUGAUCAGGGAGGUUCCAAAGUGACCCAUUACAUUGUUGAGCGGCGUGAAACCAGCCGAGUGGUCUGGUCGACAGUUUCAGACAAGCAUGAGCAAACACACGUCACUGUCGGCAAGCUGGUGCGUGGAAAUGAAUAUGUGUUCCGCGUCGUGGGUGUUAAUAAGUUUGGAGUUGGAGAACCACUGGAGUCAGAGCCUGUCAUCGCUAAGAAUGCCUUUGUAACUCCUGGCCAGCCUCAUACUCCUGAGGUGAACAUCAUCACCAAGUCCACCAUGGUGGUAGAAUGGGACAAACCAGGUGUAGAUGGAGGUAGCGCAGUGACUGGCUACUACCUGGAGAGACGUGACAAGAAGAGCUUGCGCUGGAUCAGGGUUUACAAAGACCCUAUCACUGACAUCAAACAGACUGUCUACCACCUGACAGAAGGAAAUGAGUACCAAUAUCGCAUCUGUGCCAUUAACAAGGCUGGAGAGGGGCCGUUCUCCGAUGCAUCAGACUACUACAAGGCUGCUGACCCAGUUGACCCACCAGAUGAGCCUUGCAAGCUGAAAGUGGUUGACUCCACCAAGACAUCCAUCACCUUGGGUUGGUCCAAGCCAGAAUGGGAUGGAGGCAGUGAGGUCACCAGCUACAUGUUGGAGAAGCUUGUUGAGGGAGAGACAGAAUGGGCUAUGAUUACCUCCAAGGGAGAGGUCAAGUCAACAGAGUACACAGUUCAUGACUUAAAACCAGAUGUCAACUACUUCUUCAGAGUUUCUGCUGUGAAUUGUGCUGGCCGUGGAGAGCCUCUGGAGAUGACUGAACCUGUACAGGCUAAGGAUAUCUUGGAGGAGGCCCAGAUUGACUCAGAUGUGGCCAUGAGAACUCACUACAUUGUGAAAGCUGGCAAGGAUGUGGAGCUUUCUGUUCCUCUGAAGGGCAGACCUGCUCCCACUGCUUCGUGGAGCAAGGGAGAGGAAUGCAUUGAUCGCAAUCCCAAAUAUGAGUUCCACCACUCAGACACAACCACAGUCCUUGUUAUGCGUGAAGUGACCAGGCUGGACACUGGAAAGUACACAGUCAAGAUAGAGAAUGGUGUGGGAGAGCCCAAGACACUGACCCUGUCUGUGAAAGUACAGGACACCCCAGCUCAGUGCAGAAACCUGGUCCUUAAGGACGUGACCCGUGGAAAGGUGACUCUCUGCUGGGAGCCUCCACUCGUUGACGGUGGUGCUGAGAUCACAAACUACAUUGUUGAGAAGAGGGACUCCUCCAAGAGAUCCUAUUCUGCAGUGACAAGCAAAUGCACAGACACAACAUUCACCAUUGAAGAUCUCUCUGAGAAGACAUCCUUCUUCUUCCGUGUGUUAGCGGAGAAUGAGAAUGGUGUUGGGGAUCCAUGUGACACACUUGAGCCUGUGAAGGCCACAGAGACUCCAGGACCAGCCAAGGAGGUCUCUAUGAAGGAUUCAUCAAAGACAUCUGUUACUCUGCAGUGGCUGAAGCCUGAUUAUGAUGGUGGCAGCAUCAUCUCUGACUACGUCAUUGAGAAGAAGCUUAAGGAUGAGGAAUGGUCUCUGGGAGGAACCAGCAGACAAUGUGAGUUUGAGGUCAAGAAACUCAAGGAGCACUCCAACAUGUUCUUCAGAGUUGCCGCCAGGAAUGAGAAGGGACAGGGCGACUUUGUUGAGAUUGGGCCUAUCAAAGUCAUUGACUACAUAAUCACACCUGAAGCAUGCCUUGCAGAGUACCCAGAUGGCAGCAUCAGUGUUCGCCUGGGUCACAAUGUGCACAUCGAGCUGCCAUAUAAAGGCAAACCUAGACCUGCUAUUCUGUGGCUGAAGGACAACCUGCCCCUUAAGGAGAGUGACCAAAUACGCUUCAAGAAGACAGAGAACAAAGCAACUCUGAUGAUUAAGAACGUGAAGAAGGAGAAUGAGGGUAAAUACACCCUGACCCUUGACAAUACGGUCAACAGGAGAUCCUUCCACAUCCACGUCAUCACACUUGGACCACCCUCAAAACCUGUUGGACCAAUCCGACUGGAUGAAGUGAGAGCUGAGAGCAUCAUGAUCUCCUGGGAUGAACCCAAUGAUGAUGGCGGUGGGAAUAUCACCUGCUACACUGUGGAGAAGCGUGACACCUCCCAGACUGCCUGGAAGAUGGCCUGCUCCAGUGUAGAGGACACUCAGUUCAAGGUCCCCAACCUGAUCAAGGGUGUACAGUACCAGUUCAGAGUGUGUGCUGAGAACAGAUAUGGUGCCAGUGAGCCUCUGAUCUCACAGAUGGUCAUUGCCAAGCACCAGUUCAGGCCUCCAGGCCCACCGGGCAAGCCUGUUGUGUACAACAUCACCAACGAUGGCAUGACCAUCCAGUGGGAGCAGCCCAUCUAUGACGGUGGCACCCCCAUUCAGGGCUUCCAUGUGGAGAAGAAGGAAAAGAACAGCAUCAUGUGGCAAAAGGUGAACACUAUGCUGGUCAAAGAAACAGAGUACAGGAUUUUGGAACUCAUUGAAGGCCUUGAGUACUCCUUCAGAGUCUACGCCCAGAAUGAUGCUGGCUUCAGCCGAAUGAGUGAUGAGAGCAAGCCAACCAUGGCUGUCAGUCCUGUUGAUCCUCCUGGCCAGCCUGACUACACUGAUGUGACUAGUGACUCAGUGACACUGAAAUGGGAUGCACCCAAGCGUGACGGUGGUAGCAAGAUUACUGGCUACAACAUUGAGAAACGCCAAGGACAUGGCCGCUGGUUCAAGGCCAACUUGACCGACGUACAUGAGUGCCAGCACACUGUCACUGGGUUGGCAACAAAUGAACGCUAUGAGUUCAGAGUCAUCGCCAGAAAUGCCAUUGGUGUUGUCAGUCCUCCAUCCAACUCAUCUGGCUUGAUUGUAGUCAGAAGUGAGAAUGCUACUCCAAAUAUUGAGUUUGGCCCAGAGUACUUUGAGGGUUUGACAGUCAAGGCAGGAGACAACAUCAGGCUGAAGGUAACCAUCACUGGACGCCCAGUUCCGAAGGUCGUCUGGUACAGAGAUGGUGUGGAAGUUACCAAAAAGAUGAUGGACAUUAUCAACGUAGCUGGAUCCAGCACCUUGUUUGUCAGGGACGCUGACAGAACACACCGUGGCCUCUACACUGUGGAGGCUACCAAUGGAUCUGGAAGCAAGAAAGAGAACAUCCUUGUUCAAGUCCAAGACACACCUGGGGAGCCAGUGGGACCCAUCAUUUUCAGUAGCAUCUCAGAGGGCAAGUGCACUCUGUCUUGGAGCCCACCAGAGAACGACGGCUGCUCCGAGAUUUCACAUUAUAUAAUUGAGAAGCGUGAGACUGCCAAGAUCUCCUGGGCCUUGGUGUGUGAUGAAUGUAAGGAGUGCACUUUCAAUGCAACCAAGCUCAUCAAGACCAAUGAGUACCAGUUCAGGGUCUCUGCUGUUAACAAGUUUGGAGUUGGCAGACCUUUGGAAUCCACUCCCAUCAUUGCACAGAUGCAAUACACUACUCCUGAUGCUCCAGGUACUCCUGAUGCCACUGAGGUGACAGGAGAGAGCAUCACCUUGUCCUGGGCUCCUCCAACAUCUGAUGGAGGAAACCCCAUUCAGUACUACAUCAUAGAAAAACGAGAAAAGAAGACUGUCCGGUUCUACAAGGUGAUUACCAAGAAGCCCAUUGUUGAAUGUGCUCACAAGGUGCUUCACCUGACAGAAGAUAUGGAAUAUGAGUUCCGUGUCAUGGCCGUGAAUGAUGCUGGUGUCGGAGCCCCCAGCAACAUCUCUAUGCCUAUCAAAGCUGCCGAACCAAAGGAUAUUCCCUGUGCUCCAUCUGUGGUCUGUGUAUCUGACUCGACCAAUACAUCCAUCAGUCUGGAAUGGAGCAGGCCUGCAGAUGAUGGAGGCAUGGACAUCCUGGGCUACAUUAUCGAGAUGGUGAAGGGAGAAGAAACCGAAUGGAAGAGAGUAAACGAGGAGCUGGUGGCAGAAACACAUUAUGUGGCAGCUGGUCUAGAGACAGGAGCUGAGUACAAGUUCCGUAUCGCAGGUGUCAAUCAUGUGGGCAGAGGCGAUGAAAAGGAGACUCCAGAACCUACUCAGGCUGUAGAUAGGCUAACACCACCACAGGUGGAUAUUGACGCCACCUUCAAGCAGACACACAUUGUCAAGGCUGGAGGUUCAGUGUGCCUGGGCAUCAAUUUCAGAGGAAAACCCAUUCCCACUGCCACCUGGAUAAAAGAGGAAGGAGAGCUUGGUGUUAUGACAGAGAUCAUAACCACAGAUGGCUACAGUUCUCUAUGUAUUGAAAACUGCUCUAGAACUGAUACAGGUAAAUACACUGUUAACCUGGAGAAUGCCAGUGGCAGCAAGGCCAUUACAUUCACUGUAAAGGUGAUGGACGCUCCUGGAGCUCCACAGGAUGUUGCCUUCAUGGAGGUAUCCAGAGGCACGGUGACACUUACCUGGAAGCCUCCUCUCAAUGACGGUGGUGCCCGAAUCCAUCACUAUAUUGUUGAGAGGCGUGAGGCUAGCCGCCGCACUUGGCAGCAGUCUGGUGGCAAGUGCACACAGCACAUCCUGAGGAUCCAGGACCUGCUUGAGGGAGUGCCAUACUUCUUCAGAGUCUCAGCCGAGAACCAACAUGGUAUCGGUGAAGCAUUUGAACUGACAGAGCCUGUUAUUGCCACUGCAGAGCCAGCAUCUCCAAAGAGAAUGGACAUCCUGGACACCACAGACAGCUCUGUGUUACUGGGCUGGCUGAAACCUGAGCAUGAUGGUGGCAGCCGCAUCCAAUGCUAUGUCAUUGAGGCAAAGCCAAAGGGUACAGACAAAUGGGUUGUGGUUGGCAACACUAAGAAUCUCACUUAUGCGGUUGAAAAGCUCAACAAGGGUGAUGAAUAUGACUUCCGUGUGAAGGCUAAGAAUGAAGCCGGCUACAGCAAGCCCAGAGAGACUCUGGCUCCUGUGCUGGUCAAGGAGCCUCACAUUGAACCUGCUGCUGACCUCAGUGAUAUCACCAACCAGCUGAUCACAUGCAGGUCUGGCAGCAUCUUCACCAUUGAGGUUCCCAUCAGUGGUAGACCUGCUCCUAAAGUCACCUGGAAGCUGGAGGAGAUGAGGCUGAAGAGCUCAGACAGAGUCUCCAUCAAAGUAACUAAGGACAGAACCAGCAUCUCAGUCAAGGAGGCCAUGAGAGGAGACGGUGGUAAAUACUACCUGACUCUGGAGAAUGUGGCAGGAACCAAGACCUUCACUGUUGAAGUUAAUGUAACAGGUAGACCUAGUCCGCCAACUGGACCCAUUGAAAUCUCAUCCAUCACAUCAGAGUCCUGCGUCGUUAACUGGCAACCACCAGAGGAUGAUGGUGGCACUGACAUCACCAACUACAUCGUAGAGAAGCGUGAGUCCGGUUCCACAGCCUGGCAGCUGAUCAAUUCCAGCGUAAAGCGCACAACUCUCCACGUUAGUCACCUGACCAAGUACAUGCAGUACACAUUCAGGGUGUCUGCUGAGAAUAGAUUUGGUGUCAGCAAGUCCACUGAGUCUGAGACUAUUGUUGCAGAGCAUCCUUUCACACCUCCUGGCCCACCAACAAGGCCUUCAGUCUUCAAUGUCACUGCUAACACAAUGACCCUGAAAUGGGAGGAGCCCUACCAUGAUGGCGGAAGCAAGGUGACAGGCUACUGGAUUGAGAAGAAGGAAAGGAACAAUAUCCUGUGGGUGAGGGAGAAUAAGAUCCCUUGCUUUGAGUGUUACUACAAGAUGGAAGCUCUAGUUGAAGGCCUGGAAUACCAGUUCAGGGUUUAUGCCAUGAACAGUGCUGGGCUGAGCAAAGCCAGCGAGGCUUCCAAGGGAGCAGUUGCUCAAAACCCAGUUGAUCCACCAAGUAAACCAGAAGUCACAAAUGUCACAAGAACCACAGUCUCCCUCAAAUGGUCGGCUCCACUGAAUGAUGGUGGUAGUCCCAUUGUGGGCUACAUCAUCGAGCGUAAGCCGUACACUUUGACUGGUGAGGGCCGCUGGCUCAAGUGUAACUACACCAAUGUGACAGACAACUUCUACACCGUCACUGCCCUGGGAGAAGGAGAACCCUAUGAGUUUAGAAUCAUUGCCAAGAAUGCCAACCAGGUCUUCAGUAUACCCUCAGAGUCUACUGGAUCUGUGCAGUGCAAGACCGACUUUGAACCUCCAAAAGCCCAGCUGGACAGCAAACUCUUGUCUGAAACUGUGAUGGUCAGAGCUGGUUCAGACCUGGUUCUGGAUGCUGCAGUAGGAGGCAGGCCUGACCCCAAGGCUUCCUGGUCCAAGGGCAACAGGGAGCUGGAGUUGUGCGAAAAGUACCACCUGCAGUACACUGCCACCAGGGCGAUGGCCAUCAUCAAAUUCUGUGACAGAGAUGACACAGGAAAGUACAUCCUCAUGGUUAGGAAUGUAAGCGGAACCAAAACUGCUGAGGUCAACGUCAAAGUGCUUGAUACACCUGGAGUUUGUGAAGGCAGCAUUGAGAUCAGCAAAAUCACUGAAGAGUCAUGCACCCUGAGCUGGAAGCCUCCCGUUGAGGAUGGUGGCGAUGAGGUUGCCCACUACAUUGUGGAAAGGCGUGACACCAACAGGCUCAACUGGGUCAUCAUGCAUGCCGAGUGCAAGAAGCUGACCUGCAACAUCACCGGCCUUUUUAAGAACACAGAGUACCUGUUCAGAGUCCGGGGAGUCAACAAAUAUGGAGCCGGAGUCCACCUACAGUCAGCCCCCAUGGUCGCCAGAAACACUUUCACUGUGCCAACUCCUCCUGGUACUCCAGAGAUCUUGGCAUCAGGAAAGGACUUCGCCACCAUCGAGUGGCUGAAACCAGAGAGUGAUGGUGGCAGCCCGCUGAUCCACUACCUGGUGGAGAGGCGUGAGAGAAAGAGUGCCCGCUGGGUGAAGGUGAACAGGGAUGGAGCUCAUCUGGACACCACACUGAAGGUGUCUGGUUUGACUGAAGGCAACAUCUACCAGUUCAGAGUGACAGCCAUCAACAAAGCUGGAGAGAGUGAAGUCAGCGAGGUUUCUCUGUAUGUCGUCUGCAGAGUGCCAACAUGCACCCCUGCUCCUCCUUCUAUCCCUCGUAUCACCGACACUCAUGCAGACAGCAUCAGCUUGGCCUGGUCCCGCCCAGUGGAGGAUGGAGGAGCUGAUGUGAUGGGCUACAUCCUUGAGAUGCAGGAAGCUGGAGCAGAGGAAUGGAGCAAGGCCCAUGAAAAGACCCUGCGUACUUCAGAGUAUGUGGUGACUGGACUUUCUGCAGGCAAGAAAUACUGCUUCAGAGUCGCUGGCAUCAAUAUCAAUGGUGCAGGAGACUUCAGUGAACCCUGUGCCGAGACUGAGCCAGUGGAGAGAAUUGAAACCCCUGACUUUGAGCUCCACGACGACCUAAAAAAGACAAUCUGCCUACGUGCUGGUGGCUCCCUCCGCCUAUUUGUCAAUAUCACUGGUCGUCCCACUCCUGCCAUCACUUGGAGCAAGCCAGGUGUUGACCUCCACAACAGAGGCUUCAUCGAGGUCACCAACACGUCCACCACACUCAUCAUUGAUAAGGUCCACCGCUAUGAUGCCGGCAAGUACACGCUGGUGGCCGAGAACUCUGCAGGGAAACAGGAAGUCAACAUUCUGGUCAAGGUCUAUGAUACUCCUGGACCAACUGGACCAAUCAAGUUCAAGGAGCUGACCAAAGAUUCUGCCACCAUCUCUUGGGAAGCCCCAGCUGUAGAUGGUGGUGCUCCUGUCAACAACUACAUCAUUGAGAGGCGUGAGGCUUCCAUGAGAGCCUAUAAGACCAUCACCGCCAAGUGUAGCAAGACAUCCUACAAGAUUGACGGCCUGAUGGAGGGCAUGCUGUACUACUUCCGGGUCCUCCCUGAGAACAUUUAUGGAAUUGGAGAGCCCUGUGAGACUCCCGAUGUGAUCCUGGUUUGCGAGGUGCCUUUGUCACCACACAAGCUGGAGGUGAUUGACGUCACCAAGAGCACCGUUACCCUGGGAUGGGAGAAGCCUGAGCAUGACGGUGGCAGCAGAUUGAUAGGCUAUGUCAUUGAGGCCUGCAAGUUUGGCACCGACAAGUGGAUGAAGGUGGCCACACUGAAGCUCACUGACUUUGAGCACACCAUUGAGAAGCUGAAUGAGAAGGAACAGUACUUGUUCAGAAUCAGAGCGAUCAACAGCAGGGGAGCCAGUGAGCCCAAAGAGCUUGUUAGCCCCAUCACUGUACAGGAACAGAGAGUGAUGCCCGUGGUGGACUUCUCCAGUAUUCCUCAGAAGGUUGUCAAUGUCUUGGCCGGUAAGACUCUGGAGUUGGACCUGCCCAUCAUUGGCAGGCCUCCUCCCAUCUGCUCCUGGAUCUUCCAUGACACUAAGAUGAAAAUUACAGACCGUGUCAAAAUUAAGAGCACCGGCAAGUUCUCCAAACUGACCGUGUCCGACACCACCAUUGACGACACUGGUGACUACACUCUGGAGGUGAAGAAUGUCGUUGGUGUCAUUACAGAGGUCAUCAAGGUCAUCGUCCUCUCUAAACCUGAUGAACCAAGUGGAUCCGUCAGGUUUGAUGAGAUUGAUGCAACAUCCGUCACCUGCAGCUGGGAUCCUCCAGUAAGAGACGGUGGAGCUCCCAUCAGUGGCUAUGUAGUGGAGCAGCGUGAUGCUCACAGACCUGGCUGGGUGCCUGUCAGUGACUCUGUUAGCCGACCAACCUUCAAGUUUGUGAACCUGAUUGAGGGAGAUGAGUACGUCUUCCGCGCAGCUGCCGUGAAUCGCUAUGGCACUGGAGAGUUCCUACAGUCUGAGAUUGUCACCUGCAGGAGCUUGAAGAAUGUGUCUGGACCCCCUGGCCGUCCAACCAUCUUUGAUGUUUCUCGUGAUGGCAUGACCGUGGCCUGGAAUCCACCAGAUGAAGAUGGUGGCCUUGACAUUUCUGGAUACAUCAUUGAGCGCAAAGAAGUGAGGUCUGACAGAUGGGUGCGCGCCAACAAGAACCCCGUCACUAUGACCAGAUACAGGUCAACAGAGCUAAUCGAGGGCCUGGAGUACGAACACAGAAUCACUGCCAUCAAUGCCAGAGGACAGAGCAAACCAAGUCUGCCCUCCAAGCCAGCGGUAGCAACAGAUCCCAUUGAUCCACCUGGCUGUCCUCAAAACCCAAGGAUCACUGAUACCACCAGGUCCUCUGUGUCUUUGGCUUGGAGUCCUCCUGAUGAUGAGGGAGAUGCAAGAGUGGACGGUUACCUGAUUGAGAUGCAGAAGGUUGGCACUAUGGCCUGGAUGAAGUGCAACACCACACCAUCUCUGAUCUGCGAGUACACGCUGACCAGCAUGCCACAAGGAGAAGAGUUCAAAUUCCGUGUGAUGGCCUGCAAUGCUGGUGGCUCGGGAGAGCCUGCUGAAGUGCCUGGAACUGUCACUGUGACUGAGAUGCUUGAAUCUCCUGACUAUGACCUGGAGCUGAAAUACAAAGAUGUGUACGUGGUCCGCCAGGGAGGAGUGGUUAGACUUUCAGUACCCAUCAAGGGUAAACCUCACCCAACCUGUAAGUGGUUGAAGGAUAGCGGUGCAGUCUCAACCAAGGCCAUGAUUGCCUCCACCGAGGACGCCAGUGAGCUGGUGAUCAAGGGAGCUGAAAGGAGCGACUCUGGUGUCUAUGACCUCCUGCUGGAGAAUAAGGUUGGCAAGAAGAAGGCCCAAAUCAAGGUGAAGGUCAUUGGACGGCCAAAUGCUCCAGAGGGACCAAUGGUCUUUGAGGAGAUCCAGGCCAACUCUGUUAAAGUGUGCUGGAAGGCACCCACUGAUGAUGGUGGCUCAGAGAUCCUGGGUUACAUUGUGGAAAGACGUGAGGCAACCAGAAAUGCCUGGUACACUGUGGACUCCAGAGUGACUGACACUCAAUUGGUUGUUAAGGGCCUGAAGGAGGGAACAGAGUACCACUUCAAGGUCACAGCUGAAAACUCUUUUGGUAUUAGUAACUCUUUGAAAUCAGAGCAGCCACUGGUGCCCAAGACUCCUCUUUGUCCUCCUGAGCCUUCAAGCACCCCACCAGAGAUCAUGGAUGUCACCAAGAGCUCUGUGGCAUUGGCCUGGUCCAGACCAAAGGAUGACGGUGGUUCUGCCAUUACUGGCUACUUUGUUGAAUACAAGGUGGUGUCCACUGAGUCAUGGUCCCGCCACGAGACCAAGAUCACUUCUACCAUGUUUACUCUGCCUGGACUCACCCCUGACGCAGACUACCAGUUCCGUAUUGUAGCUGUCAACGACAUCGGUGAGAGUGAGGCCUGUCCUGUGUCUGACCCAGUCACAUGCAAGGAUCCAUUCGACAAGCCAAGCCAACCAGGUGAGAUCGACACUGUCAACGUCACAAAGAACUUCAUCACUAUCCGCUGGCAAGCUCCAGAGUGUGACGGUGGAAAGGAGGUCCUGGGCUACUGGGUGGAGUACAGGAAAUCAAUCGAGAGUACAUGGAAGAAGUGCAACAAGCAGAGGCUGAAAGAAAAGGAGUUUACCAUGCCUGGACUGGCUGAGGCCACAGAGUACGAGUUCAGAGUGUUUGCUGAAAAUGAGACAGGAAUGAGCAGACCUCGUAGGACUACCACAUGCAUCAAGACCAAACUGAGCGUUGAAACUAAACCAAGCCUGAGAAAGGAAAUGGAUGAAGUAACAGCCAAGCUUGGCCAGCCUGCUGUCAUGAAGUGCCAGAUUAUUGGCAGACCUGUUCCUGAAAUCAAGUGGUAUCAUGCUGGCAAGGAGAUUGUUGAGUCUCGCAAGUACGAGAUGAGCUCUGAUGGUCGCAACCACUCCCUUUCCAUCAUGACUGACGAGCAGGAAGAUGAGGGAGAGUACACUUGCAAGGCCAUCAAUGACACCGGAGAUGCUGAGACCACAGGCGUCCUGGUGUUGGAGGCUGCUUCAUCCUUCCACCCAGAUUACCCAUUGAAAGAAACCUACUAUGCUGGUCUGGGAACCACUUUACGCAUCCAUGCUGUCUACAUUGGUCGUCCCGAGCCAAAGAUCAUGUGGCUACAUGGGACAAAAACCCUGGAGAACACAGAACAUAUAAGCAUUGAGACCACAGAGCACUACACACACCUGGUCAUUAAGAAUGUGCAGCGCAGAGUCCAUGGAGGAAAGUACAGGAUCAGACUGCACAACCACUUUGGCAGGGCUGACACUGCGUUCAAUGUUGAAAUCUAUGACAAACCUGACGUGCCUCAGGGUCCCAUUGUUCUGGACGCCCUCCUGAAGAACUCUGUCAUCAUUAGCUGGAAGCCACCCAAGGAUGACGGAGGCUGCAUGAUCACCAACUAUAUUGUGGAGAAGCGUGAGGACAAGGAGGGCACAGAGUGGGAACUGGUGUCAUCAUCCAUUAACGGCACAUCUUGCCGCGUCCCUAACCUCAUUGACAGUGCCGGAUACUUCUUCCGAGUGUACGCCCAGAAUCGCUAUGGCAACAGUGAGCCAUUGGAAAUCACAUCACCAAUUCUUAUCAAGAGCCAACUGGAGAAACCAUCACCACCUCUGUCACCAGUUGUGUCUGGAAUCACCAAGGACUCCUGUGUUGUUUCCUGGAAGCCUCCACUCAGCGAUGGUGGCUCCAAGAUCAAGAGCUAUUGUCUUGAGAAGAAGAACAAGAAGGACAAGAAGGAAUGGACCGAAUGGAUUUCGGUGACCACAGACGAGAUCAAACAGACAGUGUUCUCGGUCAAACGUCUGACUGAGGGUAUCGAGUACAUCUUCCGCGUGAAGUGCGAGAACCUUGGAGGGCAGAGUGACUACAGCGAGGAGACCACUCCCAUCAUUCCAGCCACAGCCGUCGACAUCCGUGCUCCUGCUUUCAAGGAGGAGCUGAGGAACAUGAGUGUGAAGUACAAGAGCAAUGCUACCCUUGUCUGCAAGAUCACAGGACAGCCCAAGCCUGUGAUUAAAUGGUUCAGACGAGGAAAGGAGAUCCAUUCUGACGGAAAGAAGAUCAAGAUCCAGGAGUUCAAGGGAGGUUACCACCAGCUGGUCAUCACCGAGGCUGAUGAAGAAGACUCCACUGUGUACCAGAUCAGAGCCACUAACCAGGGAGGAUCCAUUUGUGCUACAGUCUCUCUGGAUGUUGAAGUCCCUGCCAAGAUCCAUUUGCCAAAGAACCUGAAGGACAAGGAAGCCAUCCCCGCCCUGCGAGGAGAGGUGGUCAAUAUCAAGAUUCCUUUCGGUGGCAAACCAGAUCCUGUCAUUACAUGGCAGAAGGGACAAGAUCUCAUUGACAGCAAUGGCCACUACCAGGUCAUUGUCACCAGGUCAUUUACUUCUUUGGUGUUCCCCAACGGAGUGGAGAAGAAGGAUGCUGGUUUCUACAUUGUUUGUGCCAAGAACAGGUUUGGCAUCGACCAACAGACAGUUGAGCUGGAUGUGGCUGAUGUGCCUGAUCCUCCACGUGGUAUCAAAGCCAGUGAUGUCUCCAGAGACUCAGUUUCACUGAACUGGGUGGCUCCAGCAAAUGAUGGCGGCAGCAAGGUCAUCAGCUACAUCAUUGAGAAGUGCCCCACCACUGCUGAGAGGUGGGAGCGUGUUGCCCAGUCCCGUGACACCCGCUACACCGUAAUCAAUCUGUUUGGAGGAACCAGCUAUCAGUUCAGAGUGAUUGCUGAGAACAAGUUUGGACAGAGUGCUCCAUCUGAGACCAGUGGACCUGUCAUGACCAAGGAGGACAAAUCUAGAGUUCUGCUCUACGACAGGGAGGUUGAUGAUACUGAACGUGUCCCCAAGGGCAAGGCUCCAAACUCCGAUGCCAAGAAUCUGCACAACAAAUAUGCCAUUGCAGAGGAACUGGGCAGAGGUCAAUUUGGCAUUGUCCAUCGCUGUGUUGACAUCAGCUCUGAGAAGACUUACAUGGCUAAAUUCGUCAAAGUGAGAGGAGCUGAUCAAGCAGUAGUCAAGAAGGAAAUUGCAACACUGAACCUGGCCAAACACACUAACUUCCUCCUCCUCCAUGAGUCUUUCGACAGCCCUGAAGAGCUGGUGAUGAUCUAUGACUUCAUCUCUGGUGGUGACAUAUUUGAGCGCCUCAGCACAGCUGAGUUUGAGCUUAAUGAGCGUGAGAUUGUUAACUACAUCAGACAGAUCUGCUCAGCUCUUGAGUUCCUGCACGCUCAGAGCUAUGGACACUUUGAUAUCAGACCAGAGAACAUUGUUUACACAACCAGAACUAGCUCUAAUGUGAAGAUUAUUGAGUUGGGCCAGUCUAGACAUCUGACCCCUGGAGACCAAAUCAAGGUUCAAUAUACCACUGCAGAAUAUGCUGCCCCUGAGAUCCACCAGUGUGAUAUGGUCAGCACUGUCACUGACAUGUGGUCGGUUGGUGUCCUUGCCUAUGUACUCCUCAGUGGACUUAAUCCAUUCACAGCUGAAACCAACCAACAGAUGAUUGACAACAUCUCCAAUGCAGCCUAUAGCUAUGAUGACGAGUCCUUCAUGCAGUUCAGCGUUGAGGCAUUGGACUUCACAGACCGCCUAAUGACAAAGGAUCGCAAACAUCGUAUGACUGCUGCUGAGGCCCUGGUAAAUCCUUGGCUCACCAAGCCUGUGGAGGAGAUCAGCAACAGAGCGAUCCCAACUGGCAGGCAUAAGAGAUACUACCAGACGAUGGUGAGGAAAGAGUGGAGCACUGUUGUCUCUGCAGCGCGUGUGGCCAGCGGUGGCUCCAUUAGGUCCCAGCGUGGCGUCUUUGUCGCUAAGGUGAAGAUUGCUCCAUUUGAACAUGGUCCUCUUGCAGGCCAGAUUUCCCAUGCAGUGGUGAAUGAAGGAGACAAUAUGAAAUUCAUCUGCAACAUUGACAACUAUGAUAGCACUACUGAAGUGACAUGGUACUGUGGUGUCAGGCAGCUUGAAGCUGGCGACAAAUAUGAAAUUGAAUAUGAGGAUGGCUUGGCUGUAAUCACUGUCAAAAAGGUCACAAGAGCAGAUGAUGGCACUUACAGAUGCAAGGUUGUGAACGAGUAUGGUGAGGACAGUGCCUACGCAGAGCUGUUUAUCAACGGCGUUAGAUCUUACCGCGACUUCUUCACCACUCGUGUGGUCAAGAGAACAAAGCGCAGAAUUGACACUGCCAGAAUGCUUCAGAAACCACCAGAGUUCACUCUUCCUCUGGUCAACCAUACAGCCUACAUUGGUGAGGAUGUGCGCUUUGGCGUCACCAUCACUGUUCACCCUGAGCCUCGCGUCAUCUGGCAUAAGUCAGGACAGAAACUUAUCCCUGGACAUGAUGAGAGGAAAUACACUUUCAUAAGUGACAAGGGUCUGUACCAGCUGAUUAUCCACAACCUCGACAAUGAAGAUGAUGCUGAAUACAGUGUCGUAGCCCGUAACAGGUAUGGUGAUGACAGCUGCAAGGCUCGUCUUACUGUUGUUCCUCGACCUAAACCAGCAGACCUCACCCUGAGGCCCAUGUUCAAACGCCUGCUAGCAAAUGUAGAGUGCAGGGAGGGCCAGAAUGUGCGCUUUGAGAUUAGAGUUUCCGGCCAUCCAACACUGAAGUGGGAGAAGGAUGGCACACCUCUAGCCUUUGGACCAUCUAUUGAGGUUGUUCAUGAGGGUCUGGAUUACUUCAUCCUUCAUGUGAGAGACACUCUUCCUGAGGACUCUGGCGUAUACAGAGUUACGGCUACCAACUCCGCUGGAUCUGCCAGUUGCCAGGCCACACUCAAAGUGGAGCGUGUCGCUCAUGUAAAGAAGGAUUAUGAGACCAGUGAAAAGGAGAAGGAAAGGGUAUCUGGAAAGGAGGAAUUAGACAAAAAGGUGAGGCUGUCCCAGAUUUUGGCAGGCACUGUUGUUACUCCUCUACCACCUGCAGCAGUACAAGCUGUAAGGGAGGCAGCCACCACGUUCAAACCUGCUGUGACAACUAAAAAGGGUGAGAAGACUGAGGCUGAGAUACAGAAAGAAAAAGAGGAGAGGAAGAAGCGUGCAGAUGAGAAGAGGCUGCGUAUGCCUUAUGUCGUCCCAGCUCCUCGUGUCAUUAACCCAGCUGUUCUUGAGGAGGACGUAGAAAUAAAACACUUCAAGCCAUUCUCUGACAUGAAAUGGUACAAGAAGCUGCGGGAUCAAUAUGAGUUCCCUGAGCCUAUGGAGAAAAUCAAGCAGAAGAGGAUGAAGCGUAUUCGCCUCUCCAGGUGGGAGCAGUUCUACGAGGUGCCAAUCAGAAUCAAGGACCAGUAUAAGCCUAAGUGGCGCAUCUCAUCCAUGACUCAGGAUGACUUGGAGACUGUGAGGCCUGCAAGGCACCGCACUCCUUCCCCUGAGAUGGAUGCCUACCACAGGAUCAGGCGGAGGUCCCUGGGUGACCUGUCAGAUGAGGAACUGCUGCUGCCUGUGGACGAGUAUCUGUCCAUGAAGAGAACUGAGGAGGAGAGGCUUCGUCUGGAGGAAGAGCUGGAGCUUGGCUACUCUGUUUCUCCACCUAGCCUCAGCCCAGUGCGCUUUGAGCUGUCUACCCUGCGUCCCUCAUCUCCAAGAAGAGCCUACAGUGAUGAUGAAGAGAGAGAAGAGGUUCACAGAUAUGACUCCUACCGUAUUCCAUCUAAAUACGAGGCUGGCCCAAGUUUCGUUGAUCUCCGCCAGCGUCACGACAAAGCCACAUAUAAACCUCCGAGACAGAAGCAGAGGGUGCAUGAAGAGAGAGAAGAUCAGGAGCUGCUGCGCCCGCACACAACUGCUCAGAGAAUCUCCUCCUACAAGAGUGAACUCAAACGUAUGGAGUUUGAGGAGAAGACACGAACCUCGAAAAAGGAAACAACUGUCACUGUUGCAAAGGUCUCUGAGAGCGUUGAAUCUGAGCACCUGACAGCCAUCACUUCAGAAUAUAUUCCUAAACCAAUUAAGAAGCUCCCAAUGCCUGAACCCGAGAGGAGAAGAUCUGCUACCCCAGAAAAGACUGUGAAGACAGACAUAGUCCUCCCCAAAGUUGACUUUGCAUCCAGAUAUGAGGAGAGGAAACAGGCUUUGAGAUCAGAGAGAAGAUCAGUGGAGAGGAGGGUUGAGGUGGUGACACAGGCUCCCUUCAGCCUUGACCACGCCCCACGUAUUACCAUCAGGUUGAGAUCUCAUCGCGUACCCUAUGGCACCAACACAAGGUUUACCCUGAAUGUCCAGGCCAAACCAGAACCAGAAGUCAAGUGGUUCCACAAUGGAAAAGAGAUUCAUCAGAGCAGCAAAUAUCACAUGACCAAUAUCAGUGGAGUUCUGACCCUCCAGAUCAUCAACUGUGUGACUGAAGACGCUGGCACUUACCGUGUGGUCUGCAAGAACGGCAAAGGAGAGACUUCUGACUAUGCCACAUUAGAUGUAGCAGGAGCAGAAUAUGCUGCCUUCUCUUCACUCCGCAGAGAUGAGGAGCCUCCAUCCUCCCAUCUGCCAGAAAUGACCAGAACAGAGGUGUAUCAUGUCUCCUCCUCUAAGACAACAGUGAAGGAAACUGUGACAGAAACUGUGAAAGAGACCACCGCUGUUUUUGAGAAGCCAAGGGAGAAGCCUAGUGUUCCUGCCAAGAUCCUGACCAAACCACAGUCUCUGACCGUAGAGGAGGGAGACCUCGCCAGAUUUGAGUGUGAUGUGGCUGGUGAACCUGCACCGUCUAUCACCUGGAUGCAUGAAGGAGCAGUUGUCGGUUCCUCUGCCCGUCACCACAUUGUCUCCACUCAAUACAACUCCUCCUUUGAGAUCACCGCUGUUGAGAUGUCGGAUGAAGGCAGCUACACUCUGCAGGUGGAAAACGCUGGAGGCAAACAAGAGGCCCAUUUCACUCUUACGAUCCGUAAAUCUGAGUCCAAGGAAAAAGUAGUUGCCCCUCCCAGAGUCACCUCUCCAGAGGCAAAAUCCCCUCUUGCCAAAUCCCCUGAACCUGUGAAAUCUCCUCAGAGAGUGAAGUCUCCUGAGCCAAUCAAGUCACCUCAGAGAGUAAAGUCUCCAGUCUCACCAAAAUCCCCUACCCCAAAAUCCCCAACACCAAAGUCCCCUACUCCAAAAUCCCCAACUCCAUCUGAGAAGGAACGAGUGACCUCUCCAAUCAAGUCACCAAAGAGAGUUAUGUCACCAACUCUUGAAAAGAAGCCAGCCUUCUCUGUCAGUCUGAGCGACGUCACUGCAACCUCUGACUCUAUUGUCAAGCUGUCAGUGAAGGUGACAGGAGAGCCCAAACCUGCAAUCUCAUGGUUGAAGAACGGAAAGGCUCUGUCUCAGGGUGGGAAGUAUGAAAUUUUUGAGGAGUAUGGCUCAGCUUACCUUGAGAUCUAUGAAUCAGAAGUCUCUGAUAGCGGGGAGUACAAGUGCACUGCAACUAACAGUGCUGGAGUAGUGUCAACAACCUGCACAGUCACUGUACGAGGCUCAAAAAUCUCUGAGGAGGUUGUGAAAAAGGAAAUGGUCCAUGAGGAGGUCCUGUCCUCUGUGAGGGAGGUCAAGUCCUCCCACAGCCAAGUGUCCAUUACAGAGGGCCAGUCUCUGACUCUGAGGGCCAACAUCCCUGGGGCCUCUGACAUCAGGUGGAUCCUGAAUGGGGUUGAACUGGCCAGUUCAGAGCAAUACAGAUACGGAGUGUCUGGAAACGAGCAGACCCUGACCAUCAGGUCAGUUGGCCAGAGCGAGCAAGGGAUCAUCACGUGUCAGGCUCAAACACAGCAAGGCCUGGUCCGGUGUCAGUUUGAUACUGUGCUCUCAGCCAAGCGCUCAGAUGCACCCCACUUCCUGGUGCAGCCCAGGUCCCAGAAUGUGAAUGAAGGACAAAAUGUCAAGUUCACAUGUGAACUUGCAGGAGAGCCUUCACCUGAGGUGGAGUGGUUGAAAGACAACAUGAUUAUAUCUGUCACAUCAAACAUUAGACUGAGCUGCUCUAAAAAUGUGUACACUCUGGAGAUCUGUGAAGCCACAGUUGCAGACAGUGGGAAAUACACGAUAAAAGCCAAAAAUCUUUUUGGACAGUGCUCUGCAACAUCAUCCCUCAACGUCCUCACUCUUGUUGAAGAACCAACAAAAAUGAUUAUUGUGGAGCAAAGAGCUUCUACUGAUGCUGCCAGCAUGCAGAAAGGUUUCUCAGCCUCGUCAGUUCAUAUGGAGACGGCUUCCGUGCAGGCCAGCAGUCGCAGCAGCAGCAGCUCCCGCUCUGCAGCUGCCCAGUACUCGUUUGAGAGCAUGUCUGCGAGUAGCAUGUCUGCCAUGAUGGCUGAGUCACUGGUUUCCAUUAGCUCCAGCAGCCAAAUGAUGGAAAUGUCUGCUCACUCGCAUGUUGAGGCCUCCUCUUCCUCCUCCUCCUCCUCGCUGAGGGCCCUCACCACUGGGGUUAAAAGAGGCACUCCACCAAAGAUCGAAGUCCUUCCACAGGACGUCAGUGCUGAGCCAGGGAAGUCCCUGACGGUGGCAGGGGUGUUCUCCGGAGACCCCGCCCCCUCCAUCCAGUGGGUCCGCUCCGGUCGGACCCUCCCCAACGGGGACGAGCGGUACCACGUGGAGAACACCGCUGACCUCUCCACUCUCGUGAUCUCUGCAGUGAAGGAGGACGACGCCGGAGCAUACACACUCCGACUGAACAACGAGCUCGGCUCCGACUCGGCAACUGUCAACAUUCACAUUCGGUCCAUGUAAAAAAAAAGAAGAAUAAAAAAAAAAGAUAAUUUAUAUCCCCCGUUUCCCUGAUCCAGAACCUUUUUAUUUAGUGAAUUAGCAACGAUAAUCUACUUGAUAAAGAUCUGGGUUUCUGUUCUUGUAAAUAUGAACUAUUUUUGUACCAAUCUUGACAUUAAUUUAUGCCAAACUAGACUCAAGUCUAAAGUUGUUAUAAAAUGUGCCAUAUUGGACAAUUAUGACUUAGGAUUUUUGAACCACUUUUCUGUGACAUGUACAUAAUGUAUAUAGCCGAAUUUAACGGUUAUGGGAAAUGUAUGCAUUGUUAUUUAUGACAAUAAUAUUAACUGAAACAAAAGAACAAAUGUUUUAACAGGAGAAAGUUUCACCAGGAACGAAUACCCUGUCAAACCAAGAAACUAAACUCUGUGCCUCAACAAUAAGUUGAAGUCUGUAAGAUUGCCUCAACAGGUGGAGAGGCUCCCUGUUGAUGUUCUGAACCAGAAACAGAAAGACAAAGUUAUUGUUUUGGACACGCAUCUGUGCGUGUGAUAUUUCCUAUGAGUUGUACCAUGAGCAUAAGACCCUGAGUGCUGUUUGCAUUACCCUCAUGUAAGCAGCAUGAACUGGCCUUGUGCUCAGACUGACUGAGUCACACCACCAUGAUUUGAUGACCUGCUGAGAGCGCGAGCGGCCUGCACUCUCAGCGUUUAGAUCAUUUUAAUAAGGAGCGCUGCUUCUGUCACAGAACAGCCGGAUUGGCUUUUCAAAACAUAACAUCUCCUGGCCUUAAAAGAAGAAAGUCAAGGCCGGUUCUGCUGUGCAGAAGCAGCGCUGUCUCUUGGAGGAUAGUUAGGUAACGUGUUUGUGUGUUUGAGUGCGAGUGUUUUUAGCUUGUAGAUCUUUCACUUGUCAGUAGUCAGGGUCUUCUUCAUUCACCACAGUGAUUCCAUCUGCUGUGAAAGAGACAAAGAGAAGAGCAGUUUUGUUUUACCCUGCACUUUGAUUUAAUUGAUCUGUUGAUGUAGAACUAUAUUUCAUCCUCCUUGAGUUUUAUGCAUUACUGAUUUAAUAAAGCAUGAUUUCAGCACUACA